CUUUUGAUGGUUUACGGACAUUUUUAAAUUCUCACGGACGGAUGGCAACGAUGGUCCCCGCUCAAUCGCUCCAUCAGUUUGGGGGUUAAAGACCCCCUGUUCUGGAACAUUCUGCCAAUUAUUAAACGGGGAGCCGAGCAACAUGUCGACACAGGCGCCGACUUUCACGCAGCCGCUGCAGAGCGUCGUGGCACUAGAGGGUAGUGCCGCCACGUUCGAGGCGCAAGUUAGCGGUUCUCCAGUUCCAGAGGUGAGCUGGUUCCGUGAUGGCCAGGUUCUUUCCGCUGCCGCUUUUCCCGGCGUUCAGAUCUCGUUCAGCGAUGGCCGCGCUGUUCUAAAGAUCCCCGCCGUGACCGCCGCACACAGCGGAAGAUUUUCUGUCAGAGCAACCAAUGGAGCUGGACAAGCCACCAGCACCGCCGAACUGCUUGUAACAGCGGAGACGGCGCCUCCAAACUUCCUUCAGAGACUUCAGAGCUCCACAGUGAGACAAGGCAGUCAGGUGAGACUGAAUGUCCAAGUGACAGGCAUCCCGACACCUGUGGUCAAGUUCUACCGAGAGGGAGCUGAGAUCCAGAGCUCAGCCGACUUCAAGAUCCUAAUAGAUGGAGACCAGUACAGUCUAUUGAUUGCUGAGGCGUUUCCGGAGGAUUCCGGGACAUAUUCUGUGACCGCAACUAACAGCAGCGGCCGAGCUACAUCCACUGCCGAACUGCUGGUUCAGGGUGAAGAAGCUGUGCCUGCCAAGAAAACCAAAAGCAUAAUCUCCUCCUCGCAGAUUGGCGUCCAAAGGGUAAGCUGAAACUUUUUAAAAAAUGCCAGCGUUCACUAUUUCACCUUCCAGACAGCCACAAUGGGGAUGCAAAUGGAAGGCGGAAUGAUGACUCAGCAUUUAGCUCACAGGACCCCACCAAGAGUCCCUCCAAAGCCCACUUCGAAAUCGCCACCGUCCUAUUUUGUCAAAGUGACCGGUGGACGCCAGCAGUCACCUUCUCCUGUCAGACAUGUGAAAGGGCCAUCACCCGCAACCGUGAGAACCAUGUCUCCUUCUACCAGACUGUCCUCUGUCUCUCCCAGACUGUCAUCUGUCUCUCCCAUCCGACCCGUGAAGUCCCCCAUGAUGACCCGCAAGCAGGUAACAACCGUGUCUGCCUCAUCAGAUGUGCUGCCGCCGUGGAAGCAGGGCGACUACGUGGCCGAAGCUAGCUACGCGAGCAUGACUAGUGUGAGCAGCGCCACCCGGAUACAGGGAAGCCAACAGUGGGAACAGCAGGUCACCGCCACCAGAGAGGGCGAGCAUGUGUCCCAGUCUGGUCGGAGUGUUGCCAAGGCAACUGUGAUGGCAGCCGUGGAUCAGGCCCGCAGCCGCAGGGCACCACCUGACGCAGGCUUGACCGCUGAGCAGGGUGAAGGCAGCCGCCAAACAACCAUGGCCGCCGUAGAGGUCGUUCAAGUAGUAGGGGUGUCGCAGGCCGUUGGCGGGCAGACUGAAUUAACAACUACAGAAGUGGAAGUGAAGCAGGCCGUUGGCGGGCAGACUGAAUUAACAACUACAGAAGUGGAAGUGAAGCAGCAGGUGGCAGCAAAGGAACAUAUAUCAGCGACUAAAACCGUGGUGUCAGCGCAGAUUGAGACGACUGCUUCCUCCCGUGUGGACGCUCGGUCCCCCUCCAGCCUGCUCCAACAUUUCACUGUUGCUAAAGUUUCCGUUCCCAAAGCCGACGCUCGUCGCGAGGUGUCCAUUGCGGGCUCCGCCAUGGCCACUCUGCACAAAGAGAUGUCCUCCCACACCAGACCCCGGAAAAUCAUCAAGCCCGUCAAGUCACCAAGCCCAUCUCGCCGAGGGGCGUUCGAGGUUAAAGUGACAAUGGAGGCCCAUCCACCACCUUUUAAGGACCCCAGAUAUCAGAGUCAGUUUGAGUCGCAGGUGGGCAGGCUUUAUGCUGAGGAAGAGUUUGAGGACUGGGAGCCUCAGGAGGCAGUUGCAGUCCCCACCAUAACCCCAGAACCUGUUGUUCCACCCACUCUUGUUGCAGGCCUCAAGAACUUGACAGUGACUGAGGGCGAAUCAGUGACGUUGGAGUGCCAGAUUAGUGGCCAGCCCACCCCUGUCAUCAUGUGGUUCAGAGAAGACUACAAGAUCGAGAGUUCCAUUGACUUCCAGAUUAGCUAUGAGGGCAGUUUUGCCCGACUCAUGAUCCGCGAGGCGUUUGCCGAGGACAGCGGUCGCUUCACUUGCACUGCCACCAGUGAGGCGGGAACCGUCAGCACUUCUUGCUACCUGCUGGUCAAAGUUUCUGAAGAAAUCGAGAGCCGAGAAGAGACUACGGCCGUUUCACAAGUGGAAAUUACUCAUGAGAAAACGUAAGUCAGUCAGGCGGUUCUGAUCGGAACAAAACACCAAACGACAGUGGAGGUGACCACAGGAGAGGCCGCAGCUCCUUUCUUCAUCAAAAAGCCGACAGUCCAGAAGCUGGUGGAAGGAGCCAGCGUCGCAUUCGAGUGUCAAGUGGGAGGAAACCCCAGACCUCACAUAAUUUGGAAGAAAAGCGGCAUCGUUCUCACAACUGGAUACAGAUAUAAAGUGACCUACAAGAGAGAGACAGGUGAAUGCAGACUGGAGAUCUCCAUGACGUUUGCCGAUGAUGCUGGAGAAUAUUCCGUCUUUGCCAGGAAUUCACAUGGAGAAGCUUCAGCUUCCAUCAGCUUGCUGGAGGAAGAUGCGUAUGAAUCCUACAUGAAGCAAUUUGACAUAACAUAUAAAGCCGAAGUGACUACAACAACAGUGUCUGAGGAGCCCUCUGUGCUUGUGAGCCAGUACGAGCAAGAACAAAGGAGAGGAACAACAGGAAUGAGUUUUGUCUCAGAAACGGAAUUCUUCAUUUCAGCCUUUGAAGAGCGGAUCAUCCAGGAGAUUGAGCUCCGCAUCAUGAGGAUUAGCUACAAAGAACUGGCGGCAGAGGACGGAGAACUGACAGUGAGCGUCUCAGAUGAGGAGGCGGUGCAGUCCACCUUUGACACACCAGUUAAAAACUACCGGAUCAUGGAGGGAAUGGGCGUUACUUUCCACUGCAAGAUGGCCGGAGUUCCGUUGCCAAAGAUUGCCUGGUACAAAGAUGGUCAGCGUAUCCAGCCUGGUGGACGAUACCAGGUGGAGGUUCUUCAGGACGGGCGAGCCAGCCUGCGUCUCCCAGUGGUUCUACCAGAAGACGAGGGCGUGUACACCGCCUUCGCUGCCAAUAUGAAGGGGAACGCCGUCAGCUCUGGAAAGCUCUACGUGGAGCCUUCAGGAACAGUGUCGCCUCAGAGAUACACGCCACAACCAGCCAUACAGAGGAUCCAGUCCGCAUCUCCACGUUCUCUGAGCCGCUCACCAGGUCGUUCUCCCAGUCGUUCUCCCGGACGUUCUCCUGCCCGACGGCUGGACGACACAGAUGAGGCUCAGCUAGAAAGACUUUACAAACCUGUCUUCGUCAUGAAGCCAACUUCGCUAAAAUGCUCUGAAGGGCAAACUGCCAGAUUUGACUUGAAGGUCGUUGGUAGACCCAUGCCUGAAACAUACUGGUUUCACAAUGGACAACAAGUGGUCAAUGACUACACCCACAAGAUAGUAAUUAAGGAGGAUGGUGUUCAGUCCCUGAUCAUUGUCCCUGCGAUGCCACAAGACUCUGGCGAGUGGACAGUUGUAGCUCAAAACCGAGCGGGACGAACCUCCAUCUCUGUGACCCUUACCGUUGAGGCACGAGAAAGUAUGUCACGCCCUCAUUUCAUUGAGAAGCUAAAGAACAUAACAGUAAAACAGGGAACUCUUGUUGAGUUGGCUGUUAAGGCUAUUGGAAACCCUGUGCCUGACAUCGUCUGGCUGAAAAACAGUGACAUCAUCACCCAGCACAAGCACCCACAUAUAAAGAUUGAUGGCACGAAGGGAGAGGCGAAAUUUCAGAUCCCGUCCGCUUCAAAUUCAGACAGUGCUUGGUACACAGCCACAGCUAUUAACAGAGCUGGCAGGGACACCACUCGAUGCAGAGUCAAUGUAGAGGUGGACUUUGCCGCACCACAAACAGAGAGGAAGCUCAUCAUUACCAAACGAACUUACAAGGCCAAAGAGAUUGCCGCUCCAGAGCUGGAGCCUCUUCAUCUUCGCUAUGGCCAGGAGCAGUGGGAGGAGGGAGACCUUUACGAUAAAGAAAAGCAGCAGAAACCACAAUUUAAGAAGAAACUGACUUCCAUUCGAAUGAAGAACAUCGGCCCUGCUCAUUUUGAGUGUAGGCUGACCCCCAUUGGUGACCCCACCAUGGUGGUAGAGUGGCUUCAUGAUGGCAAACCCCUUGAAGCUGCGAACAGACUGCGUAUGGUCAAUGAAUUUGGCUAUUGCAGUCUUGACUAUGACGUAGCUUAUGCAAGAGACAGCGGUGUCAUCACCUGCAGAGCCACCAACAAGUUUGGAGUGGACCAAACCUCGGCCACCCUGAUUGUCAAGGAUGAAAAGGGUCUUGUUGAGGAGAGCCAGCUUCCCGAAGGUAGGAAGGGAGCUCACAGAAUCGAGGAGAUUGAACGCAUGGCUCACGAGGGAGGACCUGCAGGAGUCAGCACUGAUGAGGAAUCUGAAAAGACCAAACCCGAUAUUGUCCUACUUCCCGAGCCAGCUAGAGUGCUGGAAGGUGAAAUUGCCCGAUUCCGCUGCAGAGUGACUGGUUACCCUGCACCAAAAGUUAACUGGUACCUAAAUGGACAACUAAUUCGCAAGAGCAAACGAUACAGACUUCGUUAUGACGGCAUAUACUACUUGGAGAUUGUUGACAUCAAGUCCUAUGAUACAGGGGAGGUCAAGGUGGUCGCAGAUAACCCUUUGGGUUCAACGGAGCACAUCGUGAAGCUGGAAGUCACACAGAGGGAGGACUUUAGAUCUGUCUUACGUCGUGCACCUGAACCAAAGGUAGCAGAACCCCCACAUGAGUCUGGCAGAAUUGGUUUUGGUGUUGUGAAGGUGGAUCAACCUGUUGAUGCCACACAAGACAAAGAAGUUGUUAAAUUAAGGAGGACACAAAGAGUUGUUCAUGAGAAAACCUCAGAGGAGUCAGAGGAGCUGAAGAGUAAGUUCAAGCGCAGGACAGAAGAAGGGUUCUAUGAGUCCAUCUCUGCGGUGGAAUUUAAGUCUCGCAAGCGGGAUGACUCUUAUGAGGAUUUAUUGAAGAAGACCAAAGAUGAGCUGCUUCAUCACCUGAAAGAGAAGGAGGAGGCUGAGAGGAAAAGGUUGGAGGAGCAGGGAGUGGUGACUAUCCCCACAAUCAAACCUGAAAGGAUACAGCUCUCCCCUAGCAUGGAAGCUCCAAAGAUUCUGGAACGCAUCUCAAGCAAAACAGUUGCUCCGAUGGAUGAGGUUCGGUUCCGACUUCGAGUUGUCGGAAGACCGGAGCCUGAGUGCCAGUGGUUCAUGAAUGGUAUUGAACUGGAGAAGUCUGAUCGUGUCUACUGGUACUGGCCAGAAGACCACUUGUGUGAGCUGGUUAUCCGAGACGUUAAUGCUGAGGACUCUGCCAGCAUCAUGGUCAAAGCUGUGAACAUUGCUGGAGAGGCUUCCAGUCACGCCUUUUUGCUGGUGCAAGCCAAGGCAGCUGUUAGCUUUACCCAAUACCUGGAGGAUGCCAGCGCCAAUGAGAAGGACACCAUGGUGACCUUCGAGUGUGAAACCAACGAACCUUUUGUUAAAGUGAAGUGGCUGAAGAACGACAUGGAAAUAUUUUCCGGUGACAAAUAUAGAAUGCACUCUGAUAGAAAUGUCCACUUCCUGUCUGUGCUUAUGAUCGACAUGAGGGAUGAUGCAGAAUACACCUGCAUGAUUGCAGAGGAUGAGAGUAUCCGCACAAAUGCAAGGCUUUAUGUCGAAGGUGCUGAGCUAGAGCUUAUCAAACAACUGGAGAGCAUCGAAGUUCCCGAGACCUACUCUGGAGAAUUUGAGGUUGAGUUGUCUCGUGAGGAUGCUGAGGGUAGCUGGUUCUUUCAAGACAAGGAGCUGUCUCCCAGCAGUAAACAUGUGAUCUCCUCCCGACGGGGAAGGCACACCUUAACUGUGAAGAAUGUCAAGAAGGCGGACCAGGGGAUGUACACCUUUUUAUGUGGAGACCUAAAGACCAGCGCUUCAUUGAAGAUGAAACUGCGUCCAGUGACCUUGAUGCAGCCACUGAGCGACCUCACGGUCUGUGAAGGUGACAUUGCUCAGUUGGAGGUCAAGUUCUCUCAGGAGAACGUUGAGGGGACCUGGAUGAAGAACGGCCAGGCCAUCUCUGCCUCUGACCGCAUCCACAUCGUCAUUGACAAAGCUGUCCAUAAGCUUCUGGUUGAGAACGUCAGCCGGGAAGAUUCAGCUUCAUAUUCGUUUUUGGUUCCCACACACUAUAUCACCACCUCGUGCAAACUCACAGUUCAGACCAUUGACAUCGUGGUACACCUAAAAGAUGUGACUUCCAUUGAAGGCUCCAAGGCUGUUUUGGAAGCUAAGAUUACUGCCCAAGAUGUUGGUUCCGUCAAAUGGUACCACAACGACAAACCCAUGAUGGCCAGUGACAGGAUUCAAAUGGUGGCGAAAGGAGCCAAGCAGCGACUUGUGUUUAACAGAACCUUUGCCUCAGAUAAAGGACACUACAAGCUGCUGGUUGGGAAGGUCUCCACCAGCUGCAAUCUGACUGUGGAACAGAUUCACAUUGUAAAACACAUGGAGGACAAAGUGUGCUCCGAGUCGCAGAACGUCACUUUCGACGUUGAAGUUUCUCAUGCUGGCAUCGACCCAGUCUGGACCUUCAGGAACCAACAGCUUAAGCCUGGUCCCAUGUAUAAAAUGGAGUCCAAAGACAAGAGGCACUAUCUGACUGUCAUCGACACUAUGAAGGAUGCAGAGGGACAGUACACCUUCCACGCCGGUGAAAAGACUUCCAGCUCCAAGCUCACUGUCUCUGGUGGCGCCAUCACCCGUCCCUUGCAAGAUGUGACGGUAGCUGAGUCACAGACUGCAGAAUUGGAAUGUGAAGUCGCUAACGUGAACGCUGAGGGCAAGUGGUUGAAGGAUGGUCAGCCGGUGCACUUCAAUGCCAAUGUGGUGAGUAAGGUGAAGGGAGCCGUCCGACACCUCGUCAUCAUCAUCACUCGACCUCAGGAUAUCGGCGAGUACACUUACCAAGUGGCCAAUUCUAAAACCUCCGCAAACCUAAGGGUGGAAUCGGUCAAGAUCAAGAAGACUAUAAAGAACCAGACUGUGACAGAGACACAGGAGGCGGUGUUUACACUUGAGCUUACCCACGUCGAUGUUAAAGGAGCCCAGUGGGUCAAGAACGGUGUGGAGCUGCUCAACAGCGACAAGUACGAGAUCACAUCUGAAGGCACCAUCCAUACACUGAAGGUCAAGAACUGUAACAUGCAGGAUGAGAAUGUUUACUCCUUCAAACUGGGAAAACUGACAGCCAACGCUCGUCUGAACGUCGAGAUAAUCAAGAUUGUGAAGAAGAUCAAAAAUGUAAAGUGUCUGGUGGACGCCACCGUCUCCUUCGAGAUGAGUCUAUCACAUGACAACAUCCCGGUCAAGUGGAUGCACAAAGGGGUGGAGCUAAAGUCCAGCGACACAUGCAAGAUUUUCUCCGAGCGCAAGGCUCACAAAUUAGUUCUCCAGAAAGUGGACAGUAACAGUGAAGGGGAAUACACUGCACAGGUCGGACACCUGCAGUGCAGUGCCACGCUCACAGUCGAAGCUCUUCGUGUGACCAAACCCUUGAAGAAUGUGAAAGUGACUGAGACACAGGCGGCCACCUUUGAGUGUGAAGUGUCCCACUUUAACGUCCCCUCUACCUGGCUGAAGAAUGGUGUGGAGAUUGAGAUGAGCGAAAAGUUCAGGAUCGUGGUUCAGGGAAAACUUCACCAGCUGAAGAUCAUGAACACCAGCAGGAACGACUCUGCCGAGUAUACGUUUGUGUGUGGGAACGACCGAGUGUCCGCAACACUCACCGUCAGCCCCGUUCUAAUCACCUCCAUGCUGAAGGACUUGAAUGCUCAGGAGCGAGACACCAUUACAUUUGAAGUCACCGUCAACCACGAGGGCAUCACCUACAAAUGGCUGAAGAAUGGCAUUGAGAUAAGGUCGUCGGAGAGAUGCCAAGUGCGGAGCCGGCAGCUCACGCACUCACUCACUGUUCGUAAUGUUCACUUUGGGGAUGGAGGAGAGUACCAGUUUGUGGCUGGGUCUGCUGCCAGUGCUGCAAACUUGUUUGUUGAAGCUCGUGUAAUUGAAUUCACCAAGAAGAUUAAGGACAUAAAGAUAACAGAGAAGAAGAAGGCGAUAUUUGAAUGUGAGGUGUCAGAACCAAACAUCCAGGUUGUUUGGAUGAAGGACGGUCAGGAGCUGGACAUGUCACAAGAAAGGUACAUCGUGACAGCAGAGAAGUAUGUCCACCGGCUCAUGAUCCAGACCGUACGCCUAUCUGAUGCUGGAGAGUUUUCGGUGGUGGCCGGCUCAAGCAUCUCGAAGGCCCAGCUCAUUGUGGAAGGCCGUGACAUCCGUAUCUUUGAACCGGCAGCACGAGUAGUCACGGUCCUCGAGAAACACAGAGCAACUUUUGAAUUUAAAGUUAACGAGGAUGACGUCGAAGGUCGUUGGCUGAGGAACGGGGUGGAGAUCCAGUUCUCAGUGGAGGAGCGGUUCAACUAUGUCACCAUUAGGAAGGUCCACCGUCUUACGAUCUCUGAAACCUAUAGGAGCGACGCUGGCGAGUACACCUUCAUUGCCGGCAAGAACAGAAGCACAAUCAACCUGAGAGUUAACAUCCCAGAACCGCCUCAAAUCCUCCACCACAUGGAGGCACAGUCAGUGGAGGCGGGCAGGCCGGCUCGUUUCUCUGUGGCAGUGAGUGGCGUUCCUCAGCCUCAGGUCUUCUGGUACAAGAACUCGCAGGCGCUGUCUUCAGGCUUCAAGUGCAAGUUCCUUCAUGACGCUGGUGAGCACACCCUGCUGCUGAUCGAGGUCUUCCCAGAGGAUGCUGCCAUAUAUACCUGUGAGGCCAAAAACGACUAUGGCGUUGCCACCAGCACUGCUACGCUCAAUGUGGAAGUGUCUGAAGUGGUUUCUCCAGACUUGGCUGCUUUCGUUGCUCCUCCUGUUAUCAUCUCACCCAUUUCCAGCACCUCUACCCGUGAGGGAGAAUCAGCUCGCUUUCAGUGCAGAAUUGGAGGAGAUGAUGUAAAGAUAAAAUGGUUCCACAAAGAGAAGGAGAUCAAGCAGUCCGCAUUCUUCAGAAUGUCUCAGUUUGACGACAGCUAUCAGUUGGCGGUCCCCAGAGUGUACCUGGAGGACGAGGGCGAGUACACGUGUGUGGCCAGCAACAAUGCCGGAACCGCAUCAAGCUCAGCAACCCUCACUUUGGACGGACAAAAACAAUUACUGGACACACCCGCCGAGUGGCAUGUCUCCACUACACUCAGCAGUCAACAGCCCGCUACUAGCCAAAAGCCAAUUUUCAUACUGCCAAUCACAAGCUGUUCAGUGCCGCACGGAGAGGUGGCCCGCUUUCACGCAUGUGUGUCCAGCACCCCCAUACCGAAGAUAAGCUGGUUCCACAACCAGCAGCCAAUUCAGCCCACCAAGAAUGUGGUGUUCCAUUAUGACGAGGUGACGAGCACCGCCACCCUCAUUAUAGUGGACGCUUUCCUUGAGCAUGGGGGCCAGUACACCUGCAGAGCGGCCAAUCCUGCGGGAGAGGCCGCCUGCUCGGCCAUGCUGGUCAUCACCAAUGUGGAAGAAUUAGAAGUGACUCAUGUAAGAGAGCAGAUCGAAGCCACCAUUGAGCAGGAAGUCAAAGAACAUUCUAGCACCACCGUGACCACAAUGGAAGAGCAAGAGGAAACCUACUACACUGGUGUCCAGUUGGCGCAGAAAACAAAAACACUUGAACUCAUGCCAGAGUCUAAACGUUAUGCUUCCACUUUAGAGAAGAAAAAGGAAAAGCCAGUUUUUCUUAGCAAGCUUUCUCCAAUGGCGGUAAGCUCUGGAGAGACUGCCAAGUUUACCGUCAAGGUGUCCGGCAUGCCAAAGCCAACAGUUCAGUGGUCCCACGAUGGAAAAGUAAUCAAAAGCUCUUCAAUGUACAAGCUAAUAGAGGAGAAAGAGGAGUAUUCUUUAAUUAUUACUUCUGUCACAUCUGAGUACGAGGGCAAGUAUUCCUGCACUGCCUCCAACAGAUUUGGCCAGACAACAUGCACCACAUACCUGGAAGUGAAAAAGCAAGAUGUUAGCCAGGCACAGAAAUGGGUUGAGAAAAUGUUUAAGAUUACAGGUGAACCCCCAACUUUCAUAUCUCAGAUUCAACCUGUGAGGCACACAGAAGGGAGCAAGGUUAUUUUCAAUUACAAAGUCAUUGGGGAUCCAGCCCCUACAGUUAAGUGGUAUAAGGGUGCUUCUGAAAUCCAGUCUAGAAAAAACUGCAUCAUUACAGCCAAUUCUGAUGGCUCUGGCUUCAUUACUAUCAUGAAUGUAAAACAGGAAGACAGUGGAAUGUACACGUGCAAAGCCUCCAACCAGUUUGGUGAGACGUCUAACAGUGCUGAACUCGUAGUGUUCAGGGAAUCCUUUUCUGUGUCGAGCAAACAGGACAAGCCAACUGUGGUUCAGAAGAAAGGUUAUAAGGUUUCUGUGACAAAGCAGGCCACAGAGUCCCGUUUGUACCAGGUCAGCCUACCAGGCCAGGACAAAGCAAGAUCAGAUCAGAUGGUGUACACUAUAGGAACAGAAGACCGGCAGAUUAUUCCCAGUGAGCAAGUGGGCUCUCUUACAGAGCUCGAUAUUUCUGCUGCCUCUAUUCAGCGUGAGCAGCUGACCCAUCAGGCAGCAGUCCUUCAGGUUCACGAAGUAGAAGAAAGGGCGUCCAUGGUCCUCACUCCCCCAAAGCAGGUUUCAGCUGUUCCUCAUAAGCAGCUUCACAUGGCAGCAUUCACGUCAUCUGUCGAAGAGAGUCAGGACCUCACAGAGCAGCACUAUGAUCGCAUUCAGAGUCCAGAGGUCAUUGAGCUCCAGGCAGCCAGAGAACAGAGGUCAAAGAUGAUGUCAGCUGUAGCUGAGGAGCUCACCCCGCUUUCUACCACGAGCCUUGAGCCACUAGCCGACAGAAAGCCUGCUUUAAUAAAGCCAAGCCCAGAGCCCAAACAUCUAGUUAGCGGGCAUCAAGUGGAAUCACCGGUGUUAAUUUUGAAAGAACAGUCUCAAGAUCUCCCUAGACCAGAGGAGGAGAAAAGUUACAAGGUUAAAGAGGGUGUUAAAAUCUUAUACUCCGCCCAAUCUACAGAGAAAUAUAUGCUGGAAGAGGGUCACACCACAAAAUUAACUACAUCCGAUUCUAAAAUAAGGACUUCUGCUAAGAAGGAGCAAAGAAGUUCGGUUCUGGCCCCAGUCAGUGAAACCAAACAAACCAUGGCCAAGGAGACUACAUUCUCCAUGCAAAGGCCAUCUGAGGAAAUUGCCCUUUCCCGUAAAGAUACAUUGAUGAAGGUCAGUUUAACUGCAGAAGAAAAGCGCACUCUUCAGGCUGAGUUCUCUCAGCAUUUACCUACCUUAGACAGUGCCACAUCCAUUCCGUUACAGAUCGAGGGGGAAAAGUUGUUGCAUUUGCAGGUUAUCACUGAACAGGACUUACUCCCCUCCGAGACCAGUUUUACUUGUGAGAAACCAGACCCACAGCAAGCAGGCAGCAGGAAAAGUCCCACAGUGUUGCAUACCGUCAGUCAGGAUGAGCAGAAGACAGCUGUUAGUGAGGAUACGACGGAGUUCGAGGUCAGAGCUAGCACCGUUGCCAUUCAUCCACGUAAAGAAUCUCCUUCUUUGCUCCAUCUCCAGUCAAACCAGUCCAUUGAGGUGCUGCCUAAGGAAGGUAUUCUUGUAACCGCAAAGCCAGAACAACAAUCAGCAAUACAGAAAUCAGAAAAGGUUCGUAGCCAUGCAGCUAUCUUUGAUGAGAAACUACAACUGACAGCAGAUCACCACUCAGAGCUUGAAUUGUCAGUGACUGGAGUUCAGUCUCAGCUUCGAACUGAGCCGAGUCCUCAAAAGAUCCUCCAGCUGUCGUUCCAGCCCAUGCAGCUGCCAAAAGAGACACCAGUCACUUCUGACAUUAAGCAGCAGCGUGCUUUAGUACAGAAGGAGGAUCGUUGGAAUGUGAUGCACCUCACCACUGUAGCAGAGAGUCAGACAUUAGAGGCAGGACACACUGAGAGUCUUGCAGCUACAGAAAAAGUCACCUGCCAAACAGCCAUUGAGGCAAAAGUUCCCACUGAGCCAGUCCAGAUUGAGGAAAAGGAGAUUUGCACAGAGAGCACUGCUUUUCUUGAGGCUGCACAGCAAGACUUUGCUGUGCAGAUCCAGGAAGGCCAGUCAGUCAGGGAGUCGAUAGUAAUGAAUGAGAAGCUAGUGAUGACAGGAGAACUCUCUCAAGAGAUCACAAAGUCUGAGUCCACUAAAGUCACUGCUACUAAGCAACCAAAGCUGUCAUUGAAAGCAUCAGAAUCAAAAGAUAGCACGACUCUACCCAAAGAAAUGACAUUUGUACUUCAGAUACCAAAACCUUCAAAUGUGAAUAUACGUCGUCAGCUUAGAGACGCGCUUCAGUCUGCAGUAGCAAGCGAGCAGCCCGUGUUGCUUGCUGAUGUUGUAGGAAGGCUCCAGGUUGUAGGAAUACAAGAAGUCAAAGUCCAGAGAGAACCAAGGUGCUCCUUGUUUACAUACCAGAUUACAUCAACUGGCGCACCUUUGGAAAUCACUCUGGCUUUAGAAGGGGAAUAUCCUCAGACAGCUGACCUCAGAACUGAACUUCAGGCAGCUUUACACUCCAUUGUGCACCAGGAGGCCCAUAUUUUGACUUCAGAUCAGCCUGGCACAAUGCAGUUAGACAAACCUCAGAGGGCACAGGUCACAUCAGCACGCUCAAAGCAAAUUAAUUCCUCCAUUGUGCAGACAGUGAGUGUGGCAGAAAGCUCAGUGGAUCUCACUCCUGUUGAAUCUCAGAAAGCAGUCCUCAUGACUGAGUCUAAAAUGUCAGCACAAAGUGCUUCCGCUCAGCAGCAGGUUGUAGUUGAGGAAUCCAGAGAAGCAACAGUGGCGCAGUCGAUCUCAUCCAAAGUCCAAAUUUCGACUGAGGCCAAAAUGGCCUUUGAGCAGUCGGUAAUGGUGUCUAGACAGGAGGUAAAGUCAACAAUGGAGAGCCAACAGAAGGCUGAUAGGACAGCUGUAGUCACCACCACCUUACUUACCACCACUCCCUUGGAACCGGCUGAUGUCAGCAUCCAGAAGGAGCACAUGGUGGAGGUUUUCAAAGAAGAGAUGUCAGUUUUAAGGAAAGAACAAAGAGAAUGUCCCCUAUUAGUCACCACUUUGGAAGACAUAACUGUUGAGGAAGAUAACAAAGUAAUAUUUAGCACCACCAUUAAAUAUGUCACAAAGGUAAACUGGUUUUUCAAUGGCCAAUUGGUGAAAUCUGGCAAUGAGUUCAAGUGUUUCACAGACUUUGACUCACACUCACUGGUAAUCAGCAAAGUUGUCAAGGAGAAACACCAAGGAGAAUAUGUUUGUGAGGCCGAGAAUGAAGCUGGAAGAACAACAACAUCUUCAAGACUCACAGUGGUCUCAAGAGUGCCCCCCAUUUUUAGGCUGAAAAUUACACCUCUGGAAGUAAAUAUCGGCAGCCACGCCAAGUUCGAGUGUGAGAUUGAGGAUGCCCCUAGUGUGACCUUCAAAUGGUAUAUGUCCGGCACUGAAAUCAGACAAAGCGAGAAGUACAAGAUCAUCAGUCGACACACUGGAUCUUCUCUGGAGAUCUUGAAUCCAGUUAAAGCCGACAGUGGAAAAAUCAGCUGCAAAGCUACAAACCAACAUGGGACUGACAGCUGCAGUGCCUCUCUCACAGUCACAGAAAUGUACCCACCGCUAUUUGUAUCAAAACCAGAGCCAAUGACUUCCUUUGCGGGAAAAGCAGCUGUGCUCCAGUGUUCACUUACUGGAUCCUCACCCAUAGAAGUGGUCUGGCAUAAAGACAAUAUAACCAUCUCUCCCUCUGACCACCAUGUCAUGAAAUGUGACAGGAACAAGUAUUCCCUGCACAUUUCCAAUCUUGAGCCGGGUGAUCAGGGAGUGUACUUGUGCAAGGCGUCCAACAGUGUUGGCACUGCUACUUUUAGCACACAGCUAAACGUAAUCAACAAGCCCAACUUCAUUAAGACCAUUGAGCCAGCAUCAGCAGCUGUCAAUGAGGUGCUGAGACUGGAGUGCCAGCUGGAUGAGGACACAUAUGUGACGGUCACCUGGACCCGUGAUGGCAAAAAGGUCCACCAGAGCCUCGAAUGCAAGGUUUCUUUUGAGGACAAGGUGGCCGUUCUUGAAAUCCCAAAGUCCAAAGUGAAGGACUCUGGCAUGUAUGUGUGCACAGCCUCAAAUGAGGCAGGGAGCACUUUUUGUGAGGCUUUGGUGACAGUUCAAGAGCCUCCUAGAUUUGUCAAGAAAGUGGAGCCAAGUGUCACAUGGAAGCAAGGAAUAGCUGCACGCUUGCACUGUACCCUAAAAGGUUCUCCGGAGCUCCGCAUCCACUGGUUUUGGAAUGAGAGCGAGUUAAGCUCUGGAGAGAAACACAAAAUGUCUUUCACGAAUGGAACUGCCACUUUGGAGAUAAUGAACGUAUUAGUCACAGAUAGUGGGAGCUACACCUGUGAGGUGUCAAACAAUGCAGGCAGCGAUAGUUGCAGUGCCAUGGUAGCAGUCAAAGAGCCGCCAACUAUUAGGAAAGAACUUCAGACUGUGGAGGCGGUGAAGGGCUCUACCGCUGAGCUGGAAUGUGAAGUUGCAGGAAGUUCUCCCUUUAACAUCACUUGGUUGAAAAAUAAGAAAUCCAUCAGCAAUGAUCAUAAAUAUAAAAUAAUCUCUCAAGACUCUAUGUUGAUGUUGGAAAUCCAGCUGUUUGAAAGUGGAGAUGUGGGAGAUUAUCAGUGUGUCAUAUCAAAUGAUGUUGGCAAAGUCACUACUAAGGCGGUCGUUAAACUUAAAGAACCGCCAACUUUCGCAAAGAGGGUUGAGAGUGUGACGGCAAUGUUAGGAAAUGCAGUGAAACUCCAGGGGACAGUGAAGGGCUCAGUUCCCAUCAGAGUCAAAUGGAUGAAAGACUCUGAAAUACUGAGAGACGACGAUCCAAAUAUCAUCAUGGCAUUUGAGAACAAUGUUGCAAGUUUGUCCAUAUCAGUCGUGGCCAUCAGCCAUGGUGGUAAAUACUUGUGCCAAGCUGAGAACGAAGCUGGUCAACAGAAAUGUGAAGCUGCCCUGACAGUACACGAACCUGCUAGAAUUGUAGAACCGGCAGAGUCCAUAAGUGUGACUGCAGGUGAUUCUGCCAUGCUGGAGUGCAUCAUCUCUGGAACUCCAGACCUGAAAGUAAAGUGGUUUAGAGACGGCAAAGAGAUGAUCAGUGGACGCAAAUAUAAAAUGAGCCAGAAGGAGAAUGUCGUUUCUAUGAAGAUUCUUAAAGCAGAGAAAGGAGACACGUCUGAAUACAAGAUAGAGGUUUCCAAUAAAGUUGGGAAAGACCAGUGCACCUGCUCAGUGACAGUUCUAGAGCCGCCAGUAUUCACAGCAACACCCGACAACCAAGAUGUUAUACCCGGAUCCACUGUGUGUCUUCAAGCUGCUUUCACUGGAACCCCUCCUCUGUCUGUGAAAUGGUUCAUAGAGGACAAGGAGAUGAUCAGCGGAGACACCUGUUUCAUCAAGAAAGACGCUUCUUUGAGUACUUUGGAGCUUACUUCUGUAAAGCCCAGUGACUCUGCUAAAUAUACAUGCCAAGUGUCAAAUGAUGCUGGCAAAGUGGACUGCACCACAGUCGUCUUUGUAAAAGAACCUCCUGUCUUUGUGACUAAGCCUGAGGCGACCAAGCUGGUCAUCAGUGAUGAAUCUGUCAAGUUGCAGUGCAAAGUGACAGGCAGUCCUGUUAUAGGUUUUAUGUGGCUAAAAGAUGGGAUGACUAUCAGCCACAGUUCCAAAUACACAAUAACUUCAGUGGACUUGGUAUCAUGUUUGGAAAUUGUCAAGUGCACCGUAGAGGACAGUGGAGAGUAUAUGUGUGUGGCUUCCAGUGAGGCUGGCAGCGACCAAUGCAGCAGCACAAUCACAGUAAAAGAACCCCCAGUGUUUGUCCGUUUGUUGGAGGCCAAAGAUGUGGUCAAGGGUUCUGAGAUGAUGCUGGAGGGCCAAGUCUCUGGUUCUGCCCCGUUCACUGUGUUGUUUCACAAAAACACACAGCUGUUGAGGAACGAUAAGAGGCACAGGAUCACUGUGAAAGAUGACCUGGUGGCCCUUCAGGUGCUGAGGGUGGAGGCCGUAGAUGUGGGCUUGUACCAGUGUACUGUCGAGAACGAAGUGGGGAGGGCCACUUGUGAAUGUCAAGUCACUCUUAAAGACCCUCCAUCAUUUGUCCACAAGCUGGAGAGCAUCAGUGCCUUGGUAGACACCAACGUGUCUUUGCAAUGCACACUGAAGGGCUCAGAGCCAAUAACAGUGACCUGGCUCAAAGACAACCAUGAGCUCAAGGAAUCUGAAAAUCUUCAGAUAACAUACAGGAACCAGGCAGCUCUACUGCACAUCACAAAGCUUCACAGCAAGCAUGGCGGAAAAUACUCAUGCCACGCACAGAAUCAGGCCGGCAGUCAGACCUGCUCUGCUGUCUUGACAGUCAAAGAACCUGCUACGGUCACAGAGGAAAUCAAAUCCAUCAGUGUAACUCAGGGGGAUCUGGCCAUUAUGGCUGCCAGGUUCUCAGGCACAAAGCCGCUGAAGGUGCGGUGGUUGAAGGCCGGCCAGGAGCUGACCUCUGGCCAGAAAUACAAAGUUCAAAGCACAGACUCCAGCUCUGUGCUUAAAAUCAGUAAAACCAAUACAAGUGAUAGCGGUGACUACAUGUUUGAGGUUUCAAACGAUGUUGGCCGCAGUUCUUGUGAGGCAACCCUCACUAUUUUGGAUCAAAUUAUUCCACCAAAUUUCACAAGAAAGCUGAAGCAAACAGAAGGUAUCAAAGGGUCGUUUGCUCAUCUAGAGUGUGUGGUGUCAGGCUCUGUACCCCUAAGUGUGCAGUGGUACAAAGAUGAGAACCAGAUCGAGACCGAUGAAAAACACAAGUGCAAAUUCUUUGAGAAUGUUGCGCUUCUUGAAAUCUCUGAUCUUGACAGCAAAGAUGGUGGCAGUUACACCUGCAUUGCUAAGAACAAGGCGGGAAGUGCACAGUGCUCCGGGGUCUUGUUCGUCAAAGAGCCACCAUGCAUUAUUGAACAGCCAGAAUCUAUGAAUGUUCUUCCUGGAUCAAAGGUUAAUUUUACAGUUCUGGUCUCGGGCACAAUGCCAUUGACCAUCAAAUGGUUUAAAAACCAGAAAGAAAUCUUAUCCAGCUCCGACUGCUUGGUGAUUAAAGACAGCAUGUCCACUUCCCUGGAACUCUUCUUUGUCAAAACCUCAGACUCGGGCGAAUAUGUCUGUGAAGUACAGAACGAUGUCGGUGCCGCCUCCUGCCAGACCACCCUCUUUGUCAAAGAGCCACCAAAAUUCACACUGACCCCGCCUCGCUUGUCCGUGAUCCGUUCAGGUCAAAGUAAAAUGUUUGAGUGCCAAGUGAGCGGCACACCUGAGAUAGAUAUCUACUGGUUCAAGGAGGGCUCAGAGAUCGUCCAUAGCAGUUGCUACAAAAUGGCCUUUGUUAACUCUGUGGCCACCCUGGAGCUGUGUAGGGCUGACAUCAAAGAUGGUGGCAUGUACUUCUGUGAAGCUCGAAAUGAAGCUGGUAGCGAGAGCUGCAGCAUGGAGCUUAAGGUCAAAGAGCCACCAUUGUUUGUGCGAGAACUGAUGCCGGCUGACGUUGUGAAGGGCUGCAGUGCCUGGCUGGACUGUCAGCUGGCUGGAACACCUCCCUUUGAGAUUACAUGGAUUAAAGAUGGCAAGGAGCUCAAAACUAGUGCUAAACAUGGCCUCUCUAUGGUCAACGACACUGUGGGCCUUGAGGUCAGCAGAUGUGACGCUGGUGAUAUCGGUGAAUACCAGUGCACUGUUUCCAAUGAGGUGGGAAGCUGUAGUUCUAAGACCAUGAUAGGCCUCAAAGAACCGCCAACAUUUAUAAAGCGAAUGGAAAAUUCUACCUGUGUUCUCGGUAAGAAGAUGUUCUUUGAGUGUGUUAUCAACGGUUCUCCCAACCUCUCAGUGCAAUGGCAAAAAGACGGGAACUGGAUUUUGGAAGAUCCGAAAAUGGAGAGGACAUUUGACAAUAAUGUAGCCAUUCUCAGAAUCUCCGCGUGUGAAGCGGAUCACAGCGGGUCAUACACUUGCCAGGUGAUGAAUGAGGCUGGGCAGGAUAAGUGUGUUGCCACCCUGGUAGUCCAAGAACCUCCUCAAAUCUCAGAGAAACCUAAGGUGGUAAAGGUGACGGUUGGAGAUCCUGUCAGCCUGGACUGUAAAGUAACCGGCUCGGCUGACCUUAAAGUAAAAUGGACGAAAGAUGGCAAGGAGCUUCAGUCAAUCAGGCAGCACAAGCUGAGCUUUGAGAAUAACAUCAGCAGCCUAAAGAUUCAGUCAGCUCAGAAAGAGGAUGCAGGGGAUUACAUCUUUGAGGUCUCCAAUCACAUCAGCAGCUGCAGCUGCACCGUCAAAGUGGCCGUGUUAGAACAACUCAUCCCACCAAGUUUCAUUAAUCCCCUGAGAGACAUGCAAGAGAUUUUGGGUUCCUUUGUUCAGAUUGGUUGCAAAAUAUCUGGUUCCAUUCCAAUCUCAGUGGAAUGGCAGAAAGACGGAACCACGAUCUCAAGUGGCGAGAAACACAAACUUAUUCAGCAGGACAAUUCUGUCUAUGUGGAAAUUGAAAAUUUAGAGAUUUCAGAUGCAGGGUCCUACACUUGCAAACUGAACAACGCAGCAGGAAGUUGUAAAUGCAGUGGAUUCCUGAAGGUCAAAGGUUAGACUUCUCAGGCGGCCAUACCUAACACAACAGUGCGCUUCAAAGGAACAUUCAAAGGAACGCCGCCCUUUAGUGUGAAAUGGUUCAAGGACGAAACUGAGCUAAUGACUGGACCCACUUGUCUCAUGGGAAUAGAAGGGCUAUCCUGCCUUUUAGAGCUCUACUCGGUGGGCGUCAACCAGACUGGCAUCUACUCCUGCCAAGUGACCAAUGACGCUGAACCACCGGAGUUUGUGCUGAAACUACCUGCCGAUAAGUGUGUGAAGCAGGGUGAGCCAGUCUGCCUGGAGUGUAAAGUCACUGGUACCGAACCUCUCAAAGUGAUGUGGUACAAACAGGACACCAAACUCACUGAAGGCAGAAACUGCAGCAUGUCAUUUAUUGACUCUGUGGCGGUCCUUGAGCUAUUCGCCGCCAGUGUUGAAGAUGAUGGAGUUUACACAUGUGAAGCUCACAACGAUGCUGGCAGUGUAAGCUGCAGCACCACUGUCUCUGUGAAAGACCCGCCAUCAUUUAUUAAAGUACCAGAAACGGUGGAUGGGUUGAAAGGGAAGGACGUCAGUCUGUACUGCGAGAUGACCGGUACAGCUCCCUUCCAGAUCACAUGGUUCAAAGACAAGAAUCUUCUGAUGGAGAGCAGGAAGUAUAAAAUGUUGAGCGAAGAGAGCUCCACUACGCUACACAUCAUAGAGAUUGAGCAGGCAGACGUUGGCCAAUAUGAGUGCAAAGUGUCAAACAGUGUAGGAAGUGACAUCUGUUACACAGCAGUUAAUCUCAAAGAGCUGCCUUCCUUUGUGAAGAAACUGUCAAACAUGACAGUGAUUCUGGGACAGGAGGUGACCUUUUUGGCCACAGUUCAAGGCUCUGAACCAAUGACUGUGUCCUGGGUUCUGGACAAGGAUCACAUUCUCAGAGACGGUGAAAACAGGAAAAUCACUUUUGAGAACAACCAGGUCGCUCUUAAAGUGUUCGCGGCCGAUGCGGCGGCAGCAGGCAGAUACACCUGCCAGCUCAGAAACGAUGCUGGGAGUGUGGAGUGUUUCGCUAACUUGACUGUUCUAGAACCGGCCAGAAUCGUCGAUAAGCCUGAUGCUCUAAAUGUGACUGCGGGCGAUAUUGCCGCUCUCGAGGUCAAAGUGUGCGGGACUCCAGAGCUCACACCUAAGUGGUUCAAGAACGGUGUGGAGCUGGCCUCUGGGAAGAAGUACAAUAUCUCAUUUUCCCGGAUGAUAUCCAGCCUAAACGUGCUGUCGGCUGAGAAAAUGGACUCAGGAGAGUACACGUUUGAGGUCAAGAAUGAAGUCGGGAAGGAUCUGAGCAAAAUAAAACUCACGGUCUUAGAUAAAACCAUGCCACCAUCCUUUACCAGGAAGCUGAAGGACUGUAACACCGUGGUCACCCACGCUGGUGAGAUGGAGUGUAAAGUGUCUGGAUCGCCACCUUUCACCAUUUCCUGGUUCCACGGAGAUGAGGAGCUACAAAGCGGGCCCAAUUACGACAUAUCGUUCAAGGACAACAGCUGCAUUCUUAGGGUGCCCACGCUCAAACUGUCUGACUCUGGAAUAUAUAAAUGUAAGGCCGCCAACGUGGCAGGAUCCAGUGAGACAACAGCUUUCCUCGAGGUCAAAGAGCCACCAUCUUUUGUGGUGGCGCCCCAGUCGACUGAGGCCUUGCCAGGAUCUGUCGUGACCUUCUCGGCCAUCGUCAAGGGCAGCGCCCCUCUCAGGCUAAAGUGGUUCAGAGGAACCAAGGAGCUGGAGGCUCGAAAAGACUGUCAUUUCUCCCUGAAGGACAACCAAAUCACUUUGGAGCUCUUCCAAGUGGACAGAAGUCAUGCGGGAGAGUACACCUGCCAGGUCAUCAAUGAUGUGGGCAAGGAGAAUUGCCCCGUCAACCUGAUACUCAAAGAGCCAGCAUCCUUUGUGAAAAGGCUGAAAGAUGUGUCGGUCGAGAAAGGCCAACCAUUGAUGCUGGAGUGCUCCUACUCGGGGACGCCAAAGAUCUCAGUAAGCUGGUUCAAAGACAAAGAGCAGAUCUUUGCGUCGUACAAGUACAACAUGACCACAACAGAGAGUGCCUGCAUUCUGGAGUGUCUCAGCACCGAGGACAAGGAAGCCGCUGGAAAGUUCUCAUGUAACGUGUCCAAUGACGCCGGCCAGGAUACCUGCGAGUCCACAGUGACCAUUCUGGAGUCGCCUUACUUUGUGGACACUUUGGAGCCCAUGGAGGUGACGUCAGGAGACACCGUAUGUCUCAAAUGUCAUGUGGCAGGGACUCCUGAGAUCAAAGUGACCUGGUUCAAAGGCGACGGCAAAGUGCGCUCUAGCCCCAACUGCAAGUUAGAGUACACCAAUGGUAUUGCCUGCCUCAAACUCAGCAAAGCCACCAUGGCCGACAUUGGCGAGUACAUCUGCAAGGCAGAAAACAAGAUUGGCUCCGCUUCUUCCUCUUGCCGGCUCAACGUUCAAGAGGCCAAAACACCGCCAUCUUUCCCCAAGAAAAUCACCAGCCUGCAGCAGACCGAAGGUCAAGACGUGCGCUUUGAGUGCCGUGUGGCCGGCUCCUCGCCCAUUGAGGUGUCAUGGUUGAAGGACGGUGAACUUCUGAGCCAGGGCAAGGAGUUCUUCAUGCUGUACGAUGAUAACACGGCUGUCCUGGAGAUCAGUCACAGUGAGCUGAAACAUUCUGGCGAGUACACCUGUAUGGCAACCAACAGCGUUGGCUCUGCCUCCUGCAGAGCCAAGCUCACCUUGCAAGAACCCAGGUAUCCUCCAGUCUUUGACCGGAAAUUGUCGCCAACGCAGGCAGUGACAGUGGGUGACAGCAUUGAGCUUGAAUGUCACAUGACGGGUUCCGCCCCCCUUAAAGUCACAUGGUCCAAAGACCAUAAAGAUAUUCGCAGUGGUGGGAAUUAUAAGAUUCACUUCGAGGACAACACAGCUCACCUGAGCAUAGUGAAGGCCGAUAAAGGCGACUCAGGCAGAUACUUUUGCCAUGUUUCAAAUGACAUUGGCAAGGAUUCGUGCUCCUCUGACGUUGAGGUUAAAGAGCGCAAAACCCCCCCGAUGUUCACCAAAAAGCCCUCAGAGCAGAUGGAGGAAAUCGAAGGCAGGCUGGUCAAGAUUGAGGCUCGGGUCUCUGGCUCACAGCCCGUGACAGUCUGCUGGUUGAAGGAUGACGCAGAGAUCUUCAGCUCAGACGAAUACGACAUCAGCUUUAAGAGUAACGUGGCUGUUCUGUGCAUCAAAAGCAGCCAGAUGAUUGAUAGCGGCAGGUACACGUGCCACGCCUCCAACGAGGCUGGGAAAGCAACCUGUGAUAUCACUCUGGGCAUCUCAGAAGCCAAGAAGCCGCCGGUGUUUGACGUCACACUCAAAGCGACGACUGUGGACGAGGGCGAGAAGCUCACUCUUAAGUGUCACGUCUGCGGAUCCCAUCCUAUGAAGAUCCAGUGGUUAAAGGACAGGAAGGAGCUGUUGUCGGCCGGCAGCACCAAGAUUAGCUUCUCUGACGGGACGGCCUGUUUAGAGAUUGUUUCCGCCUCCCGUCACGAUGUUGGCGACUACAUCUGCAAGGCCACAAAUGACGCUGGCAAUAAAGCUGCUCGGCCUCCUGCUGAGACUGCUGCAGAUGCCGCACCGACCAAAAAGCUGGAGGAGCUGUUCUUCAUUGAGGAGCCAAAGAGCGUGAAUGUCACUGAGAAGGGCGCAGCCACCUUUAUCGCCAAAGUGGGCGGAGACCCCAUCCCCAGCGUCAAGUGGAUGAAAGGCAAGUGGAGGCAACUCACGCACGGCGGCCGCAUUUCUAUCGGGCAGAAAGGCCAAGAGGCCAAACUGGAAAUCAGGGAGGUGACCAAGUCUGACUCAGGCCAGUACAGGUGUGUGGCCUCCAACAAACACGGUGAGAUCGAGUGCAACUCCGACCUUCAUGUGGACAAGAAGAAAACGGCGGCUCAGCUGGAAGGAGACCUGCGAGCCAAGUUGAAAAAGACUCCGUCAAAGCAAAAGAGUCCCGACACAGAGAAGGAGAUUGACAUUGUGGAACUGCUUAGGAAUGUGGACCCCAAAGAGUACGAGAAAUAUGCUCGCCUGUACGGUAUCACCGACUACCGAGGCUUGUUGCAGGCCAUCGAACAGCUCAGGCAGGAGAAAGCGGACGAAAGUGAAAGACUGGAAUUGGAACGUACACCAAGAGAGACCGACGAAGACAUGGCACGACUAGUGGCCGACCUGCAGAAAAGGAUGGAGAGGACCGAGCCUGUCACUGUAGUGAAGGACAUCUCGGAUCAGUCAGUCAUGGCCGACAACACGGCGAUGUUUGAGUGUGAGAUCACGAUCAACUACCCUGAGAUCAACCUGUCGUGGUACAAAGGCACCCAGAAACUGGAUACCAGUGCCAAGUACGACAUCAGCGUCAACGGCGAUUGCCACUUGCUAAAAAUUAAGCAGUGCCGGAUGUCUGACCAGGGCAACUACAGGGUGGUGUGCGGACCACAUAUCUCCAGCGCCAAGCUCACCGUCAUGGAGGCCGAGGUGGAGAAGCACCUGCAGGACACGUCGGGUAAGGAAGGCCAGUCGUGCGUCCUGUCUUGUCAGUUGUCCAUCCCUAACGUAGAAGCUCAGUGGUUUAAGAACGGCCAGCAGUUAGAGAUGAAGGGAAGGUUUACGUCUGAGGUCAAACACAAAGUUCAGAAGCUUUAUAUUAGAGACCUGAAGAACGACGACCAGGGUCGAUACACCUGCAAGUACAAGAACCUGCAGUCCUCAGCAGACCUCUGGGUGGAAGUCGAACAAAUUCAUUUCACCAAACGCAUCCACAAUGUCGAAGUCAGCGAGCGACAGUCGGCCACAUUCGAGUGUGAGGUGUCCUUUGACAACGCUAUCGUGUCGUGGUACAAAGACACCUGGGAACUGAAAGAAUGUCCUAAGUACAACUUCCGAAGUGAGGGCCGAAGACAUUUCAUGGUCAUACGAAACGUGACCAUCGAUGACGAAGGCGUGUACUCUGUGAUUGUGAGAUUGGAGCCCAGAGGAGAGGCUAAGAGCACAGCUGAGCUUUAUUUAUCUGGAAAAGAGAUCCAAUUAGCAAUGGUCCCCUUCGAUGUGCAAGACUCGUCAGUUCAGAGGCCCGAGGAGCCCUCGCCAAUAGAGAUUCAAGAAUCAGCCGAAUUCUAUCAAUACACAGAAGAUAUUGAACAUACAGUUGUCCAGGAGACAGUGGAGUCCCAUGAAGUGGGAGUGGAAGUGAUAGAGGAAAAGCAUUUCGAAGUGACCAAAGACGAGGAGCAAGAACUCAAGGUGGCGGCAGCUAAGAAGAAAGAGGCGCCACCUAAAGUGACCAAAGACGAGAAGCAAGAACUCAAGGUGGCGGCAGCUAAGAAGAAAGAGGCGCCACCUAAAGUGACCAAAGACGAGGAGCAAGAACUCAAGGUGGCGGCAGCUAAGAAGAAAGAGGCGCCACCUAAAGUUACCAAAGACGAGGAGCAAGAACUCAAGGUGGCGGCAGCUAAGAAGAAAGAGGCGCCACCUAAAGUGACUAAAGAACCAGUGGAGAAGAAGCUUCCUGUGCUUUCAGUCCCAGAGAAGAAAGUUCCUGCUGUUAAAGAACCAGAGGAGCCCAAAAAGCCAGCUCUUCCCUCACCACCGCUGGAGCCCAGUGUGCCAAAGAAAGAUGAACCCAAACCUCAGGCACCAGCAGAGCCUAAAAAGUCAGUGCCUGUUGCUAAGCCUAAACCUGAGGCCAAGGUUGUAGCAAAGGCUGAGCUGGAGCCGGAAGCUAAGCCAGUACCGUUGAAGAAACCGACAUCGCCACCUCCCAAAGUCCCGGAAGAACCUACCAAGAUAAAGUCAGAACUUGAACCUGAAACACCAAAAUCCGAGCCAGAAAAAAGAAAACCUCAAGUAGAACCAAAAGCAGUCAAAAAGGUAGAAGCUGCUAUUGUUCCACCCAAACAAGAGCCAGCAGAGCGUGAAAUAGAUUUGGAGCCCAAACUGGAUCUUGUAUGUGAAGAUGAGGCCGCACCUCGAAAACAACCUCAGAAAAUGCUGAAUGAGGUUGUGAUAUCAAUGACUGAAGCAGAUAGCUUUCCUCCUGAGAAAGUAAAUGAGAAGAUUUCAGAGAAAACACAUGAGAAAAUACCAGAGAAGCUUCCAGAUAGAAAACCUGGGAAAAUACCUGAGAAGCUUCCAGAUAAAAUACAAGAGAAAUUACCUGAGAAGCUUCCAGAGAAAAUACAAGAGAAGGUACCUGAAAAGCUUCCAGAUAAAACACAUGAGAAAGUACCAGAGAGGCUUCUAGAAACAAAACCUGAGAAAGCACUCAGGAAGCUUCCAGGGAAAACGCAUGAGAAAGUAUCAGAGAAGCUUCCAGAUAGAAAACCUGGGAAAAUACCUGAGAAGCUUCCAGAUAAAGUACAAGAGAAAUUACCUGAGAAGCUUCCAGAUAAAAUAGAAGAGAAGGUACCUGAAAACCUUUCAGAUAAAACACAUGAGAAAGUACCAGAGAGGCUUCUAGAAACAAAACCUGAGAAAGCACUCAGGAAGCUUCCAGGGAAAACGCACGAGAAAGUAUCAGAGAAGAUUCCAGAUACCAAACCUGAGAUAGUACCUGAAAUCCUUCCAGAUAAAAUACAUGAGAAAGUACCAGAAAAUAUUCCAGUUAAAAAACCUGAAAAAGUACUUGGGAAGCUUCCGGAAAAAACACAUGAGAAAGUACUAGAGAAGCUACCAGAAAUAAAACCUGAGAAAGUUCCUCAGAAACUUACAGAGAAAAUACAUGAGAAAAUACCUGAUAAGCUUCUAGAUAAAAUACCUGUACCUGAGAAAGUACCUGAGAAGCUUCCAGUUAGAGAACCUGAGGAAGCACCCAAGAAGCUUCCAGAGAAAACACAUGAGAAAGUAUCAGAGAAGCUUUCAGAAGGAAAACCUGAGAAAGAUCCAGAAAAGCUUCCAGAUCAAACAUGUGGAAAAGAACCAGAAAAGCUUCCAGAUAGUAAACCUGAGAAAAUACCUGAGAAGCUUCCAGAGAAAACACAUGAGAAUCUUCCAGAUAGAAAACAUGACAAAGUACCAGAGAAGCUUCCAGAUAGAAAACCUGACAAAGUACCGGAGAAGCUUCCAGGGAGAAAACCUGAGCAAAUACCUCAGAAGCUUCCAGAUAAAACACAUGAAAAAGUAUGUGAGAAGCUUCCAGAUAAAACACCUGUGAAGCUUCCAGAUAGCAAACUUGAGGAAUUACCUCAGAUGCUUCCAGAUAAAACACACAAUAAAAAAACAGAGAAGCUUCCUCAGAAUGCUGAUACAGUUCGGACACCCCAGAAAAUGGGGGAAGAAGUCUUUGGCAAAGUGUCUGAAAAGGUUGCUGAAAAGCUUCCGAGAAAGCAACCAGAGAGCAGCGUUUUUGAGAAGAAGCCUAUUCGGGUUACCCAAAAAGCAAAAGAAUAUGAGGUGGUUUCUAUGUUGAAACAUGAGAAGGUUUCCAAGGAACAUUCCGAUGAAAUGUUCUUUGGAGUUGUUGAAAUGAAGCAGGAAGUAGUGGAACAUUCAGCCACAGUGAGGUUCUUUGAGAUUGAGGCGCAACAGGAAGUUUAUCAUGUGACCGAGAAGGUGUCUCCCACAGAGAGGCUACUGCCAAAUGAGGAGAUGGGAGAACCAGCCCAAGUGUCGUACGAGAGGCCUGUGUCCCCUGUAGGCCACAUGAAGGUUUCGUUGUCUCAGGUGGAAGUCUUGACUGAGAUGCUGACACAAAGAAAUAAAAUGUCUGAACUGCGAGGCGAGAUGACUGACAUUACCAUCAGUAAGGAGAGCGAAGUAACUCCACAACCAAUCAAAGAUAUAACUGUACAGGGCGCCCAGGAGUCUAAAAGUGAGAAAGCUCCAGAGAAGGAACCUACAAAAGAUAAACAAAUGACACUAUCAAGAGAUGAGGGGAAAGACACACACCUGUCGGGCAAAAAGCAGAAGACAGUCAAGAAAGAAAGCAGGUCAACUGUUCAAAGAGAAAGGAAGGGCAAAACUGCAAGAGAUGACACACACACAACAUUUCAGACUUUCCAAGGCAAACAAGAAGUAGAAGAAGAGACCAUUUCAACUUCUUUGGAGGACAAACAAAGGCAAACUCCAAAAGAGAGUCUUGUCGUUGAGCACAGCGACAUCAUUGCUGACGGGUUAAAAGAUGAACAUUCAGCACUGAUCCACAAGUCAGCUAAGAAACAUGAGUUACCUAGGAAGAAACAGGAAAAAAAAGUAGCAUCUGACAGGCUUAUUGACAAUACUUCUCAAUUAGAAGCAGAAAUGUCAGUGUCUGACAUCCCGCCUCAACAGACCAAAACCACAGUGCGUGACCAAACUCUAAGAGAAGAAUCAAGUCCUCAAAUAGAAAUCACUACCCAAAAGAAACCUUCAAUCAUCACCAAGAAAAGAGAAGAGAAGGAAGAAGUACCUAGCGAAGCUACUCCCAGAGAAGCCACGGUGUUGCCUAUCCAUCUGGAGAUGCUGGAAAGAGGAGCUGAGAGAGUGUCUGUGAAAGAAGCACAAAGUAAGGUGCCCGGCAGCUUCUUGUCUGAGACAGCACCUCAUGUCCACAUGGGAGAGGCAAGAGAAGAAGAACAUGACAAAAAGGACAGAAACUCGGAAGCUGGAGGCGAACAAUCUGUUACUGAUGGUUCUGAGACACAGGCCUUUCAAACAGAGUUAUCAGAAAAACUGACAUCAUCCACAAAGCCACAAAGGAAACCCACUGAGAGUAUUGAACCAGAGCAGCUGACCAUGAGCACAGCUCAAGACAAAAUAUUUGAAGUUGCUUCACCUUAUCAGGCAGGGUCAACAGGGUUCUUGUCUGAGGACACCUGUGAACCUCCAGAAGAGGGAAUACAAAAUGUUUCUCACACAGAUUCAACAUCCUCACAGGUACAACAUGGAGCUUUUCCUGUAAGUGACACAGCUGUUACUGGCCAAACAUCACUGACAGGGGUCAAUGGUGCAAAACAGACUCACUUCGUUGAGAAGAUAUUUAAUCAGAAAUCCAAUAGAAUAAUCUCAAGUUCAUUGGUAGAGCCAAAACAAUCCAUGGAGGUGAGCUCCACUAUGUCUUUUGAGGCGCCUUUGAAGAACAAAGAGCUACUGGAAGAAACUUUACCAAUAGUUUAUCCUUAUAUUGAUGAGCAUAUAACUGAACAGGGGCAGAAACACAUCCAGAAUGUUGAUCAACCGAUUGCAUCUGAAAAAGCUGCCAGCCUGAAAAAAAGUCAGCCAGUGACCGUUCCAGAGGAGUAUGUUAGAUCUCAGAAGCUUGAGAAGACGUCGUCUGUAGUGAAAGUGGUAGCUGAGAGUACACACCCAGAGAAAUUUGAAGGGGAAAAAUAUAAACAGAGCUUAGUUUCACCUGCAGAAAGAAUGACUAAAUUAAGUGCAGUUCUACCAGACCAAGAUAGUCAUAUUCCAGGGGAAAUUGAGCUGGAGAAUGUUAAAGUGACUGAAAGAAAAAUGACAAACAUUCAGAAGGAAAAGGCGCAAAGAUGUCUCGCUGCUGCUGAGAACAACAGAAGUCAGGAGUCAGAAGCAAAGGACAGAUACAUCAGUCCAGGCAAACGGAAGAAAUCAGCAGGUGGACAACAGCAAAUAGGACAAAGAACACCAGUGAUGGAGGUGGUGUCUCCUCAAUCUUUAACUGUUGAGGAUGGAAGGUUUAUAUUAGGCAGUCUACAGAUGGCCAGCAGGACAGAUCAGGAACACAUCACUCUACUCAAAAAAGUUCAAGUUCAUGAGGAAGAGACAGGGGCUUUUGAGCUACCCUCUCUGAGGAAAGCCACCCCAAUCACAAAGCAAGAAGAAGAGCAAGAGCUGGAAAUUAUCAAACUGAAGAAGAUUCCAUUUGUUCCACCCAAAGUGUCAGAGAAGGAGCAGGAGUCUCAGAAAGCUACCAGGACCACACAAAUAGACGUGGUUGAGAUGGUGCAUGAAGAACAGACAGCAAAAGUUGAUGAAGAUACUGAACAUCAAUGGAGCCCACAGAAAGAUACUCCAAAAGAUAAGUCAGAUGAAACAAUUUUCUGGGAAAAAAUUCCCAAAGUUCCACUGGAAGAGGAACCAGCCCAUCCUGAAGCUGCCUUGAAAAAAAUAAAAAGACUGCCUUUAGAUGAAAAAGAACCAGAAGUUGUCAAACUAAAACCCUUUGAGAAGCCGGUUAAAGUGACGGACGCACCUGAGAAGAAAGAUACAGAAGAGGCCAAAGCACUUGCAAAGGUAAAGAAGACACCAACUCAGCAGCCGGAUGCAGAGUCUGUCACGCUUAAGCCCUUUUCAGUCCCUUCAAAAGAAGCUGCCAAGCCUGAAAAGAAGAUUGCAGAGGUCAAAGACAAGAAACCAGCUGAAGACCUUCGUCAGAUUUCUCAAGCAGAGGAGAAGCCAGAGAUGUUAAAGGAGGCCGAACCAGUUCCAGGGAAGAAGAUUGAUUCCCAAGUUCCAGUGAAGAAAGCAGACGAAGUUAAUGAGGAGCCCAAACCUCUGAAACAGAAGAAGACAGUCACACCAAAGAAAGACCAAAAAGAAGAGGUAGCUUUGACACCUUUGGAGCAACUCAAAAAGGUCCAACUAAAAAAGACACCAUCACCAAAAGUUGACAAGCUUAAACAAGCUGAAAAGGCUGAAAGGAAGCUGAGUAUGGACCUCAAAAAGACUCUUAAAACAGCUUCACCUAAGGACUCUAUAGAAGUCAUUAAAAGAGAUAAGGUAACCAAAAAGCCAUUGCAGGAGGAUCGAGAACCAGCAAAGCCUCCAAAAGAAAAAAUUCCUAUUAUGAAAGAAGUUUCUCCUGGAGCAGUAGAGAUAAAGAAAGUAGCCACACAGCCAGAAGAGGAGGUGUCCGAGCAGGACUUUAGGGUGGAAAAAGAGGCAGAGCCGGUGGAGGAAGAGGCCUGGGGCUGGGAACUCGUUCCUCAGGAAAAGGCUGAAGACUGGGAAGGUGAAGUGGAAGAGGGCGCUCUGGAGGUUCCAGGGGUGGCCAAGAGAGAGGGACAACCAGCUGAAGAAGCAGGACGAGGAAGGGGCCGAGGUAUCAAACUCAAGAAAACACCAUCGCCAGGUGAAGGCAGGGGUCGGGGCCUCAGGCCUGCUGGAAGAGGACCUACUCCUCCAGAGGAACCUUUUGGUGGAUUCAAGCUGAAAGCCGUCCCGUUGAAGUUCAUCAAGAAGCUUCAGGACAUCGUUCUGAAAGAGGCUGAGUCUAUCGGAUCGUCAGCUUUGUUCGAGUGCCUAGUCUCGCCAUCUACUGCUGUCACAUCAUGGAUGAAAGAUGGAAACAACCUGCGCGAGAGCCCCAAGUACAAGUUUACAUCUGAUGGCAAAGAUCGCAAGAUGAACAUCGUCGACGUCCAGUUGUCAGACACCGGAGAAUACACCUGUGUAGCCAAGAACGCUGGCAAGGAAGUCAACUGCUCCGCCAAGCUAAUUGUUGAAGAGCUUCCUGUGAAAUGGAUCCAUGAAUUGGAGCCAGAGACUUCCGCUGUAAAGACACAGCCGCUCUACUUGACCUGCGAGUUGAACAAAGAAAGAGACGUGGUCUGGAAGAAGAAUGGUGAGGUCGUUAAGAGAGAAGCUAACAAGAUCCAGAUCAACAUUAUAGGAAUGCAGCAUGGAAUAACCAUCCAGAACUGCAUUGAAAACGACGCUGGUACAUACUCAUGUGAAGUGGCAAAUCAGGAGGAACUGAAGACGUCAACAAAUGUGAAAGUGACUGAGAUCAUCAAAGAUUGGAUUGUGAAGCCUCUGAGAGAUCAGCAUGUAAAACCGAAGGCCAACGCCACCUUUAAAUGCCAGCUGUUCAAGGACACACCCAACUGGAAGUGGCGAAAAGGAGAGAACGAUCUGCCUCCCUCUGACAAGGUGGACAUCAAGCAAGACGGAAAGGAUUUGGAACUGACCAUAAAGAACUGCCAGCCUGAUGACGUGUCCGAAUACUCCGUGGAGGUGGAGGGGCGUGUUUACAAAGCCAAACUGACGCUAGGAGAGCGUGAGGCAGAGAUCCUGAAGCCUCUGGCUAGCGUGGAAGUGAUGGAGAAGGAAGAUGCUUCGUUUGAGACGGAAAUAUCUGAGGAAGAUGUUCCAGGAGAGUGGAAGCUCAAAGGGGAGCUUCUGACAAGAUCCCCAACUUGUGAAAUCCAAACAGAGCGUGGCAUACGCAAGAUCACGCUGAAAAAUUGCCAACUGGACCAGGCUGGUGAAGUGUCCUACCAGGCAUUGAACGCUUUAACAAGCGCAAUGCUCAGUGUUAAAGAAAUCCCAAUGGACUUUGUUGUCCCACUGAAAGACGUUAGUGUACCUGAAAAGAAACAGGCUAAAUUUGAAUGCACCAUCACAAAGGAUGUUUCUAAGGUUAUCUGGUACAGAGGCAGUGACAUCAUCACACCGGAUGCAAAAUAUGUCAUAAUCAUUGAUGGAAAGAAGCACAUGCUUGUCAUAAACUGUUGUGAGUUUGAAGACGAGGACGAGUACAAGAUUGAGGUUUUGGGUAAAACGUCCACGGCACGUCUCACAGUGGAGGGUAUCAGGCUCAAACUGAUUUCGCCAUUAAAGGACCAAACCGUGAAAGAGGGCAAGACAGUUCACUUUGAACUGGAGCUGUCGCAUGAAAAUAUCCCAGUCACCUGGUUCAGGAACGACGUUGAAGUCCAUCCUAGCAGAACUGUGCUCAUGCAUGUUGAUGGGAUGCGACAUGUGCUAGAAAUAAAGGAGGUGACCCUGGAUGACACUUGCCAGGUCAAGGCUGAGGCUAAAGGAAUUUUGACCAGGGCCAACUUAACAGUCCUAGAGGGAGAUGCAUACUUCACGGUCAAGCUACAGGACUACACUGCAGUAGAAAAAGACAAGGUCCUUUUGGAGUGUGAGCUCAACAAAGAUGUCCCGGUUAUGUGGUACCACAAUGAAACCGAGUUGAAGGCCUCCAAGAUGGUAGCCAUUAAGAUGGAAGGCAAACGCAGAUCACUUGUCAUCCGUAAAGUUGCGGACAAUGAUAAAGGACAGUAUGUGUGUGACUGUGGAACAGACAAGACGACAGCAACACUUCACAUUGAAGCUCGUCACAUCCGAGUGCUUCGGCCAGUGUAUGGUGUGGAGCUGUUUGAAGGCGAGACGGCUCGCUUCGAGGUCGAGCUGAGUGAAGACGAUGUACACAGCCAGUGGAAACUGGGCGGCCAAGUCCUGAGCCCAUCUCCUGAUGUUGAGAUAGUGGAGGAUGGGGCCAAGCACACACUGGUGUUGUACAAUUGUAAAGUGCCACAGACAGGCGAGGUGGCCUUUAGCGCCGCAAACGCCAAAUGUUCGGCCAACUUGAAAGUGAAGGAGCUUCCCAUUACGUUCCUCACCCCGUUGGCCGACGUUCAUGUCUUUGAAAAGGAUGAAGCAAAGUUUGAGGUGGAAAUUUCCAGAGAACCCAAAAAUUUCCGCUGGCUCAAGGGUUCUCAAGCACUGUCAAACGACGAUAAGUAUCAGCUUCUGCAAGAUGGCAGGAAAUACGCUCUUAUUUUACAAUCUGCCAGAUAUGAUGACGAAGCCAAAUACACAUUUGAGGCAGAAGACAAUAGAACAUCAGGAAGGCUGAUCAUUGAAGGUGUUCGUCUCGAGUUUCUCAAACCCAUCAAGGACGUGACAGUGAAGGAGCGUGAAACGGCCGUGUUCAGUGUGGAGCUUUCUCAUGAAAAUGUCCCCGUGGUUUGGUACAAAAAUGGUGUGCGCCUACAUCCCAGCAAGGUGGUGCACAUGUCUGAGGAUGGUCGAGUCCACAAAUUAACCUUCAAGGAGGUCACAAUCGACGACACUUCAAUGAUCAAGGUGGAAGCCAUGGACAAGUUGGCAGAGGCUAUGCUCACUGUGCUCGAGGGCGACCUCUAUUUCACGCAGAAGCUCCAGAACUUUACCGCUAUAGAAAAGGAUGAGGUGGUUCUGUCCUGUGAGCUGAGCAAGGCCAUCGGAGAGGUUCGCUGGUUCAAGGACGGUAGAGAAAUCUUUGCCUCCAAAAACCUUCUGGUCCAGUCAGAUGGCAGGAAGCGUAUGCUAGUCAUCAAGAAGGCAGCCAAAAGCGAUAUGGGAGCCUUCACCUGCGAUUGUGGCACUGACAAAACCACAGCCCAGCUCAACAUUGAAGAGCGCGACAUCAAGGUCAUGCGCCCGCUGUACAGCGUGGAGGUGAACGAGACGGAGACGGCCAAGUUUGAAACCGAGAUAUCCGAGGAGGACCUUCAUGCCACCUGGAAGCUGAAGGGGGAGACCCUCCAUUCCUCUCCUGAUGUGGAGAUCAAGGUUGAAGGAGUGAAACACACAUUGAUUUUGUUCAACUGCCGCAAAGACAUGGCCGGAACUGUGGAGUUCUCGGCAGCCAACGCCAAGUCUUCGGCUCAGCUCAGGGUCAAAGCCCGGGUGAUCAGCCUGACGCGGCCUCUUACGGACGUGACCGUGACCGCCGGGGAGACCGCCACCUUCGAAGGCGAGCUGUCGUACAAAGACAUCCCUGUUGAGUGGUUCCUGGAGGGUACCAAGCUCGAGUCUAGUGACAGAGUGGUGCUCAAGUCAGAGGGUAAGAUUCACAGCAUGACUCUGCGAGACGUCCAGCUGAACGAAGCCGGAAAAGUUCGACUGACCACCAAGGACAUCAAGACCGAAGCCAAACUCAUUGUGAAAGAACCACCUGUGGAGUUCACCAAACCUCUGGAGGACCAGACAGUGGAAGAGGAAGCCACCGCCACGCUGGAAUGUGAGGUGUCCAAACAGGACGCAGAGGUGCAAUGGUUCAAAGACGGACAGGAGAUCCACAAGAGCAAGAAGUACGAGAUGAUCGUAGACGGCCACAAGAGGGCGCUGAUCAUCCACGGCUGCACUCUGGAUGACUCGAGAACAUAUUCCUGUGACGCAAAACACUUCAAAACUUCCUGCUUCCUUAAUGUUGAACCUCCACAUGUCGAGUUCUCCAAGCCGCUCCAUGAUGUUGAGGUGCGAGAGAAGGAAUCCGCCAGGUUUGAGUGCGAACUGUCCAGAGAAAAUGUUAAGGUGCGCUGGUGCAAGGAUGGAAGUGAGAUCAGAAAAGGGAAGAAGUACGAAAUUAUAGCUCAGGGACGCCGACACAUCCUUGUUGUCCACAAGUCGGUGUUUGACGACGAGGCUGACUAUGAAUGUGAUGCAAAGAUCUGCAAGUCCUCUGGAAUGCUCACUGUUAUCGAGGAGGAGGCCCGGUUCACCAAGAACUUGUCCAAUGUGGAGGGAACCGAGACAGACAGCGUGAAGUUUAUCUGCGAGGUCUCCAAACCCGACGCUGAUGUCACCUGGUACAAAGGGGACCAAGAGCUGCCGGAAGGCGGCCGCUACGAGCAGAUCGUCGACGGGAAGAGGCGUAUCCUCCUCAUUCAAGACUUGAAGAUGGCCGAUGCCGGAGAAUACAACUGCCGGUUGAGUCCAAUCAUCAAAACGUCUGGAAAUCUUAAGAUUAAUGAACUGGCAGCCGAGUUCAUCUCCAGACCUCGCAGCGUAGAGGUGGUGGAGGGCGAAAAGGCAGAGUUCACCUGCACUGUUUCUAAAGAAUCCUAUGAGGUCAAAUGGCUGAAAGACAACAAGGAGCUGGAGGAUGGAAACAAGUACCAGAUGAUCCGCGACGGAAAGAGGCGGACUCUUGUCAUCAAUAACUGCGAGCCCAAAGAUGAGUGCAAAUAUGCGGUGAUGAUCGGACCAACCAGAGCCACAGCUGACCUAACUGUGCUCGAGAAAUUGAGGAUCAUCACACCAUUGAAGGACACGGAGGCCAGCGAAGGCGAGGAAGUGGUCCUGAACUGCGAGGUGAACAACGAGGGAGCAAAGGCCAAGUGGUCAAAGAAUGAAGAGACUAUCUUUGAGAGCAGCAAGUAUGUGAUGGUCCAGCGAUACAACGUCUUCUCACUGAGGAUCAGAGACGCACAGAAGGGCGAUGAAGCCAAGUAUGGCAUCCACCUGACCAAUCAGCGAGGAGAGCAUGCCAAGAGCUCCUGCAGCCUCACAGUCGAAGAGGAGAGAUUGCGGAUUGUGGUUCCUCCCGAAGACAUCGACACUCAGGAGAAGAAGAUGGUCAGCUUCACCUGUAAGGUCAACCGGCCCAACGCCACUCUCAAGUGGAUCAAGGACGGUGAGGAGAUGGUCUUCGACAAACGCAUCAUCUACAGAGUCGAUAAAGUCAAGCACACGCUGACCAUCAAGGACUGCACGCUGGCCGACGAGGGCGAGUACACCGUCGUGGCUGGCGAUGACAAGUCCACGGCCGAGCUGAUUAUCAGCGAGGCGCCAACAGACUUCGCCAUGCAUCUGAAGGACCAGACUAUCACCGAGUUUGAGGACGCAGAGUUCACAUGCAAGCUGACGAAAGAGAAGGCCGAUGUCAAGUGGUACAGGAAUGGACGUGAGAUCCGAGAAGGACCAAGAUACACAUUUGAAAAGGAUGGAAAGUUCUGCACCUUGCGCAUUAAAGAAUGCCGACCUGACGACGAGUGCGAGUACGCAUGUGGCGUGGACGAGAAGAGAUCCCGGGCAAGGCUCUUUGUUGAAGAGAUCCCAGUGGAGAUCAUCAGGCCACCGCAAGACGCGUUCCCACCUCCUGGCUCUGAUGUAGUGUUUGAGGUGGAACUCAACAAGGACAGAGUGGAGGUGAAAUGGUUGCGGAACAAUAUGACAGUCGUCCAGGGAGACAAAUACCAGAUGAUGAGUGAAGGUAAAGUCCACAGACUGCAGGUCUGUGAGAUCCGUCCUCGAGAUCAGGGCGAGUACAGAGUCGUCGUCAAGGACAAAGACGCCAAGGCCAGGCUGGAGAUGGCAGCGGCGCCCCAGAUAAAGACCACCGACCAAAACUAUGUCACAGAUGUCGGGAAGUCUCUUGUCAUGGCAGUUCCCUACAGCGCUUACCCACAAGCUAAGGCCGACUGGCUGUACGACAAUUUAAGUCUUUCCCAGGAGAAUGUCUACACAUCUUCCGACUGCACAGAGUACCGUCUGAAGGACCCUAGAAAAUCUGACGAGGGUCGUUACAAAGUCAUUAUUACGAACAAACAUGGAGAGGGUGAAGCCUUUAUCAACCUGGACGUCAUUGAUGUUCCAGGGCCUGUGAAGAACCUGCAGGUGGUCGACACAGCUGACGGUGAGGUCAGUUUGGCCUGGGAGGAACCGGAGAACGACGGAGGAAGCAAAGUCAUUGGUUAUGUGGUGGAGAGACGAGACGUGAAACGCAAGACUUGGACGUUGGCCACUGAGCACGCUGAGAGUCCUGAAUACACUGUGACAGGGCUCCAGAAGGAUUCAAUGUACCUGUUUAGAGUCUGUGCUCGAAACCGUGUUGGCACUGGACCUAAUGUAGAGACAGACAAACCUGUCCAGGCCAAAAACCUAUUUGAUGUUCCUGACCCUCCCCUUAACGUGACUGUCGGGAAUGUCUCCAAAUUUGGUUGUACUGUAUCUUGGGAGCCACCUGCGUCAGAUGGCGGUUCUCCCAUUACCUCUUACAUCAUUGAGCUACGUGACAGGACCUCUGUCAAGUGGUCACCUGUCCAGAUGACAAAAACUGAUGAGCUCAGCGCCGUCAUCAAUGAUGUCAUUGAGAACAAAGAAUACAUCUUUAGAGUGAGGGCUCAGAACAAAGCCGGGGUAGGAAAGCCCAGUGCAGCUUCUACCCCCGUGAAGAUCAUGGAUGCCAUUGAGCCGCCUAGUCCCCCCCAGAACCUGGUCUAUCAGGACCAGAGCAAGAAUUCUGUGCAGCUCAGCUGGGAGACACCGCUGAGAAAUGGUGGAAGCAUGAUCACAGGAUACAUCAUUGAACGCUGUGAGGACGGAACUGAUAAGUGGGUCCGCUGCAACGCUCGCCUGUGCCCUGACCUCUUCUACAAGGUUUCCGGUCUCAAAUAUGGAACAAAAUACAACUACAGAGUAUUCGCUGAAAAUGCAGCUGGAAUCUCAGAUCCAUCCAACAUCAUUGGACCUCUGCUGGCCGACGACCCACACACCGCUCCGACUCUUGACCUGAGCGCAUUCAAAGACGGCCUUGAGGUUAUUGUUCCACAACCUCUCACAAUUAGAGUCCCUACCACUGGCUAUCCUACCCCAGUCGCCAAGUGGACGUUCGGCGAGAAGGAGCUGACUAGCACAGAUGAACGUGUCACUCUGACGACCAGGCCCACAUUUGCAGAGUUAGUCGUCACACCAAGUGUUCGGCCAGACAAAGGCAUCUACACCCUGCAGCUGGAAAAUGAUGUUGCAUCUGUCUCUGGCGAGAUUGAAGUCAACGUCAUUGCUGCACCCAGUGCACCCAAGGACUUUAAGGCACUGGAAGUGACUCGUAAUCAUGUUCACCUGGCCUGGGAAGCUCCAGAGCAUGACGGAGGAAGUCCACUGACAGGCUACCAGGUUGAAAAACGAGAGGUGUCCCGCAAGACGUGGGUCAAGGUGGCCACAGGUAUCCAGGAUCAAGAGAUGACUGUCACUGACGUGGUUGAAGGGAAGGAGUAUCUGUUCAAGGUCACAGCCUGCAACAAGUGUGGACCGGGAGAACCUGCAUACAUUGAUGAUCCCAUCAAUGUAUCCUCUCCUGCCACCAUCCCUGACCCUCCGGAGAAUCUGAGAUGGAGAGACAAGUCAGGCAGCAGCAUCUUCCUGACCUGGGAGCCUCCAAAGUAUGACGGCGGCAGUGGCAUCCGUGGCUACAAUGUUGAACGUUGCGAAAGAGGAAGUGAUAGGUGGGAGCCCUGCGGCGACCUGGUCCCUGAACUGAAGUUACAAGUGACUGGUCUGAUUGAGGGCCAGUGGUACUCAUACAGAGUCCGAGCCUUAAACCGCCUCGGAGCCAGUCGGCCCUGCAAGGCCACAGAUGAAAUCCAGGCUGUAGAUGCCAAAGAGCCACCAGAGAUCCUACUGGACGUCAAGCUACUUGCUGGUCUGACUGCUAAAGCUGGUAGCAAGAUUGAACUGCCCGCUGAGGUGAAGGGAAAACCUGAGCCCCGGGUGAAGUGGACCAAGGCCGACCUGGUUCUCAAAGCAGAUGAUAGAGUCACCAUCGACACCAAACCAGGACACUCCACCGUCACCAUCUCCAAGACCAAACGAGAUGACAGCUCCACCUACAUCAUUGAGGCUACAAACAGCUGUGGUCGCGCUACUGCUACUGUUGACGUUAACAUCCUUGAUAAGCCUGGUCCCCCAGCUGCCUUUGACAUCUCUGAAAUUACCAAUGAGUCCUGUUUCCUGGCCUGGAACCCGCCACGUGAUGACGGUGGCUCCAAAGUCACCAACUAUAUAGUCGAGCGACGUGCUGCAGACAGUGAAAUCUGGCACAGGCUCUCCUCCACUGUCAAACCAACAACCUACAGAGCAGUGGGUUUGACCAAGUUCAAGGAGUACAUAUUCAGGGUCUUUGCUGAGAACCAGUUUGGCGUGGGUCUACCAGCAGAACAUCCAUCCAUCAUUGCAAGAUAUCCCUUCGACACCCCUGGACCCCCCUACAAGUUGGAGCCCUCUGACAUUACUAAGGACUCAGUGAGUCUAAGCUGGUACGAGCCUGACGAGGAUGGAGGCAGCCCAAUCACAGGGUACUGGGUGGAGCGAUAUGAACCUGACCACGACAGGUGGAUCCGAUGCAAUAAGCUGCCUAUUAAAGACACCAACUACAGAGUCAAAGGUCUUCCCACCAGGAAGAAGUACAAGUUCAGAGUCCUCGCUGAAAAUCUGGCUGGAACUGGAAAGCCAAGCAAGGAAACUGAACCAAUCCUUGUGAAAGAUCCGAUAGAUCCUCCAUGGCCUCCUGGUAAACCCACAGUGAAAGACGUGGCAAAGACUUCUUGCUUCCUGAUGUGGACCAAGCCAGAGCAUGACGGAGGAGCAAAGAUUGAUGGCUAUGUCAUUGAGAUGCUCAAAAGCGGCACAACAGAUUGGAUUCGUGUGGCAGAGAAUGUCAGCACGACCGAGCACUUCUUGAAGGACCUGAUGGAGAAGCAGGAGUACUCGUUCAGGGUGCGUGCGGUCAAUGUGGCUGGGGAGAGUGAACCCAGCGAGCCCAGCGAUCCCAUUCUCUGCAAGGAAAGACUCAACCCACCUUCAGCACCUCGCUGGCUUGAGGUCAUUAGCAUUAGCAGGAACAGCGCUGACUUGAAAUGGACAAUUCCCGAGCGUAAUGGCGGCUCGCCCAUCACCAACUAUGUGGUGGAGAAACGGGACGUCCGGCGUAAAGGCUGGCAGACUGUGGACACCACUGUCAAGGAGCUGAAGUCCACCGUGACCCCGCUAAGUGAAGGCUCUCUAUACGUGUUCCGUGUCGCAGCUGAGAACGCUGUCGGUGUCGGCCCAUUCUGCGAGUUGGAGGAUUCUGUGCUGGCUAAGGACACUUUCACGACUCCCGGGCCACCAUAUGCCCUCGCCGUUAAUGCUGUGACCAAAAGAUACGUGGACCUGCAGUGGGAGGCACCUAAAAACGAUGGUGGCCGACCAAUCCUCAGGUAUUCUCUCGAGAAGAAGGAAAAGCUUGGAACUCGCUGGGUAAAGUGUGGAAAGACUUCUGGGCCCGACUGCAAGUACAGAGUGACGGACAUCAUAGAGGGAACCGAAGUUCAGUUCCAGGUCCGCGCCGAAAACGAGGCCGGAGUCGGACAUCCAAGUGAACCCACAGAGAUCCUAACUAUUGACGACCCAACAGGAGUCCCGUCUCCUCCCGUUGACCUACAUGUCACUGCGGCCAGCAGGACCUUCCUGGCCAUUGGCUGGAAGCCUCCACAGAGGGACGGUGGCUCCCCCAUCACUGGCUACCACAUUGAGAUGUGUGAAGCCGGAACAGAGAAAUGGAUGAGAGUUAACUCUCGUCCUGUUAAGGAGCUUAAGUACACAGUGGAAGAAGGAAUUGUUCCCGAGAAGGAAUAUAUCUUGCGAGUGAGAGCAAUAAAUGCUGUGGGAGUGAGCGAUCCCUCCGAUAUUUCAGAGAACGUUUUUGCCAAAGAUUCCGACUGCAACCCAACAAUAGACUUUCAGACUCUUGACCUGGUUGUGGUUGAGACAGAGAAGCUGCACAUCCCAGUUCCUUUCAAAGCUGUCCCCUCGCCCAAAAUCACUUGGCACAAAGAUGGUAAAGAGCUUAAGGUCGACCAUCGUCUUGGCUUAAGGAAAGAGUAUACUUCCUGUCACCUUGAAAUCGAUAGCAGUCUUCAUGCGGACGCAGGCCAAUACAAAGUGACUCUAGAGAAUAAACUAGGAGCUGCCAGCGGCACCAUCAACGUCAAAGUCAUCGGUCUUCCGGGCCCAUGUAAGGAAAUUGUGGCCUCUGAGAUCACCAAAAACUCCUGCAAGGUCUCCUGGGAUCCUCCUGACUAUGACGGUGGGACCUCCAUUCUUCACUACGUCCUGCAGCGGCGUGAGGCUGGCAGAAGGACAUAUGUCAACAUGAUGUCCGGAGAGAACAAGGUGAGCUGGACUGUCAAAGACCUCAUCCCCAAUGGAGAGUACUAUUUCAGGGUCCAGGCCAUAAACAAGAUUGGAGGAGGAGAGUUUAUUGAGCUACGCAACCCCGUCAUUGCUGAAGAUCAGAAACAUCCCCCUGACCCGCCGGUGGAUGUGGAGACCCACAAUCCCACAUCAAGCACCAUAACGCUGACCUGGAAGCCUCCCAUGUACGAUGGAGGUUCUAAGAUUAUGGGUUAUAUCCUGGAGCGACAGAAGAAGGGUGAGGACAAAUGGGAGAGGUGCAAUGACUUCCUGGUUCCGGUACUUUCCUACACCGUCCGAGGGCUGACAGAGGGCAAGAACUACGCCUUCAGAGUCAAAGCUGAAAAUGCAGCCGGCGUCAGCGAGCCAUCACGCAGCACCCUGUUUGUCAAGGCCUCGGAGGCUUUUGAUGCUCCCAAAGUGUUCCUCAGCGGCAGUCUGCAAUCUGGCCUCUGCGUGAAGCGAGGCUGUGAAAUCAUCUUGGACGCCAACAUUUCCGGCUCACCGUACCCUGAGAUCACCUGGUACUGGAACAACCAGGUUAUCCGACCCGAGCCACCGCGCAAGAGGACAGUGAAACCACUGAGGAAGAAGAAGGAGGAUGUUGUUGAACCCGAGAUGGAAGAGUCAGACUCCUCAACUCUUUGCGAGCGUCUAUCCAUCAACAACAGCAGGAGAGGCGUGUCCUCUGUGGUUGUCAGUGACUCAAUCCGUCCUGACCACGGCGUCUACAUGGUGAAGGUGGAGAACGACCACGGCAUCGCUUCAGCCACCUGCGAUGUCAACAUCCUUGACACCCCUGGACCUCCACUCAACUUCCAGUUUGAAGAGGUGAGGAAUAACUCAGUGAUCUGCAAGUGGGAUCCCCCUCUGGAUAACGGCGGCAGUGAGAUCCUCAACUACGUGCUGGAGAAGAAGGACAACUCCAAGUUGGAGCUUGGAUACAGUUGCGUCACUUCAACGCUGAGAGGAUGUCGCUAUCUUGUGCCCAAACUUAUUGAGAAGAAAGAGUACAUCUUCAGAGUUGUAGCCGAGAACAAGUAUGGAGCUGGUCCACCCUGUAUUUCCAAACCUCUUGUUGCCAAGAAUCCCUUCGAACCACCAGAGGCUCCUGAAAAGCCACAGGUAGAUGAUAUUACAGCCAACAGUAUGCUGGUCACCUGGAACGAGCCAAAUGACAACGGCAGCCCCAUUCUGGGAUACUGGGUGGAGCGACGUGAGAUCAACAGCUCUCGCUGGACUCGCGUCAAUAGAAACAUUGUGCCUGCCACCAAGCUGAAUGUGGAAGGACUCAUCGAAGGCCUGACUUAUAUCUUCAGAGUGGCAGCCGAAAACCAGGCGGGGCCUGGAAAGUUCAGUGUUCCUUCAGAUCCUAAGACUGCCCAUGCCCGAAUUUUACCUCCCGGGCCACCAGUUCCCCGAGUGGUUGCAACGACGGACCACUCUAUCGAUGUUGAAUGGGAUGUGCCUGCCGACGAUGGAGGAGGAGAGAUCCUGGGAUAUCACGUGGAUAAGGCUAUGGCUGGUAGCAAAGACUGGUCCAGGGCUACAGAACGUCCAUGGAAGACUCGUGCAUUUACCGUGUAUGGAGUCCGUGAGGGAGCCAAGUACCUCGUCAGAGUCAUUGCCUGCAAUGCUGCUGGGGAGGGAACACCAGGUUUCACAGAGUCAGUGUUUGUGAGGAAUCCUGCAGAGAUGCCUGUGAUCGAGCUAGACAUUAAAGUCAAGAACGGUGUGGUCAUUAAAGCUGGUGAGACUCUUCGAGUUCCGGCCACAGUCACCGGUAAACCCUACCCGACCAUCACUUGGACAGUGGAUGAUGCCAAACCAAACAAAGAUCGUGUGGAGAUCCUCACAGAAGGCAAUGACAGCAUUGUUUUAAUUAAAAACGCUCAGAGGAAAGACUGCGGAAAAUACCAGAUAACUGCAUGUAACCCCAGCGGCAUCAAGUCUGCCUCCACUCGGGUAGAUGUCAUGGAUGUUCCUGGACCUGUCACAGAACUAAAGCCAGUGGUUGUCACCCGUAAAAUGAUAUUCCUGAACUGGGAUGAUCCCGUGGAUGAUGGUGGAAGUGACCUGACUGGCUUCCUUGUGGAGCGCAAAGAUGCCAAAAUGCACACAUGGAGGCAACCUGUUGAAACUGCUUCUUCCAAGUGUGAAUGUGUCGGCAUCAUGGAGGGACAGGAUUACAUGUUCCGUGUCAUUGCCAGGAAUAAGUAUGGCCUGGGCCCACCUGUUGAGCUGGGACCCCUCAAGGCUGUGGAUCCACUAGGACCACCAUCAUAUCCUGAGAAGUUCCACUACACAGAUCGCACAAAGAACUCAAUCACCCUGGCCUGGAAGCCACCUCGCAAUGACGGAGGCAGUCCUGUUAUUGGGUAUUUUGUGGAGAAGAAGCGACAAGAUCAGACAGCCUUCGAGCCCUGUAACACAGAGAUCUGCCCUAACAUGACCAUGACUGUGGAGGGCUUAGAUGAGGAUUGGAUGUACGAGUUCAGGAUUAAGUGCGCUAACCUUAUUGGAGAAAGCGAGCCUUCUAUUCCACUGACCGUGGUCAUUCAAGAUGAUGAAGUGGCUCCUGAGAUCCACAUGCUGAAGAUAUUCAAAGGCGACCGCAUCACUGUGAAAAAGGGCGAACCCAUCGAGAUCCCAGCUGACAUCAUUGGCCUUCCCAUUCCUAAAGUAGAGUGGUCCAAAGAUGAUGUGGUUAUUGCGAAGCCAACAGAAAGCCUGCUGAUGGACACAGAGGUGACCGGCAGGAUGAACUGCAAGUCAACUUUGUCCAUCCCUGCAGCCAACCGGAAGGAUCAUGGCAGCUACACCAUAUGUGCCUCCAACAACAUGGGCUCAGCCAAGCACACAACCUCUGUCAUGGUGCUAGACCGGCCCCUUCCUCCCAGGAAUGUGACUGUGUCGGACAUCAAGGCAGAGUCCUGCUACCUCCAGUGGGAUGCGCCCUUGGAUGAUGGUGGCAGCGAGCUGACUAACUAUAUCGUUGAGAAGAGGGAUAUGUCACCAGAGGAAGGAAAGGAAGAAGAACCAAAAUGGGUGGAGGUUACCAACACCAUUGUUGACAGAAAAUAUCGGGUGUGGAACCUGGAAACCAACAAAGCCUACCUGUUCCGCGUAAGAGCCGAGAACCGCUAUGGCAAGUCUGACCCCUGCACAACGGAGGAAGUUCAGAUCACAGACCCCUUCGGCCUCCCAGGCCCACCAGAGAAACCGGCCAUCACUGAGUAUUCAAGGACCUCUAUGACCCUAACCUGGGAGCCACCACUAGAUAACGGCGGCUCCAUGAUCAUCGGCUACUGGUUGGAAAAGAGGGACAGAGGCUCUGCCUACUGGGCCAAAGUUAAUAAGAUGCCAGUUACCAAAAGGGGAAUGAAAGGCUGGGAGUACCAGGUGACUCGCCUGAUUGAAGGAAAUGAGUAUGAGUUCAGAGUCGCUGCCUUCAACUCAGCAGGAACUGGACCAUUCAGUGGACCAUCUGAUCCAGCUUUUGCUGUUGACCCUCUAACACCUCCCAGCAUGCCUGCGGCUCCUUUGGUGGUCGACAAGACAACACACAACGUUAUGUUGUCUUGGAAGCCACCGGAGAAGGACGGUGGAAGCCCCAUUAAGGGCUAUAUCAUCCAGAUCCAGGAUGAGGGCAAAUCAGAUUGGGUGAGGGUGAACGAUCCCGACCACCUGCAUCCCACCACUGAGUUCACCGUGCCCAGUCUCCGUGAGCUGAAACGCUACCGCUUCAGAAUCAUCGCAGUCAACGCCAUUGGCGAAUCAGACCCCAGCCCCAGCACCAGCGAGGUCUUGAUUGAAGAUGUCCAGCUCCCACCUUCCAUAAGCAUUGACCUUGUGGUGGAUGACCUGCUGUAUAUCCGUGCUGGAGAUCCAAUCAGGAUCCCUGCCAUCAUCAAGGGACGUCCUACACCGAAGGUGACAUGGGACUUUGAUGGCAAAGCCAAAACUCACAAGAAGAAAAAACUGCACACACUUCCAGUGGACUCUGAGGUUGAGUCUACAGACACCACAUCCACUGUGACCAUCCCUGUCAGUCUUAGAAGCCACUCUGGACGCUACACCAUUACCGCAAAGAACAAGUCUGGACAGAAACAUGUCAACGUCCGAGUCAACGUCCUCGAUGUUCCCGGACCUCCAAAAGAGCUGAGGGUGACGGACAUCACUCGUUCAACCAUGAGGUUGAUCUGGAAACUGCCUGACAAUGACGGAGGAGAAAGGAUCAAGAGCUAUUUCAUUGAGAAAAAAUGUGUCACUGACAAAGCCUGGACUAAGGUAAAUGCCGCCUGCGCCAGUCAAGCCUUCGUGGUGCCUGGCCUGCUGGAAGGACAGAACUACCUGUUCAGAGUGCGAGCCGAGAACCGGCUGGGAUUCGGUCCAUUUGCCAUCACCACGGACCCUGCUCAGGCCAGGGACCCAAUCUAUCCACCAGACCCCCCUAUACACGUGAAGGUCAAUCUGGUGACAAAGAACACAGUCACUCUGAGCUGGGAACCUCCCAAAAAUGAUGGGGGCUCUCCUGUGAAGCAUUACAUCAUUGAGCGUUUGAGCUGGGACACCAGCGGCAAAGAGAAGGAGACGUGGAAGCAGUGCAACAAGAGAGAUGUUGAGGAGCUUACGUUUGUAGUGGAGGACUUGAAAGAGGGAGGAGAGUACGAGUUCAGAGUGAAAGCUGUGAAUGCUGCCGGACCAAGUAGACCCUCUGCCACCGCCGGACCAUUGUUCAUUAGGGAUCAGACAUGCGCUCCCACCAUCGAGCUGCGCGAGGUCAUGGAGAGCGAGGAAGGUUGUGAUAUCAGCAUUGUUGCCAAGGUGAGCGGUUGUCCGUUCCCCGCGCUCACCUGGCACAAAGCCGGUCAGUCCAAACCAGAGGAGAAGGCCGCCAUCCAUUAUGACCAGCACAUCAACAAACUGGUCAGCCAGGAAAAGUGCACCCUGCUGAUCCAGCAGGCCAUCAGGGAGGACACCGCCCUUUACAGCCUGACAGCCAGCAACAGCCUGGGCACGGUCACAAAGGACCUGAAGCUUUUUGUGUUUGGACCUCCGGGCCCCCCCGAAGGACCAAUCAAGUUCACUGAGGUGUUCGCAGAGAGGAUUGGGCUGUCCUGGAACCCGCCCAAAGAUGACGGUGGCUCCAAAAUCACCAAUUAUGUUGUUGAGAAGCGCGAGGAGAACCGGAAAUCUUGGGUUCACAUCUCAAACGACCCAAAGGAGUGUGCGUACCUGGUCACCCGCCUGACUGAGAACCACGAGUACGAGUUUAGAGUAAUGGCACAGAACAAGUUUGGUGUCGGGCCGCCGUUGGUGAGCGAGCCAGAGAAGGCCAGAAACCUCUUCACGGUUCCUGGUCAGUGUGAGAAGCCCACAGUGACCAACGUCUGCUUGGAGUCUAUGACAGUGAACUGGGAGGAGCCUGAGUACGAUGGCGGCUCCCCUAUCACAGGCUACUUCAUUGAAAAGAAGGAGACCACCAGUAAGCGUUGGGUCCGCGUCAGCCGCGAGCUGAUACGGGCGCUGCCACUUGGCAACAACUGGGAUGUCACAGGCCUGCUUGAGGGUGCCAUGUACCAGUUCAGAGUCACGGCUGUCAAUGCUGCAGGCUCCGGCCCACCCAGUGUGCCCUCCGAUCCCAUGCUCUGCAGAGACGCCAUUAAGCCUCCCGGGCCUCCGACUCCUAAGGUGAUAGACUGGACCAGGUCGUCGGUCGAAUUAGAAUGGAUCCCUCCAACAGUGGAUGGAGGUUCAAAAGUCACAGGCUACAUUGUGGAAUUCAAGGAGGUGAACAAGGAGGAGGAGGAAAAGAAAGCCAAAGAUACAGAGAUUAGAGGGACCAAGUUUGUGGUGGCUGGCCUCAAAGAAGGAGGUCUAUACCGCUUCAGAGUUCGAGCCGUAAAUGCGGCCGGUGUUGGCGAUCCAGGACUUGUGUCCGAGCUGAUCGAAGUGAAAGAUAGGACAAUUGCACCUGAGAUGGACCUGGAUGCCUCUGUGAAAGAGAAGAUUGUUGUCCACGCUGGCGGAACAAUCCGAAUCAUUGCCUAUGUGUCCGGCAAACCAGCUCCAGUGAUCAGCUGGUGCCGAGAUGACGCUGAGGUGCCCAAAGAAGCCAAGGUGGAGACAACAGGUAUCUCCAACUCUCUGGUCAUUAAGAACUGCAGGCGCCAGCAUCAGGGCAUCUACACGCUUUGCGCAAAGAACGAGGGCGGUGAAAGGAGGAAAGCCGUGAUUGUGGAGGUCUUGGAUGUCCCUGGACCAGUCGGUCUCCCCUUUGCUGGUGAGAACCUGACCAAUGACUCCUGCAAGCUGACUUGGUACACUCCUGAAGAUGAUGGCGGCUCCGCCAUCACCAACUACAUCAUCGAGAAGAGGGAGUCAGACCGCAUGGGUUGGACCUCUGUGUCCUACACGGUGACCAGGAACAACGCCGUGGUGCAGGGACUGCUCGACGGUAAAGGCUAUUUCUUCAGGAUUGCUGCUGAGAACAUCAUCGGAAUGGGACCUUUCAUCGAGACGGAUAGAGUGGUGCUUAUCAAAGAUCCCAUCUCCGUACCAGAGCGUCCAGAAGACCUGAUAGUCACCGCCGUCACUAAGGACUCAAUCUCUGUUGCCUGGAGGCCACCAAAGUACGAUGGUGGUGCGGAGGUUACAGAGUAUGUCCUUGAAUCGCGCAUGAUUGGCAGAGACAACUUCACUCGUGUUGGCGGUAAAGACAAGCUAAUGGACAAAAAGUUCACACUGACUGGACUGAAGGAAGGCUCAAGUCACGAGUUCAGAGUGUCUGCUGUCAACCAAGUGGGAAAAGGCAAACCUUCCUUUGCCACCAAACCCGUCCAGUGCAAAGACGAGCUUGAACCACCAUCUUUGGACCUGGACUUCAGAGACAAGAUGCUGGUGAAGGUGGGAGACAGUUGUACACUGUCGGGACGCUACAGCGGCAAACCGGUGCCAACUAUCACAUGGACAAAGAAUGACGAGGAGCUGAAGGCUGACGAGGACAUCAGCAUCCACAGCACCAGCCGUCACCUCAGUCUCAACAUCAUCAAGGCCAGACGGGACCACAGCGGACGCUACUGCGUCAGCGUGGAAAAUGCAGCUGGAACUCGCACCGGAAUCUGUGCUAUCACUGUGGUCGACGCUCCUCAACCUCCUGAGGGCCCCGUGGUGUUUGACGAGGUCUACAGGGACCACAUGGUCAUUUCCUGGAAGCCACCUCUGGACGACGGAGGCUGUGCCAUCUCCAACUACAUCAUUGAGAAGAGAGACACAAACAGAGAUCUGUGGAUGCCCGUGACUUCAUCUUGCACCAGGACAACCUGCAAGGUGCCAAAAAUGAUUGAGGGUCGCGAAUACAUCAUUAGGAUAAUGGCUCAGAACAUCUACGGCAUUAGCAAACCACUGCUGUCUGCAGAGACAAGGGCCAAAGACAUUUUCAAGGUGCCUGAUGCGCCCAGACAGCCCACGGUGAAGGAGGUGUACCAUGACUGUGCCCUCAUUAGUUGGGAGCCUCCUGCUGAUGGAGGAAAGCCAAUCACAGGAUACAUUGUGGAGAGGAAAGAGACAAUGGCCAACAGAUGGGUUCGUUGCAACACAGAGAGGAUCCAUCCCAAGGUGGAAUACCUGGUGACGGACCUACUUAAGGGCUGUGAGUACGAGUUCAGAGUCAGCGCUGAGAACAUCAUAGGCGUCGGAGACCCAAGCCCACCCUCUAAGCCCGUCUUUGCUAAAGACCCCAUCGUCAAGCCCAGCCCUCCACUAAACCCGAAGGCCGUGGACCACACCAAGGAGUCAGUGAGUCUUUCUUGGCAGCCACCCGCUGACACUGGCAGAGGGAAGAUCUUAGGCUACCUCCUUGAGUCUCAGAAGGCUGGAGAUGAGGAGUGGCACAAGGUGAACCAGACUCCAGAUUCUUGCCAACAGACUAAGUUUAAGGUGAUCAACCUGGAAGAGGGAUCUCUGUACCGCUUCAGAGUUAUGGCUGUCAACGCUGCUGGGGAGUCUGACCCUGCUAAUAUAAAAGAACCAGUCAGGGUGAAGGACAGACUCGAGCCUCCAGAGUUGAUUCUGGAUGCUGGAAUGACUCGGGAAGUCAAGGCUGUGGCUGGCACACACAUCUCUCUGAUGGCUACCAUCAAAGGCAUCCCCUUCCCCACUGUCCUGUGGAAGAAGAACGAUGCUGAGGUGCCGACAAGGGCGGACAUUGAGACCAAUCAAGACGGCACCAAGCUGGAAAUGAGGUUCUGUAACCGUGGUGACUGUGGAGACUACACACUCACUGUCGAAAACCCUGCUGGGUCUAAGACCGUCACCUGCACAGUGCUGGUGUUUGAUAAACCCGGUCCUAUUCAGCACCUUCGAGUGUCGGAUGUUAGGAGCGACUCAGCCCACCUGUCCUGGAAAGACCCGGAGGACAACGGAGGAACUCGCAUCACUAACUUUGUGGUGGAGAAGAAAGACUCACUCUCCAGUCAGUGGGUUCCUGUCUGCUCCACAUCCAAGAAGCGCAGCAUGAUGCUAAAGCACCUGAUGGAGGGAAUGUCCUACACAUUCCGAGUUGCCGCUGAGAAUCAAUACGGCCGUAGCGAAUACGUGGAGACGCCAAAGGCCAUCAAAGCGAUGAAUCCACUCUUCCCACCUGGUCCUCCCAAAGACCUGCAUCAUGCUGACGUGGAUAAGACAGAGGUGUGGCUGGUGUGGAAUUGGCCUGACCGAAACGGCGGAAGUGAGAUCACUGGCUUCCUGGUGGAGUAUCAAGUGGAAGGAGAGAAGGAAUGGUGCGAGUGGAAGACUGUCAGCAUCCCAGAGAGUCAUGUUACAGGCUUAGAGGAAGGAAAGACCUAUCGCUUCCGAGUAAGAGCAGAGAAUGCCAUAGGUCUCAGCAGACCUGACACCACUCUUCCUAUCCUUUGCCAAGAGAAGCUAGUGCCUCCAAUCGUUGAGGUUGAUGUCAAGCUGGCGGAGGGCAUUAUUGUUAAAGCCGGAACCACCAUCCGGCUGCCUGCUAUCAUGAGAGGAAUUCCAGUACCUACUGCCAAAUGGUCGAUUGAAGGAGAAGAGCUCACCAGUGGAGGCAAUACUAAGAUCGACACAGAUAACUUUUCCACCGUUCUCAGCAUCAACGAGUGCACUAGAAAUCACACGGGCACCUACCUGCUAACCGUUUCAAACCUUGCUGGGACUAAAACAGCGGCUCUUAAUGUCACUGUCCUGGAUGUUCCAGCUGCACCCAUUGGACCCGUCAACAUCCUGGAGGUCAAUCCAGAUUCCAUGAUGAUCGAGUGGCGUCCCCCUAAGGAUGAUGGCGGCAGCCCUGUCACCAACUACAUUGUAGAGAAGAGAGAUUCCAAUAAGGAAACCUGGGGAGGAGUUAGUUCAAGCAGCCUUGACACAAAGCUCAAUAUCACCCGCCUGCAGAAGGGUGUUGAGUAUGUUGUACGCAUUCGCGCUGAGAAUAAGAUGGGCAUCGGUGCUCCUCUUGAGAGCAAGCCCACUGUUGCAGAGCAUUCCUUCAUGCCGCCUAGUCCUCCUGGUAAGCCACAGCCACAUGAUGUGUCUGAGGACAGCGUUACACUUGGGUGGACCAUGCCCUUGUCUGAUGGUGGUAGUCAAAUCACUGGUUACAUCAUUGAGCGUAGACACAUAGGAGGAAAGUGGAUUCGUGUGAACAAGAUUCCUUGCAGAGACCUCAGAUACAAAGUUUUGGGCUUGUUUGUGGGAAAUGAGUAUGAGUUCAGAGUAUUUGCUGAGAAUAGCGCCGGCUACAGUGGCCCCUCUCCCAUCUCUGAUCCUUGCAAGCCCUGCAGGCAGAUCACUGUCCCAAGCCCUCCAGUCAAUCCUAAAGUUAAAGAUUACAGCAAGUCUACAGCAGACUUAGUAUGGACUAAACCCACCAAAGAUGGAGGCAGCCCAAUUUUGGGGUACACUGUGGAAAUGCAGAAGGCUGAUACUAAAGACUGGAAAAAAGUAAAUCUGGAUGACUUCAUCAAGCAUUGUGCAUACACAGUGAAGGAGCUGGAGGCGGGUCUCACUUACAGAUUCAGAGUUUAUGCCUCAAAUAUGAUUGGAGAUGGCGAGCCCAGAGAGAUUCCAGAGUCAGUCACUGCUAAAGACAUCCUUAUCCCUCCAGAGAUUGAAAUGGAUGCCACAUGUCGUGAGCGUGUCACUGUGCGUGCUGGACACAACAUUAACAUUAUUGGCUACAUUAAAGCCCGUCCUGACCCUGAAGUGCUAUGGUCAAAGGAUGAGACUGUUCUGGAGAACAGCAAGCGUACAACUAUCAUGCAGAACCUACCUGUGGUCAAACUAAGGAUUAAGGAGGCCACAAGAGCUGACCACGGCAAAUAUACUCUGAAAGCUUCAAAUGUGGGCGGAGAAGCCUCCUGUGACAUUACCGUCAAUGUGCUAGACAGGCCAAGCCACUGCCAAAAUCUCAACAUGACCUAUGUCACCAAGGACUCAUGCAUGAUCAACUGGGAUGCACCUAAAGACAACGGUGGAUCUGAGAUCACAAACUACAUUGUGGAGUGCCGAGAGCCGAGCAUCAGCAUGUGGUCAAUGAUAUCCUCACACUGCACCAAUCGCAAGAUCAAGACCAAGCUGAUGGAGGGCCACCAGUACCUUUUCCGUGUCUGUGCAGAAAACAAGAUGGGACCUGGACCCACUGUGGAGACCAAGGUCCCUCUGCUAGCCAUCGACCCCAUUGAGAAGCCAGGCGAGCCUGAGAACUUCAGGGCGACCGACAUUGGCAAGAACCAUGUUUAUCUACGAUGGAGAAGGCCUGAUUAUGAUGGUGGUAGCCCCAACCUCUCAUAUAACCUUGAAUACAAACCCAAAGAUGCGGAGGAAUGGGAAAAACUCAACACUAGCAUCCUAACUGACACAUUCUUUUUAGCGGACAAAUGUGUUGAAAACCAGACUUACUCUUUCAGGGUGCAGAGCAUCAAUGAAGGAGGGGAGAGUGGUUGGGUUAAACUUGCAGAUAUUUUGGUGCGAGAAGAGAUUCAGAAGCCAGUCCUUGACCUGAGACUGGCCGGCACACUGACGGUGAAGGCCGGAGAGUCUGUCAGGAUAGAGGCCGGCCUGAGAGGAAAACCUCAGCCGGAAGUCAAGUGGACAAAGGACAAAGCGGUUGGAGACAACCCCAGAAUCACCUACGAGACUGGUCCUGAUUACACCAAGUUCCUUUUGACCAAGUCAAAACGCACUGAUACUGGAAAAUACAUCGUCACUGCCACCAACUCUGCCGGAACAUUCAAUGCAUAUGCUCAUGUUAAUGUCCUGGACGUUCCUGGCCCUGUUAGGAACCUCAAAGUCACUGGUAUUGGAGCCGACAAGUGCAGAGUGGUUUGGGAUGCGCCAGAGGAUGAUGGAGGCUGUGAGGUUGACAGUUACAUCCUGGAAAAAUGUGAAACCAGGAGGAUGGUUUGGUCAACCUAUUCUGCAUCCGUAGUCACGCCAUACUGCAACGUCAUACGUCUUGUUGAGGGCAAUGAGUACAUCUUCAGAGUAAGGGCUGAGAACAAGAUGGGAACUGGCCCUUCAAUGGAGAGCAAACCUGUCACUGUCAAGACUCAGUUUAACAGACCUGGACCACCUGAUGCCCCAGAGGUUACAAAGGUGAGCAAAGAGGAGAUGACAGUGGUCUGGGCUCCACCUGAGAAUGAUGGAGGAAAGUCCAUCACCGGUUAUAUCCUGGAAAGAAAGGAAAAGAGGGCUGUGCGUUGGGUGCCAUGCACUAAGAGUCCCAUCUCUGAGAGACGCAUGAAAGUCACCAACUUGAUCCCCAACCAUGACUAUCAGUUCAGGGUCAAGGCUGAAAAUGAAGUUGGUCUAGGGGAUCCUAGUAAACCCUCCAGACCCGUCACAGCCAAAGAUCCAAUUGAACCUCCUGGCCCACCUGCAGGCCUAAAAGUGGCUGACAGCACAAAGACUUCUAUCACGCUUUCGUGGUCUAAACCUGUAUAUGAUGGGGGUGCCCCGAUCAUUGGCUACAGCCUGGACAUGAGACUGAAAAGUGAGGUGGACCCUGAAAAGCCCACAGAAGGCUGGAAGAGGAUUGACACACAUGGGCCACUCGUCCUCAAAGAGUUCACCAUUGGGCAGCUUGAUGAGAAACAGGAGUACGAGUUCAAAGUCUCUGCCAAAAAUCAGGUGGGCUGGGGACGUCAUGCCUACUUAAAGGAGGCCAUCUCCCCCAAAGAGAUCCUGGAGGCUCCCGAGAUUGACCUGGACGCAAGUUUGAGGAAAGGUCUUGCCGUAAGGGCUGGCUGUCCAAUAAGACUUUUUGCUGUUAUCAGAGGACGCCCCGCACCCAAGGUGACCUGGAAGCGUGUGGGCGUGGACAAUGUGGCUCGCAGAGGUCAUGUAGACCAAGUGGAUACCAUGUCUUUCCUGGUCAUCCCUGAAAGCACCAGAGAAGAUUCUGGAAAAUACUCACUGACUCUGUCCAACUCUGCUGGAGAGAAAGCUGUCUUUGUUCAUGUGAAAGUGCUCGAUACACCUGGUCCCGUUGGUGGUUUUGAUGCAACUGAUGUCACGAAAACAACAGCUCAGCUGUCCUGGUUGCCACCAGAGAAUGAUGGCGGAAGCCCCAUCCUCAACUAUAUUGUGGAAAAACGGGAAGUGGACAGGAAGACCUGGACCAAGUGCGUUGACAACCUAAAGAAGACCAGCUUCAAAGUGACCAACAUGUCACCUGGCAUUGAGUACUACUUCCGUGUGAUGGCGUGCAACACGUAUGGAAUUGGAGUUCCUCAGGAUUCUCCCAGGUCUUACUUGGCUGUGGACCCUAUCAGUGAGCCAGAUCCACCAAAGAAGAUGGAUGUUUUGGAUAUUACUAAGAACAGUGCCACACUUGGCUGGCUAAAGCCCCUCAGAGACGGAGGAGCCAAGAUUAACGGUUAUGUUGUGGACUACCAGGAGGAGGGUGCACCAGAGGGCAAGUGGACUCCGUAUUCAGUGGUCAAGGACUUAACUAUUGUGGUCGUUGGCCUAAAAGAAGGGAAGAAGUACAAGUUUAGGGUUGCUGCCCGGAACUCAGUUGGAGUCAGUCUUCCUCGGGAGGCUGAGGGUGUGUUUGAGGUCAAGGAGCAGCUCAUGGCUCCAAAGAUCAUAAUGCCUGACACUGUGACAGUCAGAGCAGGAUCUAAAAUGGUCAUUGAGGCCAUUGUGGCGGGUAAACCCGCUCCCUUUUGCAAGUGGAAGCAGGGCAGCGAAGACGUCUUGACUUCUGAUCGCCUUUCUGUCAUCAAGACACUUACAAAUUGCACACUUAUCAUUAAGAAUGUGACUAGGGCGGACAGUGGUUACUACAGCCUUUCAGCUGAAAACAGCACAGCCAAGAUCAACCAGAUCCUCAAAGUCAUUGUUAUGGACAUUCCAGGGCCUCCCGGAGCUCCUCUUGAAAUCACUGAGCAAGACAUUGAUGCCUGCACGUUGCUUUGGAACACUCCUCAAGAAGAUGGUGGAAGCCAUAUUACCAACUACAUUGUGGAAAGGUGUGACGUUAGCCAGGGUGACUGGGUCACCAUGUCCUCUUCCUGCACCAAAACCAGCUUCAAGGUAACCAAACUGACACCCGGCACAGAGUACAGCUUCCGGGUCCGUGCGGAAAACAGGUUUGGCAUCUCUGUGCCAAUCUACUCCGAGAGGAUGAUUGCCAGAUAUCCAUUUGAUCCUCCGAGUGAACCCAUACACCUGCAGGUAAACAAGAUCAAUAAGGACUCUGUCAUCCUUUCAUGGGAGCGUCCGAACAGCGAUGGAGGAAGCCCGAUUAUUGGGUACUACAUCGAAAAGAAGGAGAGGAACAGUCUACUCUGGGUCAGGGCUAAUGAGUCUGUGGUGAAAGCCACUCAGUACACCUGCGCCAGUCUAAUCGAAGGCCUGGAGUACACCUUCCGGGUGUCUGCCCUUAACAUAGCUGGACAGGGCAAACACAGCAAGCAGACUGACUUCAUCACCACCAGGACUGCUGUCGACCCUCCAGGUAAACCUGAGCCCAUGGAUGUGACUAAGAGCUCAGUCUCACUGGUGUGGACCCGGCCCGAGCAUGAUGGUGGCAGCAAACUGAUUGGCUACUUUGUGGAGUAUUGUAAGCUUCCAGAAGACAAGUGGACACGCUGCAACAGUAACUGCAUCAGCAUCCAGACAGAAAACUAUGUGGUGACUGGUCUGGAGGAGCAACAACAGUACCAAUUUAGAGUCAUCGCCAAAACUGCUGUUAACAUCAGCCUACCCUCAGAGCUGUCUGAUCCCAUCCCUGUCAUUGCAGAGAAUGUUCCUCCUCGUGUGGAACUGGGGGUCAACAUGAAGAACCUGAUUGUGGUUAAAGCCGGCGCGAACGCCUUCCUGGAUGCUGAGGUCUUUGGGAAGCCGUUGCCAAAGGUGAGCUGGAAGAUAGACGGAGUGCCUCUUGUACUGGCAGAGGGAAUGAAGAUGACCCAGAAGAAACACGUCCACUUCCUGGAGCUCUAUUCCGUGACCAGGAAGGAAUCUGGCGACUACUCUAUUGUUGCUGAGAACAUCAAUGGUAGCAAGUAUGCUACCAUUAAAGUUAAAGUGCUUGACAAACCAGGUCCUCCUGCUUCAGUGAAAACCAGCAAAGUGUUUGCAGACCGUGUCAAGUUGCGGUGGGAACCCCCACUGGCAGACGGCGGGUCCGAAAUCACAAACUACAUCAUCGAGAAGCGUGAAACCAGCAGGGCCAAUUGGGCGCAGGUCACCUCCAACAUUAGCGGACACAUCACCGACUGCUCAGUCGAGAAACUUAUUGAGGGACACGAGUACCAGUUCAGAGUCAGUGCUGAAAACCAGUACGGCGUGGGAGACGCUGUCAUGACUGACCCUGUCAUUGUCAAAAAUCCAUAUGAUGUUCCUGGCCCGUGCGAGCCGCCUGUCAUUACCAAUAUCACCAAGGACUCCAUGACUGUGAGCUGGAAGGCGCCAGCUAACGACGGUAGAGCAACCGUCCUCGGCUAUAUGGUAGAGAAGCGUGAGGCAACAGAGUUGACCUGGGCCAAGGUCAACCGUAAGCCCGUGAUUGACAGGACCAUUAAAGCAACUCAGCUAACUGAAGGCUCUGAGUAUGAGUUCAGAGUCAUUGCCAUUAACAAAGCUGGGCUGGGCAAACCAAGCGACGCAUCCAAAGCUGCUCUGGCCGUAGACCCCGUCUAUCCUCCAGGCCCACCUGCCUUCCCUAAGGUGGUAGAUUCUACAAAGAACUCCAUCAGCCUGAGCUGGACUAAGCCAGCCUACGAUGGUGGUUGCGAGAUCAUUGGCUACCUGGUGGAGUGCAAACUGGCAACUGCAGAGAAUUGGACCAAGUGCAAUGUCCCCAAGAAGCUCCAGACCACCAAGUUUUUGGUGACGAGCCUGAUGCAUGACAUAGAGUACCAGUUCAGAAUCACUGCUGUCAACAAGAUUGGUUACAGCGAGCCUAGCGAAGUCCCUGGAAACCACAUGGCCAAGGACAUCCUCAUUGCUCCAGAAGCGGAACUAGAUGCCGACCUGAGGAAAGUGUUGGUUCUCCGUGCUGGCGUCACCCUGAGGCUCUACGUUCCUCUUAGAGGUCGCCCAGCACCAAAAGUGACAUGGAGCAAGGUGGACGCUAACCUGAAGGACCGAGAGGGUCUGCUGAUCAAGACAUCGGAGUGGGAUACCCUGCUCUUGAUUGAAGACAUAAACAGAUAUGAUGCUGGCAAAUAUGUGCUGACGCUGGAAAACAGCAGUGGUUCAAAAAGCUACACCAUUGUGGUCAAGGUUCUAGAUUCUCCUGGGCCACCUAUGAACCUGACAGUGAAGGAGACCUCUAGAAACCAUGCUUGCAUCACCUGGGAUCCACCACUGAUUGAUGGCGGUAGCCCCGUCAAGAGUUACAUUGUUGAGAAGCGUCUGGCAGAGAGGAAGGCAUGGACCUGUGUGUCAGUAGAGUGUCACAAAAUCUCCUAUAGGAUCACCAACCUGGAGGCAGGGCAAGCGUACUGCUUCAGAGUGCUGGCCGAAAACGCUUAUGGUAUCGGUGAAGGCUGCGAGACCACAGGCAGUGUGCGAGCUUCAGAGCAACCUGGUCCAGUGGUGGACUUGAAGGCCAAGAAGACCACCAAUGAUUCUAUCAUUCUGGCCUGGAAAAAGCCUAUCAGUGAUGGCGGAAGUCAUGUCAGUGCAUACAUCGUGGACCAGAGUGAAGGCGUGCAGUGGAAGCAAAUCAUGAAGGGAAAGAAUACUUCACUGACGGUCAGUGAGCUCACUGAGGGCAAUGAGUACUUUUUCAAAGUCAGGGCACUCAAUGAAUCUGGAGAAGGGCCGCCCACUGAACUCAGUGCUGUUGCCAAGGACCAGUUUGUGCUGCCUGACUUCAACCUUAGCAGUAUACCUGACGGCUGCCAAGUGGUGAAGGAAGGCACUACUAUCCGCAUUAACAUCCCCAUUAUCGGUGUGCCAUAUCCCACUGCCACGUGGAAGAAGGGUGAAGUGGUCCUUGGAGACACUGGGCGCAUGUGUGUUGAGGCGUCUCAAGGCAUCACCACCCUCUUGAUCAGAGACUGCCAGAGAGUAGAUGCUGACACUUACACCAUCAACGUCAAGAACAGCACAGGCUCCAAAGAUUGCAAGUUUAAACUCAAAGUUGUUGGCAAACCUGGCAUCUGCACUGGACCCAUAAAGUUUGAUGAGAUCACAGCCGAUGGGAUCACCCUGGAAUGGGAGCCACCCAAAGAUGAUGGGGGUGCAGAGGUGUCCAACUACAUUGUAGAAAAAAGGCGGACAACAGACAACAAGUGGGCCACAGUGGCUUCAGCAAUCCAGAAAACCACCAUGAGAGUGAUUCGUCUACACGAUGGAACAGAAUAUAUAUUCAGGGUGUCUGCUGAGAACAAAUACGGUAUUGGCGAGUAUCUGAGGUCAGAUCCAGUCAUCGCACAGCAUCCUUUCAAUGUCCCACAGGCACCAGCUCCUCCAGAUAUAGUCAGUAUACGCCACGAGUUAGCCAUCUUGACCUGGGCUGAUCCCAAAGACACAGGUGGCUCCCCAAUUACAGGUUAUUAUGUGGAGUUUAAGGAGAGGAACAGUCUCUUGUGGAAGCGAGCCAGUAAAUCUCCUCUAAGAGUAAAGGAGUGCAGAGUCACAGGUCUGAUAGAAGGACUGGAAUAUGAGUUUAGAGUUAUGGCCAUGAAUGUUGCCGGUCUUGGGAAGGCCAGCAAAGCCACUGAGGCGGUGGUUGCUCUUGAUCCAAUUGAUCCCCCUGGUAAGCCUGACGUCAUUAAUGUCACCAGGAACUCAGUCACUCUGAUUUGGACUCCACCCAAAUAUGAUGGCGGUUACAAGCUCAUUGGCUACAUGAUAGAGAAACUUGAAGCUGGUACUAAGGCCUGGAUGAAAGCUAACCAUGUCAACAUUCAAAGAUGUGCCUUCACUGUGACCGACUUGACAGAGGGAGCUCAGUAUCAGUUCCAAAUCAGGGCCAAAAAUGCAGCUGGUGCAGUCAGUGUUCCCUCAGAGAAGACCGACCUGCUAACUUGCAAGGAUGAGUAUGAACCUCCAAGCAUCACCAUUGAACCAGACAUGAAGGACGGUAUAUCAGUCAGAGCGGGAGACACGAUCGUGAUCUCUGCUUCCAAGAUUGCAGGAAAACCUCCACCGACUGCUAUCUGGUCGAAGGGAGGCCGUGAAUUGAAGAACUCUGACAUUGUCAAUAUUACCAGCACCCCAACUUCCUCCUCUCUGGCUAUUAAAUAUGCAAGCCGGAAAAAUACCGGAGAGUACACAAUUACUGCCAGCAACCCGUUCGGCAUCAAAGACGAACAUGUAAAAGUAAAGGUCCUGGAUGUCCCAGGACCUCCAGGCCCGAUUGAGGCCAGUCAUAUUUCUGCUGAAAAGUGUACCUUGAGCUGGCUUCCACCAGAUGAGGAUGGCGGUAGCUCAAUCAAAUCUUAUAUCCUUGAGAAGCGAGAGACCAGCCGCCUACAGUGGACCAAGUUAGCUGAAAAUGUGAUGGACUGCAGAUAUGCAGCGAGCAAACUGAUCAAAGGCAAUGAGUACAUCUUCAGAGUAUGUGCUGUAAACCAGUAUGGCACUGGAGACUCAAGCCAGUCUGGUCCAGUCAAAAUGGUCGACAGUUUCUGCCCACCGGGCCCACCCUCAAUCCCAGAGAUAGAUAACGUCAGCAGGAACGCUGUCACCAUUUCAUGGAAGAGACCAGCACAGGACGGGGGAUGUGACAUCAGAGGCUACUGUGUUGAAAGGAAAGAGAAGAGAGGAUUGAGGUGGGUCAGGGCCUCUAAGAGAACAGUCCCAGACCUGCGCUUCAAGGUGCAAGGCCUUAGCGAGGGGGUCGAGUACGAGUUCAGAGUCACUGCUGAGAACAAGGCUGGAUUUGGAGAUCCCAGUGAGCCUUCACAUCCAGUGAUGACCAAGGACAUAGUGUAUCCACCAGGGCCUCCCUCAAACCCUAGGAUUUCAGACACCACUAAAACAUCUGCAACCUUCAAUUGGGGCAGACCCUACUAUGAUGGUGGUCUGGAAGUGGAGGGAUACAUAGUGGAGUAUAAAAAGGAGGGGCAUGAUGACUGGGAGACUGAGACAGAGUACCAUCUGAAGGCUACCGAAUAUGUUAUUGGUAAACUUCAAAAGGGAGGCAGAUACCAUUUCAGAGUCAGAGCUGUGAACUCAGAGGGAGUUGGUGAGCCUGCAGAGGUUGAAGAAGUCACUGAAUUAGUGGACCAGGAGUCUGUGCCUGACUUUGAGCUGGAUGCUGAACUCCGGAAAACUCUGGUAGUCAGAGCCCGUACGUCAAUUCGUUUGUUUGUUCUCAUCAGAGGCCGCCCUGUUCCUGAAGUCACGUGGAGCAAAGAUGAUAUCAAUUUGAAAACACGUGCACAUAUUGACACAACAGAGUCUUACACUCUUCUUGUCAUUCCCGACUGCACCCGAUAUGAUGCUGGAAAGUACAAUCUCUGUCUGGAAAAUGUUGCCGGGAAGAAGACAGGCUUUGUGAAUGUAAAGGUUCUUGACACACCAGGGCCACCAGUUAAUCUCAAACCCAGAGAGAUCAUCAAGACAAGCAUAACUCUUCAGUGGGAGAUCCCGAUCAUUGAUGGUGGCUCUAAGAUUCGCAACUACAUUAUUGAAAAGAGAAAGGCCACAAAGAAGGCGUACACGGUCCUGAGCACCACAUGGCAGAAGUGCUCUUUUAAAGUACCUGAUCUAGAGGAGGGAGCUUACUAUUACUUCCGUAUCUCUGCUGAGAAUGACCUGGGUAUAGGCGAACCUGCUGAAACUCCUGAACCAAUCAGGGUGUCUCAGGCCCCCUCUGCCCCUGACAACUUGUAUGUCACUGAUGUUACAGCUGACAGCGCCAGUUUAGCAUGGACCAAGCCUCUGCAUGACGGUGGUAGCUUGAUCACAGGAUAUGUCAUUGAGUAUCAGAAGAAGGACACUGACCAGUGGAUCCAUGCUGCUGCCAUCAAAGCUCUGGACUACACUGUAUCAAAUUUGUUCGAGGGAGAAGAAUAUACCUUCCGCAUAAUGGCUGUCAACGCUUCAGGUAGAAGCGACCCCCGUGAGAGUAGACCUACAAUUAUCAAAGAGCAAACAUCAGUUCCAUCCUUUGACCUACGUGGCAUCUACCAGAGGACGGUCAUCGCUAAGGCCGGGGACCGUGUUAAAGUGGAGAUUCCCGUCCUUGGAAAACCAAGACCUGGAGUUUCUUGGAAGAAAGGAGACGCUGUGCUAAAAGAGACACAGCGAAUCAACACUGAAACCACAUCAAUGUCAACCAUCCUCAACAUUGGUGAGAUCAAAAGAACUGAUGGAGGCCAGUAUUCGAUGACAGGAAAGAACAUGCUGGGCACAGUGACCGAAACAAUCACAGUGGUAGUCCAUGAUAUUCCAGGUCCUCCCACAGGUCCCAUCAAGCUGGAUGAGGUCUCAUGUGAUUAUAUCCUUAUGUCAUGGGAAGCCCCAGAAAAUGAUGGAGGUGUUCCUAUCAACAAUUAUAUUGUUGAAAUGCGGGAAACCACAGGUACUUCCUGGGUGGAGUUGGCAGCCACAGUGAUCCGCACCACAUUCAAGGCAACCCGGCUAAUCACCGGAACCGGAUAUCAGUUCCGUGUCAAGGCCCAGAACCGAUAUGGCAUUGGACCGUCAAUUGUGUCUGAUCAAGUGGUGGCUGCAUAUCCAUUUGAUGUGCCAGGGCAGCCAGGAACCCCUUCAGUCACGUCUUUCAAUAAGGAUGUUAUGACUCUGAGCUGGAAUGAACCAUCCUCUGAUGGAGGCAAUGCCAUACUGGGCUACCACAUAGAAAGAAAAGAGAAAAAUAGCAUUCUAUGGCAGAGGAUAAGCAAAGCCCUUGUUGUCGGAAAUAUCUUCAAAUCAACAGGUCUGGUUGAUGGAAUCGCAUAUGAGCACCGUGUUAUUGCUGAAAACAUGGCUGGUCUCAGCAAACCUAGCAAACCCUCAGAGCCUAUGUAUGCUUUGGACCCAGUGGGCCAACCUGGCAGACCUGUUGCACUGAAUAUUACCAGACAUGAGGUGACUGUUUCAUGGACAAAACCAGAGGCAGAUGGAGGAUUUUCGAUCACUGGAUACACCGUGGAAAGAAGAGAGUUGCCAAACGGGCGGUGGCUCAAAGCUAACUUUAACAACAUUCUGGAGACAGUUUACACAGUCAGUGGUCUGACUGAAGAUGUUGUAUAUGAAUUCCGCGUGUUUGCUCGUAAUUCAGCUGGCGGUGUAAGCGCACCCUCUCUGCCAUCAGAAGCAAUUACAUGCAGAGAUGAUAUUGAAGAGCCACGGAUUGAUGUUGACACACUUUACAGUAGUAAUGUUGUUGUCAUGGCAGGAGAGGUGUUUAAAUUAGAGGCAAAUGUGACAGGCCGGCCGCUCCCAUCACUUGUAUGGACCAAGGAAGGGAAGGAGCUUGAAGAUACAGGCAAGUUGGAGAUAAAGACAUCUGAUUUCCACACAACUCUGAUAAACAAAGACUCUUUAAGAAGAGAUGGUGGUGCUUUCACGCUGACUGCCAGCAACCCUGGUGGAUUUGCUAAGUUCACAUUUAAUGUAAAGGUUCUCGACAGACCUGGACCACCGGAUUCCUUAAGUGUUACUGACAUAGCUGCGGAGAAAUGUGUUUUGAACUGGCUGCAUCCAACACAUGAUGGUGGCGCAAAGAUUGAAUAUUUUAUCAUUCAGAAGCGUGAAACCAGUAGGUUGGCCUGGACAAAUGUGGCCACAGACCUUCAAGCAAACAGGUUGAAAGUCACUAAGCUUUUGAAGGGCAAUGAGUACAUCUUCAGAGUGAUGGCAGUUAACAAGUAUGGCAUUGGUGAACCUGUGGAGUCUCAGCCCGUCAUCUGUGCUAAUCCCUAUGUUCCUAGUGAUCCGCCAUCGCAGCCUGAAGUGACCACCAUUACUAAAGAAUCAAUGGUUGUCUGCUGGGAGCGCCCAGAACAUGAUGGAGGCAGCAGAAUCAACACUUACAUUAUUGAGAGAAGGGAUAAGACUGGACUGCGAUGGGUGAAGUGCAACAAGAGGACUGUAACAGACCUUCGAUUCAAGGCCUCUGGCCUCACACCAGGUCAUGAGUAUGAAUUCAGAAUAUUUGCCGAGAACAAUGCUGGACUAAGCCAGCCAAGUCCCUCAAGUCCAUUCUACAAAGCCAUGGACACAAUCUUUCAGCCUGGACCUCCAGGAAACCCCAGAGUUCUUGACACUACAAAGUCCUCUGUGACGCUUGCUUGGAAUAAACCUGUCUAUGAUGGUGGUUCUGAAAUCACUGGCUACAUUGUGGAGACCUGCCUGCCUGAAGAGGAUGAAUGGACAAUUCACACUCCGAAGAAGGGAUGGACAGCCACCUCAUUCACUAUCACUGGCCUGAAAGAAAACCAAGAGUACAAAAUUAACAUCUGUGCCACCAACUGUGAAGGUGUAGGAGAACCUGCUGCUGUUCCUGGCACCCCUAAAGCCGAAGACAGGUUGCUUCCGCCUGAAAUUGACCUUGGGGCGGAUCUUCGUAAAGUAGUUUGCAUCAGAGCUUGUAGCACUCUCAGACUCUUUGUGCCUAUUAAAGGGAGACCAGCUCCUGAGGUAAAAUGGUCUAGAGAACAUGGAGAGUCCCUGGAUAAAGCUAACAUUGAGAUCACAUCAUCAUUCACUACUCUUCAAGUUGAAAAUGUUGACAGAUUCGAUGGAGGUAAAUACAUGGUUACUGUGGAGAAUGCUUCAGGAAGUAAGACAGCCUUUGUUAAUGUUAGAGUGCUAGACACCCCUGGAGCACCUCAGAAUCUUGUCAUCAAAGAGGUUACUAAAGGUUCUGUAUCUCUUAUUUGGGACGCACCAUUAAUUGAUGGUGGCUCCAGAGUACGCAAUUACAUAGUAGAAAAGCGUGAGUCAACAAGAAAGGCCUAUUCGACGGUCUGUGCCAGCUGCCAUAAAUCCAGCUGGAAAGUUGCAGAGUUGGAAGAAGGAAAGAUGUACUUCUUCAGAAUCCUGGCUGAGAAUGAAUAUGGCAUUGGCCUUCCAGUGGAGACAUUUGAGCCUGUUAAAGUGUCAGAAAAACCUUUGCCUCCAGGAAAAGUAACUCUCCGUGAAGUGACCGGGACCAGUGUUACACUAGCCUGGGAAAAGCCUGAUCAUGAUGGUGGCAGCAGAAUCACUGGGUAUAUUGUUGAGAUGCAGGGUCAAAGCAGUGAAAAGUGGACCCAAGUCAUGGCAGUAAAGACCAAUGAGGCUGUUGUAACUGGUUUAACACAGGGAGAGGAAUACAUGUUCCGUAUCUCAGCCACAAAUGAAAAGGGAGUUAGUGAUCCACGCCCUCUCAGUGUACCGGUGGUAGCCAAAGAUCUAGUUAUCCCACCAAUGUUCAAAUUGGCUUUCAGCACAUUUAGUGUGCUAGCUGGGGAUGAUCUGAAGAUAGAUGUCCCUUAUGUUGCCUGUCCCAGAGCUACAGCAAUUUGGCUCAAAGAUGGUGUUGCCCUGAAGGAGACAACAAGAGUUAAUACUGACAACACAGACAAAAACCUUCUCCUUGUCAUUAAGGACGCUUGCAGAGAUGAUGUGGGUACAUAUUCCAUCAAACUGACUAAUACAGCUGGAGAGACAACUACAGACAUCAGUGUGGUCGUCCUAGAUAGACCAGGCCCUCCCACUGGCCCCAUCAAAUUUGAUGAAGUCACUGCUGACAGUGUGAUUUUGUCUUGGAAUCCACCAGAGUAUGAUGGUGGUUGCACCAUCAAUAAUUACAUUGUUGAAAAGAGAGAUACAUCGACCACCAACUGGCAGAUAGUAUCAGCGACCGUGGCUAGGACAACUGUCAAGGCUGUACGUCUGAAGACCGGAUGUGAGUAUCAGUUCAGGAUUGCUGCAGAAAAUCGAUAUGGAAAGUCUUCAGUGCUUCACUCUGAAACCGUUGUGGCUCAGUAUCCAUUUGAGGUGCCCGGUUCACCACAUUCGGUUGUUGUUCAGUCAGCAACAAAAGAGAGCAUGCUGGUCGUAUGGGACAAACCUAGCAGUGAUGGUGGAAGUAAAAUCCUGGGAUAUCACCUGGAGCUCAAAGAGAAAAACAGCAUUUUAUGGGUAAGGCAGAACAAGCAACUUAUUGCAGAGCCUAGAUUCAAAGUAGUUAGCCUCGAAGAAGGCAUCGAAUAUGAGUUCAGAGUUUAUGCUGAAAACAUUGUCGGCAUAAGCAAAGCCAGCAAUGUGAGUGAACUGCAUGUAGCCAGAGACCCAUGUGAGAAACCAGGAAAGCCAGAGGCUGUCAUUGUAACCAGAAACCAGGUAACUUUGCAAUGGUCAAAACCUGAAUAUGAUGGUGGCAUAAAAAUCACUGGGUAUGUAGUGGAGAAAAAAGAAGGGACCGGCCGCUGGAUGAAGGCUAGUUUCACAAACAUUAUUGACACUUACUUCGUUGUAACAGGCCUCACUGAAGAUCAGAUUUAUGAGUUCCGUGUCAUUGCCAGAAAUGCAGCAGGUGUCAGCAGUCAACCCUCUGACUCUACUGGAGCUAUCACUGCAAAGGAUGAGGUGGACCCACCAAAAAUAGACUUGGAUUCUAAGUAUGCCCAGGUUGUGAUGGUAAAUGCUGGUGAGACAUUUAGGCUUGAGGCAGCUAUCAGUGGCAAACCUGUACCUGCUGUACAUUGGCUGAAGGAGGGCCAAAUCAUGAGUGAAGCAGCACGUCUCGAAGUCAAGAACACCGACUUUUUGGCCUGUCUUGUUGUUAAAGAAGCCAUUCGUGUAGAUGGGGGUCAGUAUACUUUGCUGGUAAAGAAUGUUGGAGGAGAGAAAUCUGUUAACAUAAAUGUCAAAGUUCUGGACAGGCCAGGUCCACCUGAGGGACCCAUUUCAAUAUAUGGUGUCACGAAUGAGAAGUGUUCUAUUUCCUGGAAACCACCUUUACAAGAUGGCGGUAGUGAUGUAUCCCAUUACAUUGUUGAAAGGAGAGAGACUAGCAGACUCGUUUGGACUGUCGUUGAACAAAAAGUUCAGACCCUGAACUUGAAGAUUACCAAACUUCUUGUUGGUAAUGAGUACAUCUUUAGAGUGAUUCCUGUAAACAAAUAUGGAGUAGGUGAGCCUCUGGAAUCUGAGCCCAUGAUUGCCCGAAAUCCAUUUGUCACUCCCAACCCACCAACAGAAGUAAAUAUCUCCACUAUUACAAAAGACUCUAUGGUGGUGACUUGGGAAAGACCAAGUAAUGAUGGUGGUAAUGCCAUUCAAAGUUAUAUUGUUGAGAAACGUGACAAGGAUGGUGUUAGAUGGACAAGAUGCAACAAGCGCACCGUGAGCGAACUACGCUUCAGAGUUACUGGGCUCCUCGAAAACCACAGUUAUGAAUUUAGAGUUUCUGCUGAGAAUGCAGCCGGUGUGGGACAACCCAGUCCUCCAACAGCAUACUACAAAGCUUUAGAUCCCAUUUUUAAACCAGGCCCACCAAACAAUCCAAAGGUGGUGGACACGUCAAGGUCCACUGUUUCCUUAACCUGGGGUAAACCCAUCUAUGAUGGUGGCUGUGAGAUUCAGUCCUACAUUGUUGAGGCAUGCAAUAGUGCAUCAGAUGAAUGGAUCAUGUGCACUCCUUCUACUGGAAUUGCAGACACACGGUUUACGGUGACAAAACUUCUAGAGAAGCAUGAGUAUCAGUUCAGAGUGUGUGCCAUCAACAAAGUUGGUGUUGGUGAGCAUGCUGAUGUUGCAGGAAAAAUCAUUUUGGAAGAAAAGCUUGAGGCGCCAGAUCUUGACCUGGAUGCAGACAUGCGAAAGAUGAUCAAUAUUAGAGCUGCAAGCACUCUCAGGCUAUUUGUGCCUGUAAGAGGUCGUCCAGCCCCUGAGAUUAAAUGGGGAAAAGCUGAUGGUGAGAUCAGGGAAACUGCUCAAAUUGACAAUACAGACAACUAUGCUUCUCUUAUGAUUGAGAAUGUGGACAGAUUUGAUAGUGGCAAAUACACACUGACUGCAGAGAAUGCUAGUGGAGUGAAGUCAGUCUUCAUCAGCGUCAGAGUUUUAGACUCACCAAGCCCUCCAAAUAACUUCCUGGUUAAAGAGAUUACCAAAGAUUCUGUCACACUUACAUGGGAACCUCCAUUACUGGAUGGUGGAUCAAAGAUUAAGCAUUAUAUAGUCGAGAAGCGGGAGAGCACCAGGAAGGUUUAUUCUCCCAUCACUGUCUGCAAUAAGAUGUCAUGGAAGGUGGAACCUCUCCCAGAGGGUGGAAUAUUCUUUUUCCGAGUUCUUGCUGAGAAUGAAUAUGGUAUAGGUUUACCAGCUAAAACCACAGAGCCAAUAAAAAUUUCUGAAAAGCCCCAGCCCCCUGGUAAAGUCAGUGUUGUCGAUGUUACACAUAGCACUGUAACCUUGACUUGGGAAAAGCCUGAACAUGAUGGUGGCAGUAGAAUAAGUCACUAUGAAGUUGAACUUGCACCUCAAGACAGUGAAUCAUGGUCUUUGUGUGCUAGUGGGAAGGCAACUGAGGCAUUGGUGACUAACCUUCUUACGGGGGAAGAGUAUCAGUUCAGAGUUAUUGCUGUUAACAGCAAGGGCAGGAGCGAUCCCAGGCAACUGGCAAACUCAAUUGUUGCUCAGGACCUUGUGAUUGAGCCUGCUGUUAGACCUAAAGCGAGCAGCUACAGUGUCCAAGUGGGUUAUGACCUCAAGAUAGAGGUGCCAAUCGCAGGUCAUCCUAAGCCAACCAUCUCUUGGACCAAGGAUGGAGCUGCCCUCAAACAGACCACCAGAGUUAAUGUCACAGAUUCUGCACGUCACACUACACUUACUAUAAAGGAUGCCACCAAAGAAGAUGGAGGAAUGUACAGUAUCAGUGUCGCCAAUGACAUGGCAUCUAAGGAAGCCACAAUUGAGGUUAUCACCUUGGAUAAGCCUGGACCACCGACAGGCCCUGUCAAGUUUGAGGAUGUUAGCGCUGAGAGCAUCACACUUACAUGGGAACCUCCUACUUAUACAGGUGGUUGCGCAAUAUCCAACUAUGUUGUGGAGAAAAGAGAUACAACCACAACCAACUGGGUAGUUGUGUCUGCCACUGUGGCAAGAACCACACUCAAAGUGGUUAAUCUGAAGACAGGCGCUGAAUAUCAAUUCCGAAUCUACGCUGAAAAUAGAUACGGAAAGAGUUAUGCAAUUGAUUCUGAGCCUGUUUUGGCCCAGUAUCCAUUCCAAGAGCCUGGGCCACCAGGUACACCAUUUGUAUCUUCAUACACUAAGGACUACAUGGUGGUUGAAUGGCACAAACCUCCAUCUGAUGGAGGCAGCGCUAUCUUAGGCUAUCAUCUUGAAAGGAAAGAGAAAAACAGUAUUCUUUGGACCAAGAUUAACAAAACUCUAAUCCAAGACUGCAGGUUCAAAUCCACUCCUUUGGAGGAGGGCAUUGAGUAUGAAUACAGAGUCUAUGCAGAGAACAUCGUUGGUAUUGGAAAGUGCAGCAAAGUCUCAGAGGUCUAUGUGGCCCGUGAUCCAUGUGAUCCUCCUGGCUGUCCAGAAGCAGUGAUAGUGACAAGGCACUCAGUGAAGCUAAGAUGGACACCGCCAGUGUAUGAUGGUGGAUGUUUAGUUACUGGCUAUGUAGUGGAGAAACGGGAUCUUCCUGAAGGAAAGUGGAUGAGGGCGAGCUUCGCAAACAUCAUAGAGCGUGAAUUUACAGUCACUGGCUUGACAGAAAAUAGUAAAUAUGACUUUAGAGUCAUUGCAAGAAAUGCAGCUGGUGCUAUCAGUAAGCCUUCCGAGAGCACGGGAUCUAUCACAGCUAUAGAUGAAGUUGACCCACCCAAAUGUGAGACGGACGCAAUGUACAACCAAACCCUUGUGAUUAAUGCAGGAGAGACAUUCAGUCUGGAGGCCAGUGUGGAAGGAAAGCCAAUUCCCACAGCUCAGUGGUUUAAGGGGGAUGUUGAUGUGGAAAACUCAGCCAGAGCUGAGAUAAAAAAUACAGAUUUUAAGGCUCUUCUUGUUGUGAAGGAAGCCAUCAGAGUGGAUGGUGGGCAGUAUACACUGGUACUGACUAACGUGGCAGGAAGUAAGACUAUCCCUUUCAGUGUGAAAGUCCUGGACAGACCAGGUCCUUCAGACGGACCUCUUACUGUCAGCAAUGUCACAGAAGAGAAGUGUUCACUGUCUUGGCUUCCACCCAUGCAUGAUGGAGGCAGCAGUAUUUCUCACUAUGUUAUCCAGAAGAGAGAGACAAGCCGUCUGGCAUGGACUGUGGUCUCCAGUGACUGCAGAGCCACUAUGUUCAAAGUCACCAAACUUUUGAAGGGCAAUGAAUACAUUUUUAGAGUGAUGGGAGUCAACAAAUAUGGUGACGGUGAGCCCCUAGAAUCUGCACCAGUUGUCAUGAGAAAUCCAUUUGUCUGUCCUGGCUCACCUCAAGAGAUUGAGAUCAGCAACAUUACCAGGGACUCCAUGAUUGUCUGCUGGAAUCGCCCAGAGACGAAUGGAGGUAGUGAAAUUGUUGGGUAUAUUGUUGAAAAGAGAGACCGUGCAGGAGUGAGGUGGACCAAGUGUAACAAGCGCAGAGUGACGGACUUGCGUUUCAGAGUGACAGGAUUGACUGAAGACCAUGAAUAUGAAUUCAGGGUUUCUGCUGAGAAUGCAGCUGGCAUAGGUCAACCAAGCGCAGCUACUCCUUACCUUAAAGCUUGUGACCCCACUUUUGAGCCAGGUAGUCCCUCCAAUGCUCAUGUCACUGACACUACUAAAGACUCCAUAAGUCUGGCCUGGCAGAAGCCAAUUUAUGAUGGUGGUUGUGAGAUUCAAGGUUAUGCUGUUGAACUCACAAAGGCUGAUGAGGAGGAAUGGACCAUUUGCACACCCCCCUCUGGCGUAGCUGCAACCAAAUUUACCAUCACUAAGUUAAUUGAGCAUCAGGAAUAUAAAGUGCGCAUCUGUGCCAUCAAUAAACUAGGCAUUGGGGAGCCUGCCGAAGUCCAGGGCACAGUCACACCUAUUGAUAAAAUGAAUGCACCAGAAAUGAUUCUAGAUUCAGAACUCCGAAAGGGAAUUGUUGUUCGUGCAGGAGCCCCACUGAGGAUUUGCAUUCCAUUUAAAGGUCGUCCGACACCUGAAAUUAGCUGGGCCAAGGAGGAUAGUGAACUUCCCGUCAAAGCUCAAAAAGAGUUUGGAGAAGAUUACACACAGCUCUCUAUCGACAUUUGUGACAGAUAUGAUGCUGGAAAAUACAUCCUUAAUUUAGAAAAUAGUGCCGGCACUAAAUCAGCAUUUGUGUCUGUCAAAGUUCUGGACACUCCAGGAGCCCCUGUAAAUCUCUCAGUAAAAGACAUUAAACGGGAAAGUGUCACCCUGACCUGGGAGCCCCCUCUUAUUGAUGGUGGAGCCAGAAUAAAGAAUUACCUAGUUGAAAAACGUGAGGCCACUAGGAAUGUUUACUCUAAUGUGGAAAACAAGUGCACAAAGACAAGUUACCGAAUUACUGGCCUCAUAGAAGGAACAAUUUACUAUUUCAGAGUCCUAGCUGAAAAUGAGUUUGGUGUAGGAGAGCCAGCUGAGACAGAAGACUCCGUUAAGGCCUCUGAGCCUCCUCUGCCCGUAGGUAAAGUCACAUUAACUGAUGUUACUAAAACUACUGCUUCACUCUCCUGGGAGAAACCAGUCCAUGAUGGAGGAAGCAGGAUUAUUGGCUACUACAUUGAGAUGCAACCUUUGGACUCGGAAGAAUGGGUGGUGGCAGCAACAGUCAAAACCUGUGAGGGCACUGUCACAGGCCUCAGUGCAGGACACGAAUAUUUUUUCAGAGUAUCUGCCUUCAAUGACAAGGGUAAAAGUGACCCAAGAGCUCUUGCCGCACCGGUCACAGCAAAGGAUUUGACAAUGGCGCCCGGCUUCAAAAUAAGAUUUAAUACUUAUAGUUUGCAGCAUGGUGAAGAUUUGAAGAUUGACAUUCCAGUGACUGGGCGUCCAGUUCCAAAAGUGGAAUGGAAGAAAGAAGGACUGGCUCUUAAGGAGACAACCAGGUUAAAUGUGUUUGGUACACCCACAUCUACAAAGCUCUGUAUCAAGGAUGCAAAUAGAGAGGAUUCUGGCAAAUAUACUGUUACAGCAACCAGUAAUGUCGGAACAGCGACUGAGGAGAUUACUGUUAUAAUUCUCGACAAGCCAGGCCCACCCACUGGUCCUGUGAAGAUUGAUGAAGUGAGCUCGAAUUAUGUAACUCUAUCCUGGGAACCACCAGGGUAUACUGGAGGCUGUCAGAUUAACAACUACAUUGUAGAAAAGAGAGAUACCACUACAACAGCUUGGCAUAUUGUGUCUGCAACCAUUGCCAGGACAACCAUCAAGGUCAGCAAUCUGAAGACAGGAGUUGAGUACCAGUUCAGAGUGUCUGCUGAGAAUAGAUACGGAAAGAGUUCUGCUAUUAUUUCAGCCCCUGUCAUUGCUCAGUAUCCAUUCAGUGUGCCUGAUGCCCCAGCAGCGCCAACUAUUACUGCUGCAACCAAAGACAGUAUGGUCGUUGAGUGGAAGCCUCCUACAAAUAAUGGUGGCAGUCCCAUUCUGGGCUAUCAUCUGGAUAGAAAAGAGAAGAACAACCUCCUAUGGACUAAACUCAAUAAGCUUAUCAUUCCUGAUGCACGUUUCAAGACAACAGAACUGGAAGAGGGCAUUGAGUAUGAAUUCAGGGUGUGUGCUGAAAAUAUAGCAGGACUGAGUGCAGCUAGUAAGGUCUCUGAUAGCAUUGUAGCUAGGGAUCCCUGUGACCCACCAGGUACUCCCGAGGCCAUUGAAAUAACCCGGAACCAUGUGACACUACAGUGGACACGGCCCCAGUAUGAUGGAGGCAGCGUGAUAACUGGUUAUGUGAUUGAAAGGCGAAAGCACCCUGAUAACCGCUGGAUGAAGGCCAGUUUUACCAACAUUAUUGACACACAGUACACCCUCAGUGGCCUGACUGAGGACUGCAUUUAUGAAUUCAGAGUUUUUGCUAAGAAUGCAGCUGGCAUUUCCAGCAGUCCCUCUCAAAGCACAGGAGAAAUAACUGCUAAAGAUGAAAUUGAGGCUCCAGAAGCAACAAUGGAUUCUAAAUUUAAGGAUCUCAUAGUUGUUCAUGCAGGUGAGACUUUUGUCAUUGAUGCAGACUACACUGGCAAGCCUCUUCCUGAGGUGGUAUGGCUGAAGGAGGGAAGGGAGAUUGACAAAACCACCCAAAGAAUGGAGAUCAAGACCACACUUACUCGUACCAUAUUGACAGUAAAAGACUGCAUCCGGGUGGACGGGGGCCACUAUGUUCUUAAACUUGUGAACGUUGGCGGAGUAAAGAUGAUCCCGGUUAAUGUUAAAGUUUUGGAUAGGCCUGGCCCUCCAGAUGGCCCCCUGGAAGUUAAAGGAGUCACAGCUGAAAAGUGUUAUCUGCACUGGAACCAUCCCUCACAGGAUGGUGGAGCAAGUAUUUCUCACUACGUGAUUGAGAAGCGUGAGACUAGUCGUUUGUCAUGGACUAUGGUGGAGCCCAAGAUUCAAGCCAUCAGUUAUAAAGUGACAAAACUGCUACCUGGAAAUGAGUAUAUCUUUAGAGUGACAGCUGUUAAUAAAUAUGGUGUGGGUGAGCCACUAGAGUCUGAGCCUGUUAUCGCUCGCAAUCCAUUCACUACUCCAAGUCCGCCAUCCACUCCAGAAGCUAGUGCCAUCACCAGAGACUCUAUGGUGCUCACUUGGGAAAGGCCAGAGAGUAAUGGGGGAGCCGAAAUUGAGGGAUAUGUCCUUGAAAAACGUGAUAAGGAUGGCAUCCGAUGGAGUAAAUGCAACAAGAAGAGGCUGACUGACCUGAGGUUCAGAUGCACUGGUCUCACAGAGGGCCACUCUUAUGAAUUUAGAGUGUCUGCUGAAAAUGCUGCUGGUGUGGGGACACCCAGUGCACCCACUCAGUACAUCAAGGCAUGUGAUGCCAUUUACCCCCCAGGACCUCCAAAUAACCCCAAAGUCAGUGACCAUUCCAGUACCACUGCUUCCUUGACCUGGUCCAGACCGAUAUAUGAUGGUGGAGCACCAGUCACUGGUUACAUUGUUGAAUUUAAGGAGGCGUCACUUGAUGAAUGGGUGAUUUCUACACCAUCUACUGGUGUGCAGGCUACUAAGUACACUGUGAAAAAAUUGAAGGAGAACGCGGAGUACAAUUUCCGUAUUUGUGCUUUUAACUCUGAGGGAAUGGGUGAACAUGUGGACCUGCCUGGGUCCGUUAUUGUUGCUGAAAAGCUGGAAGCUCCUGAAAUUGAACUGGAUUCAGAUCUCAGAAAGAUGGUUAACGUUCGUGCCACUGCUAGUUUGCGUUUGUUUGUCACAAUCCGAGGGAAGCCAGAACCGGAGGUCAGAUGGUCAAAGGUAGAUGGCAGUCUGAAUGAGCGGGCCCAGAUUGAUGUGACAAGCUCCUAUACAAUGUUAGUGAUUGAAAAUGUGGACCGAUUUGAUACCGGCAAGUAUGUACUUACCCUUGAGAACCUGAGUGGUUCAAAAUCAGCCUUCAUAAAUGUCCGCGUUCUGGACUCACCUAGCGCCCCUACUAACCUUGAAGUCAAAGAUGUGAAAAGAAAUUCAGUCGCUCUCUCCUGGGAGCCUCCUCUUAUAGAUGGCGGCGCUAAGAUAUCUCACUAUGUUGUAGAAAAGCGAGAGCAGAAGCGAAUGGCUUUUACCAGCGUAUGCACAAAUUGUGUGAGGAACUCCUACAUCAUCUCUGACCUACAGGAAGGAGGCCGAUAUUAUUUCCGUGUGCUGGCUGUGAAUGAACUUGGUGUAGGUCUGCCUGCCUCUACAGAGCAAGUCAAAAUUUCUGAAGCUCCUUUGCCUCCUGGUAAAAUUCUGCUGGUAGAUGUGACUCGUCACACCGUCACUCUAUCAUGGGAGAAGCCAGAUCAUGAUGGUGGCAGCAAGAUUACAGGCUACAUUGUUGAGAUGCAGCCCAUCGGAGAAGAAAAAUGGAGUUUGUGCAGCGAAGUCAAAGCACUGGAGGCAACUAUUGACGGUCUCACAACAGGAGAGGAAUAUUCUUUCAGGGUCAUUGCAGUCAAUGACAAGGGCAAAAGUGAUCCUAAACCUCUAGCUACUCCUGUGACUGUGAAAGAUAUCACAGUGGAACCCAUCAUCAACUUAGUGUUCAACACAUACAGUGUUAAAGCAGGAGAUGACCUGAAGAUUGAUGUUCCCUUCAAAGGCAGGCCGCAGCCUGAGGUGGUUUGGAAGAAGGAUGGGCACGCGCUGAAGCAGACGACGCGAGUUAAUGUUCUCACUUCCAAGACCUCAUCUAAAAUUCUCAUUAAGGAUGCAACUAGAGAGGACGUAGGAAAGUAUGAAAUCACUCUUAGUAAUACAGUGGGUACCAAGACAGCUGAAAUUUCAGUUAUAAUCCUGGACAAGCCAGGUCCACCGAGUAACAUCAAAGUGGAUGAGGUUAGCGCUGAAUUCAUCUCUCUGUCUUGGGAAGCUCCAACCUAUGAUGGUGGAUGCCAGAUUAAUAAUUAUGUGGUGGAAAAGAGAGACACAACCACAACCACUUGGCAGAUUGUGUCAGCCACAGUUGCUAGAACAUCAAUUAAAGUAUCUCGUCUUAAUCAGGGAACUGAGUACCAGUUCCGCAUUGCGGCCGAAAACCGAUACGGCAAAAGUCCUGCUGUUGACUCUUCCCCUAUUGUUGCUCAGUAUCCAUUUGAACCACCUGGCCAUCCCAUCAACCUCUGUGUUUCCCAUGCCACCAAAACGUCCAUGCUAGUUGUUUGGGACAGACCUGCCAGUGAUGGUGGAAGCCCUGUUAUUGGUUAUCACAUUGAAUGCAAAGACCAAAGCAGCAUCCUCUGGACCAAGGUAAACAGAGGUCUUCUGACCGACAGACAGUUUAAAAUGACAAGCAUUGAAGAAGGUUUGCUGUAUCAGUUCAGAGUUUAUGCAGAAAACAUUGCCGGCAUUGGCCCAAGCACGAAAGCCAGUGACCCAGUGGCAGCCAGGGAUCCAUGCGAAGCUCCACGUAAUCUUAAAGUCACUAACAUCACAAGGACUUCAGUCUCCCUCUUCUGGGAGAGGCCAGAGAAUGAUGGUGGAGCCAAGAUUACUAGCUACAUUGUCGAGCGUAAAGAGCUUCCAAAUGGUCGGUGGCUAAAAUGCAACUUCACCAACCUGCACGAUACCUAUUUUGAUGUCACAGGACUCACAGAAGAUGUCCAAUAUGACUUCCAUGUAAUUGCUAAGAAUUCUGCUGAGUUGUUAAGCGCACCUUCAGAGAGUACUGGACCUGUCACAGUCAAAGAUGAUGUCGAUCCACCCACAAUUAUCUUGGAAGAAAGGUUCAGACAGCUGGUUGUCAUUAAAGCUGGAGAAAUCAUUAGAAUUGAUGCUGAAACAACAGGGCGCCCACUCCCUGUGGUCACGUGGUCUAAAGAGGGAAAAGAGAUUGAGGCAAAGGCUAGAUGUGAAAUCACCACCACCAACUUCACAACUUCCCUGCUGGUAAGAGAUGCCAUCAGGAGGGACUCUGGCCAAUAUGUCCUGACUCUGCACAACGUGGCAGGAACAAGGUCUGUGGCUAUCAAUUGCAAGGUUUUGGAUAGACCUGGACCUGCUUCAGGACCCUUGGCUGUGUCUGGCUUAACAGCAGAAAAAUGUACCCUGAACUGGGGUCCCCCUCAGGAAAAUGGUGGCGCUGAUAUUUUACAUUACAUUGUGGAAAAACGUGAGACUAGCCGCCUCGCAUGGACCCUUGUCCAUGGUGACAUGAAGGCCACCACUUGUAAAGUGACCAAGCUGCUCAAAGGAAAUGAGUAUAUAUUCAGAGUUAGAGGAGUCAACAAAUAUGGGGAUGGUGAACCCCUGGAAAGUGAACCAACAAAGGCCAUGGAUCCAUUCACAGUCCCUGCAGCCCCGACUAAUGUCCAGGUCACCUCAGUUACUAGUGAGGCAAUGACCAUCUGUUGGGAAAGACCAGUCUUUGAUGGUGGCAUCAGCAUCGCUGGCUAUGUAAUUGAAAAGAGAGAAAAGACUGGACUUCGAUGGUGCCGUGUUAACAAGAAACCAGUUUAUGACCUUAGAGUCAAAGCCUCACACCUUCGUGAGGGCUGUGAAUAUGAAUACAGAGUUUUUGCAGAGAAUUCUGCCGGCCUCAGCCCUCCCAGCAUUUCCUGCCCUCUCACCAAAGCCGAAGACCCACAAUUCUUGCCUUCACCACCUGCUAAGCCUAAAAUCAUUGAUUCGACAAAGACCACAGUCACCCUGUCCUGGAAUAAACCAUUGUUUGAUGGUGGGGCACCUGUGACUGGUUACAGAGUAGAAUACAGAAAUACUAUAGAUGAUGAAUGGACAGUUGGGGUCCAGAACACCAAGAAUACUGAGUUUACUGUUGUGGGACUGACACCUGGUGCAGAGUAUGUGUUUGUUGUCAAAUCCAUCAACAAAAUUGGAUUGAGUGACCCCAGCUCAGAGUCAGACAAACAGUUGGCCAAGGAAAGAGAAGAAGAGCCAAUCUUUGACAUUAGUAAUGAGAUGAGGAAAACUUUGAUUGUAAAGGAUGGUAGUUCAUUCACUAUGACUGUGCCCUUCAGAGGCAAACCCAUCCCCAGUGUUACUUGGACAAAGCCUGAUGUUGACUUAAGAGUCCGUGCUGUCAUUGACACUACUGACACGUUCACCUCCAUCACUCUGGAAAAAGCCACUCGUAAUGAUUCAGGAAAAUACACCGUCUCCUUGUCUAAUGUGGCUGGUACUGCCACCUUGACCCUCAAUGUCAGAGUUCUGGAUUCUCCCGGACCUUCAUCUUGUAUUGAGAUCAAGGAUGUGACCAAAAACUCUGCUACUGUGACAUGGGACACUCCUGAGAAUGAAGGAGGCGGACCAGUGAAGAACUAUCUGGUGGAUAUUCGUGAGGCCAGCAAGAAGGGAUGGACUCAGUUGACCAAUGCAUGCCACAGGCUGACAUACAAAGCAUCGGACCUGCAGGAGGGUGGAGUAUACUACUUCAGAGUGACCGGCGAGAAUGAGUAUGGAAUAGGGGUGCCUGCUGAGACCAAGGAAGGAACCAAGAUCUCAGAAAAGCCAAGCCCACCACCGAAACUUGGUGUGACCGAUGUGACCAAAGACAGUGUAUCCCUGGCCUGGGCCAAACCUGAGCAAGAUGGGGGCAGUAGAAUAUCUGGAUACUUGGUGGAAGCUUUGGAGAAAGGCCAGGAGAAGUGGGUCAAGUGUGGUGUAACCAAGUCCAUCCACUACACAGUGUCUGGUCUAAGGGAGAACAGAGAGUACUUCUUCAGAGUAAUAGCUGAGAACCAUGCUGGAUUCAGUGAUGCCAAUGAAAUGGUCACCCCUGUGUUGGUCAAAGACCAGCAUGAAUCACCUGAGAUCAUCAUGAACAACUACCCUCACAACACAGUAUAUGUUAGAGCUGGCUCCAACCUCAAAUGUGAGAUUCCGCUUAUAGGCAGGCCAUUGCCAAAGGUUUCUCUCUCCAAGGAUAAUGUGCUGCUCAAGUCAACAAUAAGAUUCAACUCUGAGGUCACCCCUGAUAGCAUCAAGAUCACAUUGCGUGAGAGCAUCGCUGGAGAUUCUGGACGUUAUGAUAUAAUUGCAUCCAACUCCAGUGGAACCACCAAAUCCUUCAUCAACAUUGUGGUUCUGGACAGGCCCAGUGUUCCGCUGGGACCUGUGGAGCUGUCAGAUGUCACAGAGGACAGCGUGAAUCUGAAGUGGCUCCCACCGGCUUAUGAUGGUGGUAGCCCAAUCACAAACUACAUUCUCCAGAAGAGAGAGACAACUACAGCCAAUUGGACAGAUGUCUCCUCUGCUGUGGCUCGUUGUACCAUGAAGAUCUUGAAGCUUUCAACAGGCCUGGAAUACCAGUUCAGAAUUAAGGCUGAGAACAGAUACGGAAUUAGCGAGCACAUUGACUCACCACCUGUCACUGUCAGCCUUCCUUAUACUGUCCCUGAAGCACCCUCGACUCCAGAGAUCACUGGUGUGACCAGGGAGACCAUCACAGUUGCUUGGAAGGAGCCCAAGUCAGAUGGAGGCAGCCACGUAUUUGGUUACCAUCUCCAGAUGAAAGACAUGAAUAGCCUCCUGUGGCAGAGAGUAAACAGAAUGGUGAUCCGUGCCACACACUACAAGGUCACAAGCAUCCACGCUGGACUAAUUUAUGAGUUCAAGGUGGCAGCUGAGAACGCUGCUGGAUUCAGUGAAUUCAGCAAAGUUUCAGAUGCAGUGCUGGCUAUUGAUGCCUGUGAGCCACCCAUCAACCUGCGCAUCAGUGACAUCACAAAGAAUUCAAUUAGCCUAGCCUGGCAGAAGCCCAACUAUGAUGGAGGCUCCAAGAUCACAGGCUAUAUGGUUGAAAAGAGGGAAGGAGUAGAUGGAAGGUGGUUCAAGACAAACCUCACCAACAUCACUGACACCCGCUACACUGUGACUGGCCUGACCCAGGAUGUGACCUACGAGUUCCGAGUGAUGGCCAAGAAUGCUGUUGGCGCAGUGAGCAAUCCAUCCAUGAUAGCUGGACCUGCCACAUGUGUAGACACUUUUGGUGCCCCAGAGAUUGAAAUACCUUCAGAGUACUUGAACGAGGUAAAGUACAGAGCAGGUUCAAAUGUUGAACUUAAGUUUAAUAUCACUGCCAAACCUGCUCCCACUAUCGAGUGGCUAAAGGAUGGAAGAGAACUCAAACCGAACACCCAGCUUUCCUUUAAACACACAUUUGAGUACACAAGUUUGUUCCUGAGGGAAACAGCUCGCCUGAACUCUGGAACGUAUGAGGUCAAGGUGAAGAACUCCCUGGGCUCAACUUGUGCCCUUGUCAGAUUGCUUAUUCAAGACAGACCAGGGCCACCUGCUGGAGAGAUUCAAUUUAAGAAGGUGACCGCUGACAACAUCACCAUCAUGUGGUCUCCUCCUGCUGACGAGGGAGGUGCCAUGGUAACACACUACAUUGUAGAAAAGAGGGAGACCAGCAGAGUAAUGUGGUCCAUCAUCUCAGAGAAACUAGUUGACUGCAUUGUUAACGUGCCAAGGCUCAUUCAGGGCAAUGAGUACAUCUUCAGAAUCCGAGGUGUCAACAAGUAUGGCAUCGGCGACCCUCUGGAGUCUGAGGCCGUCAUCGCCAAAAACACUUUUGUGCCUCCCAGUGAACCAUCCACACCUAAAGUCACCAUGAUCACCAAGUCAACCAUGACAGUGGUUUGGGAAAGACCAGCUUUGGAUGGAGGGAGCGACAUUGACGGAUACUACCUUGAGAAAAGGGAGAAGAAGAGUCUGCAGUGGUUCAAGGUGGUGAAAGGCACUAUCAGAGACACCAGGCAAAAGGUCACUAACCUUGUGGAGAACAAUGAGUACCAGUACAGAGUAUGUGCUGUCAACAAGGCUGGAGCCGGAAACUACUCUGAGGCCUCUGAUCUCUACAAGGCCUACGACCCCAUAGAUCUUCCUGGAGAACCAACCAAACUGUGUGUGGUCGACUCCACAAAGACCUCCAUCACUCUUGGAUGGGAGAAACCUGUUUAUGAUGGUGGCAGUGAGAUCACGCACUACCUUUUGGAGCAAAUGAAUACGGAGGAAAGAGAAUGGGUGAUAGUCAAUCCGCAGGUUAAGACCUGCGAGUAUGUGGUAUCUCACCUCAAACCUGCAGUAUACUACUUCUUCAGAGUGUCGGCUGUCAACUGCAAGGGCAAAGGAGAGGAUAUCAAGAUGUACCAACCUGUGCAAGCCAAAGAUAUCUUGGAGGAGGCUGAUUUGGAUCUAGACAUUUCAAUGACGACCCACUAUACUGCCCGAGCCGGGCGUGACGUGGAAAUGUUUAUUCCUCUGAAAGGACGUCCCACCCCCAGUGUCACCUGGCGCCGUGGUGACCGUAACAUGGCUGCUGACAACCGCUGUACCAUUACUAGCACUGAGUCUGCCACCACCCUUCACAUUCCCAAGGUCACCCGUGAUGACUGUGGGAAGUAUUUGCUGGAGAUUGAGAAUGGUGUGGGAGAACCGAAGAUCAUAACAGUAUCCCUGAAGGUUUUGGACAGUCCCUCCACCUGCCAAAAACUAAUGAUUAAGAAUGUAACAAGAGGACAACUGACACUGAGCUGGGAAGCGCCUCUUAUUGAUGGUGGUUCCCCAGUCACCAAAUACAUUGUUGAGAAAAAGGCAUCCACCAUGAAGGCUUACCAGAUGAUUACCGAUGAGUGUGCCAAUACAUCCUACAAGGUGUCAGGCCUAGAGGAGGAUAUUGCUUACUUCUUCCGUGUGUCUGCUGAAAACGAGUUUGGAGUGGGUGACACUUGUGAGACCUCUGAGCCUGUCAGAGCCACUGAGACCCCCGGAGCAGUUAAAAACUUGGUAAUGCUUGAUUCCACAAAGACCUCUGUUACCUUGCAGUGGACUAGACCUGACCAUGACGGCGGAAGCCACAUUACUGAAUACAUAAUCGAAAAGAGACCCGAAGAUAAAACCACCUGGACUUUGGGUGCCACUUGCAAGCGUUGUACCUGUGAGGUGACGGGACUUCAGGAGAAUUCUGAAACGGAGUUCAGAGUGUUUGCCAAGAAUGAGAAAGGCAAAAGUGACUUCUCCCAAAUUGGUCCAAUCACAGUGAUGGACUUCAUCAUUCCACCUGAGGCCAGCCUUAGUGACUACCCCAAUGGAGAACUGGCUGUUCGUGUUGGUCAAAACAUCCACAUUGAGCUGCCUUUCAUGGGGAAACCAAGGCCUACAAUCAGCUGGCUGAAAGAUAAUUUGCCUCUAAAGGAAAGCGACACGAUCCGCUUCAGGACCACUGACAACAAGACAUCAGUUACAGUCAGAGGAGCCAAGAAGGAACAUGCUGGUCAGUACACCUUGGUUCUGGACAACAGAGCUGUCAAGAACUACUUCGAUAUCAAUGUGAUCAUUCUGGGACCCCCAUCUGUACCUGUUGGUCCUAUCCGCUUUGAUGAAAUCAAAGCCCAGGGUAUUAUCAUCUCUUGGGAUGAGCCCAAGGAGAAUGGGGGUGGUGAGAUUACCUGCUACAGUGUGGAGAAGCGCGAGACUUCCCAAGCCACCUGGAAGAUGGUCUGCUCUAGUGUGGUCAGAACUACCUUCAAGAUACCUAACCUGGUCAAGGGAGCUAUAUACCAGUUCAGAGUUCGUGCAGAGAACAAAUAUGGGGUCAGUGAUGCACUCAAUUCCACAGAAAUUGUUGCUCAGCAUCAAUACAAACCCCCGGGCGCUCCAGGGAAGCCUCUUGCCUUCAACAUCACCAGUGACGGAAUGACCAUUAGGUGGGAAGCACCAGGUUUUGAUGGAGGAUCCCCCAUUCUUGGCUACCACAUUGAGAAAAAGGACAGGAACAGUCUUCUGUGGCAGAAAGUGAACUCUACCAUCAUUUCUAACAGCGAGUACAGGAUUAUCAGCCUUUUGGAGGGACUGGAGUACUCUUUCAGAGUCUAUGCAGAGAAUAAUGCUGGGCUCAGCCCUGUUAGCGAACAGAGUAAACAUGCUCUGGCUAUUUCUCCAGUUGAUCCACCUGGCACCCCAGUGUGCAUCGAUGUGACGAGAGACUCUGUCACUUUGACAUGGGACAUCCCCAAGAAGGAUGGUGGUAGCAAGAUUGUGGCCUACAGCGUGGAGAGACGCCAAGGCAGAGGGAAGUGGCUGCGGUGCAACUUCACAGAUAUUAGUGAGACUCAGUUUACUGUGACUGGUCUAUCCGCUGGAGACAGAUUUGAAUUUAGGGUUAUUGCCCGGAAUGCUGUGGGCACUGUCAGUCCACCAUCCAACUCUUCUGGAUACAUCAUGACAAAGGAUGAAAGCAUUUCUCCCGAGAUUGAGUGGUCCCCAGACCAGGUGCAAACACUGAGAGCUGGAGAGAAUGUAAAGCUUAGCUGCAACAUUACUGGCCGUCCAGUACCCCAUGUGGCCUGGUACAAGGAUGGAAAAGAAAUCGACAAGAGGACCACAAUUGACAUUGAGAUUACAACUGGUAUUGGUACAAGCAGCCUGUUUAUUCGCGAUGCAAACAGAAAUCACCGUGGUAUCUACACUGUCGAAGCCAAGAACAGCUCUGGAACGAAGAGAGCUGAUGUCAAUGUCAGAGUUCAAGAUACCCCUGGGCCUGUUGACGGUCCCAUCCGUUUCACCAGCAUCACAGCUGAAAAAUGCACAGUAUGGUGGAACCCUCCAGAGAAUGAUGGUUGUGCUGCCAUCACACACUACGUAGUGGAAAAGAGGGAGACAUCUAGGAUUUCUUGGGCCAUGGUCACCUCUAAGUGUGAAGCCUGCUCAUUCAACGCCACCAAACUCAUCAAGGCCAACGAGUACCAGUUCAGAAUCUCUGCUGUCAACAAGUUUGGUGUUGGGAAACCACUCGACUCUGUUCCCAUCAUUGCACAGAUGCAAUACACUGUGCCCGAAGCCCCUGGUAUCCCAGAUGCUACACAUGUUACUGGUGACAGCAUUACCCUGUGCUGGACCAGACCAAGGUCAGACGGUGGGAAUGAGAUCAAGCACUACAUUUUGGAGAGGCGUGAGAAGAAGAGUCUGCGCUGGUUAAAGGUCUCUGCAAAGAGGCCCAUUACAGAGCUCAGGCAUAGAGUCACCAACCUCACUGAGGGCAAUGAGUAUGAGUUCCGUGUCAUGGCUGAAAACGGUGCUGGUGUCGGACCUGCCAGUGGCACCUCCAGGCUCUUCAAAUGUAAAGAGCCAACCAGUACCCCCAGUGCCCCCACAGUCAUCAAGGUUAUUGAUUCUACCAAAUCCUCUGUCACCCUGGAAUGGACCAAGCCGGUCUUUGACGGGGGCCUACCAAUCAUUGGCUACAACAUCGACAUGUGCAAGGCCAGUCUUGAAGAGUGGCAUCGGGUAAAUAGUCAGAUUUGCAUAAACACCCGGUACACCGUUAACGGCCUGAUUCCUGGUGAGCUCUACAAGUUUAGGAUCAGUGCUGUGAACGGAUCUGGGGAAGGUGAAUCCUCAAUGAUGCCCAGCGCUGUACAGGCUCUGGAUAGACUAACAUCUCCUGAGUUUGAUAUUGAUGCCAACUUCAAGCAGACACACGUCGUGAAAAAUGGCGGCAAUGUCUCCCUUCAUGUUGCUUUCCGUGGCAAACCAUCACCUCUUGCUAUCUGGUCCAGAGUAGACGGUGAACUAUCAGUAAUGGCUGACGUCAGCACUACGGAUUCCUCCUCUAGUCUGACCAUCGAGGGCUGCACACGGAAUGACGCCGGCAAAUACACACUCUCCUUGGAAAACAACAGCGGACGCAAGUCCAUUACUUUCACUGUCAAAGUCCUGGACACACCCGGACCUCCGGGAGUCAUCAGCUUUAAAGAUGUCACACGCGGAGCAUUAACCAUGAUGUGGGAUGCCCCGAACACUGAUGGUGGAUCCAGAAUCCACCAUUAUGUUGUGGACAAGCGCGAAGCGAGCCGCCUGGCCUGGCAAGAAGUCAGUACGAAGUGCUCUCGCCAGUUGAUCAGGGUGACUGGUCUAGACAUCGGUGUGCCUUACCUGUUUAGAGUGAUUGCUGUUAACCAGUACGGCCAAGGAGAGCCUCAUGAGAUGAAAGAACCCAUCAUUGCCACAGAGGAACCUGCCCCACCAAAGAGACUAGACGUGGUCGACACCACCAAUUCCACAGCCUCACUGGUGUGGCUUAAGCCUGAGCAUGAUGGAGGCAGCCGCAUCAGAGGCUACAUAGUUGAGUUCAGAGCCAUGUUCACCGAUCACUGGGUUGUUGCUGGAGAGACCAAGUCCUUAAAGAUGCUAGUGGAGGGUCUGACUGAGAACAUGGAGUAUGACUUCAGAGUCAAGGCCAAAAAUGACGCUGGAAUUAGCGAGCCUCAGGGCACCUUCAGCUCUGUAAUCAUCAAAGAGCCUCGUAUCGAACCCACAGCUGACCUCAGCAGCAUUACCAACCAGCUCGUUACCUGUAAGACCUCUAAUACCUUUAUCAUUGACAUCCCAAUCAGUGGCAGACCUGCUCCCAAAGUCACUUGGAAGCUGGAAGAAAUGAAAUUGAAGGAGACAGACCGACUUUCCAUAAAGACCACAGCAGAGAGAACCAUUUUGGUGGUAAAAGACAGCAAAAGAAGUGACAGUGGCAAAUACUACUUGACCCUGGAGAAUGCUGCAGGUGUCAAAACCUUCACUGUGACUGUAAUGGUUGUUGGAAGACCAAGCCCUCCUACAGGCCCUGUGGUGAUUUCUGGUGUCUCCUCUGAAACUUGCACUCUGUCAUGGGCUGAGCCAUCUGAUGAUGGUGGCACUGAAAUCAGCAAUUAUAUAGUUGAGAAGCGAGAGUCUGGGGCAGCCUCUUGGCAAGUGGUCAAUUCCAGUGUCAUGAGAACUACCAUCAGGGUCACUCAUCUUACCAAGUAUAUGGAGUACACAUUUAGAGUGUGUGCUGAGAACAAGUUUGGAGUCAGCAAGUCCAUCGAAAGUGCCGCUGUGGUCAUUGAACAUCCAUUCGUUCCUCCAAGUCCUCCAACUCGUCCAGACGUGUUGUCAGUGUUUGCCAAUGCCAUCAGCAUAAAAUGGGACGUGCCUUAUGCCGAUGGUGGCAGCAAAGUGACGGGUUACUGGAUUGAAAAGAAAGAGCGGAACACUAUUCUGUGGGUGAGGGAGAACAAGCUGCCCUGCCUGGAGUGCCACUACAAAGUGUCCAACCUGAUUGAGGGUCUGGAAUACCAGUUUAGAGUUUAUGCCAUGAACCUAGCUGGAAUUAGCAAGGCCAGUGAGGCCUCUAGACCUGUGGUUGCAUUCAACCCUGUUGACCCUCCUGGAAACCCUCAGGUGACAGACAUCACUCGCUCCUCUGUGUCUUUGUGCUGGACUGUGCCUGUCAAUGACGGUGGCAGCAAGUUAGUUGGCUACGUGGUGGAGAGAAAAGUCUACAGUACUGAUGAGUGGGAUGACAACCGCUGGCUCAAAUGCAACUACACAACCAUCACGGAGAACUACUUCACAGUCACCAACCUGGGAGAGGGAGAAACCUUUGAGUACCGCAUCAUUGCCAAGAAUGCUGCAGGAGUCCACAGUGUGCCUUCUGUAUCCACAGGACCAGUUACAUGCAAGGAUGAAUAUUCUCCUCCCAAAGCAGAGCUGGACAGCAAGUUGGUGGGUGAGACUGUCGUUGUCACCGCCGGCUCUGAUGUCGUCCUGGACGGUAUUAUUGGUGGCAAACCAGAACCCACUGUUUACUGGUCAAAGGGUGAAAAGGUUCUGGAACUGGGAGAAAAGUACUCGCUGACCUACACAAGCACAAGAGCAAUGGCUGUAAUCAAAAACUGUGACAGAUUUGACACCGGCAAAUACUUCCUCACCGUCAAGAAUGUCAACGGAAUCAAGACUGCUACUGUGACGGUUAAAGUUUUGGACACUCCUGGGCCUCCAGCUGAUAAGAUCAUGAUCAGCAGAGUUACAGAGGAAAAGUGCACAGUGUCCUGGAAGAUCCCGCUGGAGGACGGUGGCGACAUCGUCAGCCAUUACAUUGUUGAACGACGUGAAACUAGUCGACUCAACUGGGUAAUGAUGGAGUCUGAGUGCAAGAGCUUGUCAUGUGUCAGCACCAGGCUGAUCAAGAACAAUGAGUACAUCUUCAGAGUUCGGGGAGUCAACAAGUUUGGACCUGGAGUUCCACUGGAAUCUGAGCCUGUCAUUGCUCGGAACGCUUACACCAUCCCCUCCCAACCAGGCACACCUGAGGCCACAGCAGUGGGUAAAGAACACAUUAUCAUCGAAUGGUUGAAGCCACAAAGUGAUGGUGGCAGUGAGAUCAAAAACUACAUCCUAGAAAAACGGGAAAAGAGCAGCACAAUGUGGACACGGGUCAAUAAGACUUACACCAUCUAUGAUACACGUUUGAAGAUCACAGGUCUGCUGGAAGGAAGCGAAUACCAGUUCAGAGUGACCGCCAUCAAUGCGGCAGGACCCAGCCAGCCCAGUGACGCUUCGUCACACAUUAUCUGCAAAGACCCAACAUACACCCCAGCUCCUCCAUCGAUGCCUCGCAUCACAGACUCAACUAAACACAGUAUCAACAUGACUUGGACCAGGCCCAUGUAUGACGGUGGCUCAGAUGUCACGGGUUACGUGGUUGAAAUUCUUGAGGAAGGUUCUGAGCAGUGGUACCGUGCCACUACCAAGCCCCUCAAGACCAAUGAGUAUAUGGCCGGCGGUCUGGUUGCAAAUAAGAAAUACAGAUUUAGGGUGGCAGCUAUAAACAACAAUGGCACGGGAGAAUUCAGUGAACCUAGCGCUGAGAUUGAGCCACUGGAGAAAAUUGAAAUGCCCGACCUGGAACUAGAUGAUAACCUGAAGAAGACCGUUUGCCUUCGUGCUGGAGGAACUUUGCGACUGUUUGUGACUGUUGGCGGUCGCCCAACGCCGGUGGUGGGCUGGAGGAAGACUGGGGUGGAGCUACAGAGCCGGGGCUUCAUUGAGACGACAGAUAGCUACACCAUGCUGAUUGUUGAAAAAGUUGACCGCUAUGACUCUGGAAAAUAUGUUGUUGAAGCUGAAAACCCAUCAGGCAAGAAGAGUGCCACUAUCCUGGUCAAAGUCUAUGACACCCCUGGUCCUCCAGGUUCUGUAAAAGUGAAGGACUAUACCAAAGAAUCAGUUGUCAUUACGUGGGACGUCCCCAGCAUUGAUGGUGGCGCCCACGUCAGCAACUACAUUAUAGAGAAGCGAGAAGCCAGCAUGAAGUCUUAUAAGACUGUCACUACAGAAUGUAGAAAAACUCUGUUCAGAAUCACUGGCCUGGAAGAGGGUCUGCACUACUUCUUUAGAGUCCUGCCAGAGAAUAUCUAUGGCGUUGGCGAGCCUUGCGAGACAUCUGAGGCUGUGCUGGUGUGUGAAGUACCAUCAGUGCCUGUGAGCCUCCAGAUCAUUGAUGUCACAAAGUCCUCAGUCACUCUGAAUUGGGAGAAACCACUGCAUGACGGUGGCAGCAGACUGACAGGCUUCAUUAUUGAGGCCUGUAAGGUGCCUUCAGACAGGUGGAGCACAGUGGCUACUGUCAAGGCUUCUAUUUACCAGCACACCAUCCAGUCGUUGACAGAGAAUGACCAGUACUUGUUCAGGAUCCGAGCCAGUAACAGUAGAGGAACCAGUGAGCCCAUGGACAUAAUCACUCCUGUCACCAUUCAAGAAAUCAACGUGAUGCCAAAGAUUGACAUAACAGGCAUUUCUCAGAAGAUUGUCCAUAUAACCCGUGGUAAGCCCAUCGACCUGAACUUGCCCAUUAAGGCGAAACCACAGCCUGUCUGCUCCUGGUUCUUUGGUGGUGAAAAGCUGAAGGACAGUUUGGACCGUAUCAAAAUCGAAAGCAAUGGCAAAUACAGCCAUCUCGUUAUCCGCGAGACCACCAUUGAUGACACAGGCGACUAUAUGUUGGAGGUGAAGAAUGCCAUUGGUGUAGCAACUGAAGUUAUCAAGGUUAUCAUUCUUGACAAACCUGGCGCACCAGUUGGUCCCGUGAAAGUCGUAGAGGUUGACGGUGUGUCAGUAACAAUUAGUUGGGAACCUCCACAGAAAGAUGGUGGUGCAAAUGUCAGUGGCUAUGUGGUGGAGCAGCGUGAUGCUCACCGGCCUGGGUGGAUUACCAUCUCUGAAUCAGUGACAAGACCUUGCUUCAAAUUCACCAGACUCUCCGAGGGAACCGAGUAUGUGUUCCGCGUCGCUGCCAUGAACCGCUUUGGCGUUGGUAGCUUUGUGCAGUCAGAAGUCGUGGAAUGCAAGAGCGCCAAGACCAUCCCUGGGCCUCCAAGCAGACCAGAGGUUAUUGAUGUCACUCACGAGGGCAUGACCCUGACCUGGCAUCCACCAGAGGACAAUGGGGGCUCCACCAUAGCUGGCUAUAUCAUUGAGCGCAAGGAACCACAUUCUGAUAGAUGGUUGAGGAUCAACAAAAACCCUGUUACUAUGACCAGGUACCGCUCCUCUGGUCUGAUUGAAGGCCUUGAGUAUGAAUACCGUGUCACGGCCAUCAACUCCAGAGGAACAGGCAAACCCAGCAAGAGCUCCUCCAUCACUGUUGCCAUGGACCCCAUAGAACCACCAGGUCCUCCAGUUCAUGCGAGAGUCACAGACACCACCAGAACAUCUGUGUCUCUGGCUUGGCUACCUCCUGAUGAGGAAGGUGGCUCCAUUGUCACUGGUUACCUGAUUGAGAUGCAGAAGGUGGAUCAAGUGGAGUGGACCCUGUGCAAUACAACACCCACCAAGAUGUGCGAGUACACACUCACACACAUGCCCCAGGGUGCAGAGUACAAGUUCAGAGUCAUCGCCUGUAAUGCUGGUGGCACUGGAGAAGCCGCAGAGAUUCCUGGGGUGGUUAAAGUCCAGGAGAUGCUCAUUUACCCUGAAUACGAGCUUGAGUCUAAAUACGAAGAGGAAUAUGUGGUGCGGCAAGGAGGAGUCAUCUGCCUGUCUGUGCCCAUCAAGGGUAAACCCAUUCCUACAUGUAAGUGGACCAAGGAUGGACGUGAUAUCUCCCACCGGGCUAUGAUUGCCAUCCAGGAUGACAUAACAGAACUUGUCAUCAAGGAGGCACACAGGGAUGACACGGGAACUUAUGACCUUGUGUUGGAGAACAAAUGUGGCAAAAAAGCUGUGUACAUCAAGGUGAAGGUAAUCGGUCGCCCCGAUGCUCCAGAAGGCCCUCUGGAGUUUGACGAUAUCCAAGCCAGAUCAGUUCGAGUCAGCUGGAGGCCCCCGUCAGAUGAUGGUGGCUCUGACCUCCUAGGAUACAUCGUGGAGAGGCGAGAAGUCCCCAAGGCUGCUUGGUACACUGUGGAUGCAAGGGUUAAGGAGAACUCCUUGGUGGUUAAAGGCCUUAAAGAAAAUGUGCAGUACCACUUCAGGGUCUCUGCUGAAAAUCUGUUUGGUGUGAGCCGGUCUCUAAAGUCUGAAGAGGCUGUCACACCAAAGACACCGCUGUGCCCACCAGAACCUCCUAGCAAUCCUCCAGAGAUCAUGGAAGUGGCUAAGUCCUCUGUGUCUCUAUCCUGGGCACGCCCCCGGGAUGAUGGGGGCUCCCGUGUCACAGGAUACUUUGUUGAGAGGAGGGAGGUUUCAACGGAGAAGUGGGUCCGCCACAACAAGACUCACAUUACCACAACCAUGUACAACAUCACUGGCCUCAUCCCCGAUGCAGAGUACAUGUUCAGAGUUGUGGCUCAAAACGACAUCGGGCAGAGUGAGCCGGGGCCUGCUUCUGAGUCAGUGGUCUGCAAAGAUCCAUUUGACACGCCCAGUCAACCAGGAGAGAUCGACAUCAUUUCUGUUACCAAAGACUGCAUAACCAUCCACUGGCUGCGUCCCAAUUUUGAUGGAGGCAAGGAGAUCCUGGGUUACUGGGUUGAAUUCAGGCAGGCCGGUGAAAGUGCUUGGAAGAAGUGCAAUAAAGAGCGCUCCAAAGACCGUCAGUUCACCAUGGGUGGCCUGAUGGAGGCCACAGAGUACGAGUUCAGAAUCUUUGCAGAGAACGAAGCUGGAUUCAGUAGGCCUCGUCGCACCUCCAUGGGCAUCAAGACAAAGCUAAGCGUCGGUGAGACUCCAGCUUUGAAAGAAGACAUUCAUGACGUAACAACCAAGCUUGGAGAGUCCGGUACUCUAUCCUGCAGCGUUAUUGGCAGACCUCUGCCUGAGAUCAAGUGGUACCGCUAUGGCAAGGAACUGAUCCAGAGCCGCAAGUACAAGAUGAGCUCAGACGGACGCAACCACUCCCUCAGCAUCCUGACAGACGAGCAGGAAGACGAGGGUCUGUACACCUGCAGGGCCAUCAAUGAAGCUGGAGAGAUAGAGACCAGCGGAAAACUCAGACUACAGGCGGCACCUCAGUUUCACCCUGGCUUCCCACUGAAGGAGAAGUACAAUGCCGGAGCUGGUACCAGCCUCCGCCUCCAUGUUGUCUACAUUGGCCGUCCAAUUCCCCAGAUUAUGUGGUUCUAUGGCAAGAAGCCUUUGAACCCAUCUGAGAAUGUGAUUAUUGAAAACACUGAGAGCUACACCCAUCUGGUGGUGAGGAACGUCCAAAGGAAGACCAAUGCUGGCCGUUACAAAGUGCAGCUGAGCAACAAGUUUGGAACUGUCGACACUGUGUUACGGGUUGAAAUCCAAGAUAAGCCAUGUAUCCCAGAAGGCCCAUUGGUGGUUGAAGGUCUGCUGAAGAACUCCAUUAUUAUCAGCUGGAAGGCUCCCAAAGAUGACGGCGGCUCAAUGAUCACUAACUACAUUGUGGAGAAACGCAUGGCUAAAGAGGGAGAACUUUGGAACCUUGUGUCCUCCUCUGUCUCUGGAACCACAUGUCGAGUACCUAACCUCGUUGAGAGUGCCGGUUACUACUUCCGAGUUUCUGCUCAAAAUCAGUACGGUGUCAGCGAGUCUCUGGAGAUCCCUUCGGUAGUGAUCAUCAAGAGUCCAUUUGAAAAACCUGGCAUCCCACAGCAGCCCUUUAUCGUCAGCUUUACGAAGGACUCUUGUGUUGUCUGCUGGAAGCCACCAAGCAGUGAUGGUGGGGCUAAAAUCUCUAGCUACUACCUGGAUAAACGUGAGAAGAAGCAGAACAAGUGGAUGUCCGUUACCAGUAAGAAGAUUCUGGAGACCAGCUAUGAAGUCACAGGCUUGAUAGAGGGCUUUGAGUAUGAGUUCCGUGUCAAGUGUGAGAAUGUGGGUGGAGAAAGUGACUGGAGUGACAUCUCAGAGCCCAUUAUUCCCAAGUCUGACCAGUCCCUGCGUGCUCCUGCAUUCAGAGAAGAAAUCCGAGACAUGACUGUCAAAUACCAUGCAAAUGCCACCUUUGUUACCAAGGUGGUGGGACAUCCCAAACCUGUAGUAAAAUGGUACAGAAGUGGUAAGGAGAUCCAGGCAGAUGGAACAAAAAUUAAAGCCCAGGAGUUUAAGGGGGGUUAUUACCAGCUGGUCAUCACGGCUGCUGAUGACAGUGAUGCUACGGUCUAUCAAGUCAGAGCAACCAAUUCGUCAGGAUCCAUCUCCACCACUGCAAACCUGGAAGUGGAAGUUCCGGCCAAGAUUCUCCUGCCAAAGGAGCUCCAAGGAAUGGGAGCAGUCCAUGCUGUUUGCGGUGAUCACAUCACUAUCAAAAUCCCAAUCUCUGGCAAGCCCGAACCAGCAAUUACCUGGCAGAAGGGCCAGGACAUCCUCUCCAACUCUGCUUAUCACCAGGUCAUCACCACCCGCUCUUUUACUUCCCUGGUCUUCCAGAAGGGAGUGCAGAACAAGGACACAGGCUUCUACAGCAUCACUGCAAAGAACAGGUUUGGAAUGGACAAACAAACCAUUGAGGUGAAUGUGGCUGACAUUCCGGAAGCUCCUAAAGGACUAGUAGUCAGCGACAUUGCCCGGGAUUCCAUUACUCUGACCUGGGAGCCUCCUGCCAAUGAUGGCGGAAGUGACAUCACAGGCUAUAUUGUGGAGAAAUGUCCCACCACAGCUGACAGGUGGAUUAAGGCUGGACAGACUAUUGACUGCAACAUUACCAUCAUCAACAUCUUCGGCAAGACAAAAUAUCAGUUCCGUGUCAUCGCAGAGAACCAAUUUGGCAUGAGUCCUCCUUCUGCGCCAACAGAACCCAUCACCACAAAGGAGGACAAGUCUGUGAUUAGGAACUAUGAUGAGGAAGUGGAUGAGACCAAAGAAAUUACCAAAGAAGCUGCUCAGUCUUUUAAAGUCAAGUUGCUCUCCUCGAAAUACACAAUUUGUGAGGAGCUGGCUCGUUGUCAGUUUGGAGUUGUCCACCGUUGUGUAGAGAUUGCUACUAAGAAGACCUUCAUGGCCAAGUUCAUCAAGGUUACAGGAACUGACCGUGAGCUGGUUCUUCGAGAAAUUGAGGCCUUCAAUGUCGCAAGACACAAGAAUAUUAUCUACCUGCAUGAAUACUUUGAAAGUAUGGAAGAGAUGAUCCUAAUCUUUGAGUUUAUUUCUGGAGUUGACAUCUUUGAGCGCCUUGGAACCAGCAGCUUUGAGCUCACAGAGCAAGAGAUUGUCCGCUAUUUAAGACAGGUCUGCUCUGCACUCUUGUUUUUGCACAGUAAAAACUUUGGCCACUUUGAUAUCCGCCCAGACAACAUUGUCUACAGUACAAAGAGAAGUAAUGUUGUAAAGAUAAUUGAGAUGGGUCAAGCUAGGUUGUUGGUACCAGGUGAAAACAUCAGAAUGCUCUUCUCAGCUCCAGAGUAUUGUGCCCCUGAGAUUCACCACCAUGACUUGGUUACAACAGCCACAGAUAUGUGGUCUGUGGGUGUGAUUGCUUAUGUCCUACUUAGCGGUCUCAAUCCAUUUGCUGCAGAAUCCAUGACACAAAUGGUUGAGAAGAUCUCCACUUGUGAGUAUGUCUUUGAUAGUGAAGCAUUUAAAGACAUCAGUCUGGAGGCUAUGGACUUUGUGGACAGACUUCUUGUCAAGGACAGGAAGCUUCGUAUGACAGCACAAGAGGCAUUGGAGCACCCGUGGCUAAAGAUGAAGAUUGAACAUGUCAGUAACAAAGUCAUCCGGACACUAAGACACAGACGGUACUAUCAGUCUAUUGUAAAGAGGACAGAUACAAUUGUCUCAUCAGCUCGUGUUGCCUACGGUGGAGCUUUCAGGAACCAGAGAGGAUUGUCUGUUGGCAAGGUGAAGAUUGUUACGGAGUACCAGGGACUACGUGCUGGCCCAGUUAUGCAUGGCUCUGCUGAGGAAGGCGGCCAUGUUAGAUUCACUUGUAACAUUACAAACUUUGACCAAAGCACCCAGGUGACAUGGUACUUUGGCAACCGCCAGUUACAUUCAAGUUCUAAGUAUGAGAUUACAUACAACAACGGUUUUGCCAGUAUCUAUGUGAAGGACAUUCAAGAGUGUGAUGAUGGCUUGUAUAGAUGCAAGGUGUUAAGUGGCGACGGCGAAGAUAGUGCUUAUGCUGAACUCUUUGUUGAGACAAUAAGGUGCAUCAGGGAACACUAUGUCAGUCGUUCCAUCAAGAAACUGAGAAGGAGGGUGGAAAAAACCCUCCUCCUCUACAGACCACCAGAGUUCACCCUGCCUUUAUACAAUCGUGCAGCGUACAUUGGCGAACAUGUGCGCUUUGGUGUCACCAUUACUGUGCAUCCUGAGCCUCAUGUUACAUGGUUGAAGAAUGGAGAGAGAAUCAAGCCAGGAGAUGAUGACACCAAGUACACGUUCAUAAGUGAUAAGGGUCUCUACCAGUUGAUGAUCCACAACCUCGAUAUGAGCGAUGAUGCUGAAUACACUGUGAUGGCAAACAACAAGUUUGGAGAAGAUAGCUGCAAGGCCCGCCUUACUGUAACACCUCACCCUGUGACCGAGGAAACUAUGAGACCCACAUUCAAACGUCUGCUCACUAAUGUUGAGUGCACAGAAGGAGAGAGCAUCCGCUUUGAUGUCAGAGUGUCUGGAAUCCCCAAUCCUUCUUUGAAAUGGGAGAAGGAAGGUCAUCCUCUCCAGUUUGGUCCAAAGACAAUUGUCAUUCAACAGGAUGUUGACCACUUCGUCUUGUACAUCAGAGAGACUUUACUUGAGGACUCCGGUGUCUACAAAGUGACUGCAAUCAACUCUGCUGGCUCUGUGAGUUGCCAGGCAACCCUGAAGGUGGACCGCCUCACAUAUACCAGAAGAGAGUAUAAGACUGACGAGGAGAAACAUAGACAUAUCCAGAAGCAAAUAGAAAAGACCAACAAAAUGGCUCAGCAGAUUGUUGCCACAGAGGAUCUUGUGCCUCUCAACCCAACAGCCCAAGAGGCUCUGAAAUUUGCUGCAGACAUGUACAAGCCUGCCGUCAGCACCAAGAACAUUGAGGGCGAGUUUGACAUUUCAGUUGUGAAAUCAGAGACUAAGAAACUGGAAGAAGAGCGAAGGAUUUUCAUGCCAUAUGAGAUCCCUGAGCCUGUGGUUCAUGACCGUAGAGUGCUCGAUGAGGACAAAUUUAUCAAACAAUUUGUUCCACUCUCUGACAUGAAGUGGUACCGGAAAUUGAAGGACCAGUAUAUGAUUUCAGAGAGGACGGAGAGAAUUGUGCAAAAACGACAACGGCGAAUUCGCCUAUCCAGGUGGGAACAGUUUUACGUCAUGCCCCUUCCCAGAAUCACAGACCAGUACAGACCAAGAUGGCGGAUUCCAAAAAUAACUUUAGAUGAUUUGGAGAUCGUCAGACCUGCCAGGCGUUCACCGUCUCCAGAGUCCGAGAUUUCAUUCAGAUCUCGGAGAAGAUCUUUGGGCGAUCUGAGCGAUGAAGAGCUGCUGAUGCCUGUGGAUGACUAUCUGUCUUCAAGGAGAACUGAGCAAGAUAGAAUGAUGCUUGAGGAUGAAUUAGAACUAGGUUUCUCUGCCUCCCCUCAAGCAAGUCCAGUUCGCAUUGAACGGCGAGCUGUGCAGCAUGAAGCUAGGUUGCAGGAGGUCAGGCAUGAAGCUAUGGAGGUCACAGAGACAAAGAAAAAACGUACCAUAUCUCAGUAUAUGAGAAGGAGGCGCUCGCUAUCCCCCACAUAUAUUGAGCUAAUGCGUCCAGUCUCUGAGCUGAUCCGUCCUGCUCGAACACAGCCAGUUGUAGAUGUAGAAGGCGAGGUCAUAGAGAGACGAUCCCCCACACCAGAGAGAACGCGGCCCCGCUCUCCAAGCCCCAUCAGAUCUGUUGAGAGGUCAUCCCGUUCCUCCUCCCGAUUUGAGCGGUCUGCCCGUUUUGAUAUCAUGUCCCGCUACGAAGCCAGAAAGGCAGCUCUGAAGUCUGAGAGGAAAUAUCAAGUUGUUAGUCAGACGCCGUUCAGCCUGGAUCACGCUCCCCGGGUCACAGUCAGGAUGCGCUCUCACCGUGUGCCAGUCAGUCACGACACCAGAUUCACCUUAAAUGUCCAAUCAAAGCCUGAACCCGAGGUGAAAUGGCUCCACAACGGAACUGAAAUCUGUGAAAGUAGUGACAAAUAUGUAUUUAGCAACAUGAGUGGCGUUUUGACCAUCACCAUCCUGGACUGCCAAGAAGAGGACAGUGGUACAUAUCGCUGCGUUUGCUCUAACUCCAGGGGAGACGCCUCAGACUAUGCCACCCUUGAUGUGUCAGGCGGCGCCUACACAACCUUUUCAUCCCGUCGCAAGGAUGAGGAAGUCCCUAAAGCGCACGUCCCUGAAGUCACUCGAAUUGAUCACUAUCACUCCUCCUAUUUCAAAACUGGCUAUGAAUCCCAGACCCACUUAGAAGUGGAAGAGAGUAAGACAAAGAUCACUGAGAAACGCGAAGUCUUUUCUUUGACUGAAAAGCAUGCUACAGCAGAAACUAAGUCAAAGUAUUCUUCUGCUGAAAAAGUUACAGUCCAAAAGGUGAGAGCCUCUGUUCCAGCCAGAAUCCUCACUAAGCCCCAAUCUGUGACAGUAGCAGAUGGUGAGACAGUCCGAUUCUCCUGUGAUAUCGAUGGAGAGCCUGCACCCUCCGUAAAAUGGAUGCAUGAGGGUAGAACUAUAGUCUCCUCUCGCCGUGUUAUAGUCACUAGUACUCAGUACAAGUCCAACCUGGAGAUCUCCUCCGUCACAUCCUCAGAUGAGGGCAGUUACACAGUCAUCGUAGAGAACUCAGACGGCAGGCAGGAGGCUCAGUUCACUUUAACCAUCCGCAGACCAAUUCCCAAAAAGUAUGUGACCUCCCCUGUUUCCAGUGUGAAGACACCAGAACCUAGAGUCAAGUCUCCUGCUCCCAGCGUGAAGUCACCAGAACCUGGUGUCAAAUCCCCUGUUCCCAGAAUUAAGUCACCAGAACCUUCUCCACCUCCCGUACUGUCGCCCAAGAAGGUCCUGUCACCGCCUACUAUCAAAUCUGAAAGCCCAGAGCCGCCCAAAGUGAUAAGUCAGCUAGCGGCUGAGGCCUCUGAAGACUUGGUGAAGAUGUCUUGUGUUUGCGAGAGUGGCGUCAAUGAGGUGUCAUGGUAUUACAAUGGGAGGAGACUUUCAAAGAGCAGCCAUUUUGAAAUGAGGUACUCAGAGGGCUCCUGCAGCCUCUUUAUUCACGACCUGACAGACAGUGACCAGGGACAGUACACAUGUGAGAUGACAUCAGAGGGAGGAGUCUCAAAAUCCUCCUUCUCCUUCACUGGACAAGUGUACAAAUCCAUUCGCAUGAAGAUCACAGCUUACCGGGAGCAGCAAGUGGCACUUAAAGGAUCCACGACGAUGAUGAGUCACAAGGAGUCGUCCUCGUCCAGCCUGGCCUCCAAGAUGAAGAGAGAAGUUCGCACAAUGGAAGAAUCGUCUUCCUUUUCCUCCUCCUCAGCCCAGCAGGCAAUGUCCUCCAUGAAGGAGUCCAGUUCCUUCAGCAGCAUGGCCGCUGAGAUGAAGUUUGAGACCAUGUCCAUGUCCAGUAUGUCUUCCAUGACCUCAGAGUCAUACGCCCUGAGCUCCAGCAGCCUCGCAGAUAUGACCUCACACAUGGCGGGAUCCUCCUUCAGAGCCAUCGUAAAUAAUGAACGCUGGCUCAUUACUUUUCCAGGUUCUGCUCCAAGAAUCGAGGCGGUGCCAGAGGACAUCAGCAUUGAGGCCGGCAAGGUCUUGACGGUGUCAUGCGCCUUCUCGGGCGAUGCCAAACACAUUGAGUGGUCUCGCGCAGGCAAAAAAAUCGAGGUGUCAUCCGGCGGUCGCUUCCACAUCGAGACCUCGGAGGACCUGACCACCCUUAUCAUCACGGGGGUAAAGAAGGAAGAUGCUGGAACCUACACGCUCAAACUGUCCAACGAGCUGGGAUGUGACACCGCCACAGUUCAAAUCAGCAUUCGAUCGGUGUAAAAAAGAAAAGAAAAUUAUGUCGAAGACUAUUUGAAUACCCCUUUAACCCUUUUUCCUUGUCUUUUUAUUUAUGAUUCAAGCUAACUCUUUGACUCGAUAAAGACCUAAGAUUUAUCUUCUUGUAAAUAUGAACUAUUUUUGUACCAAACGUGACGUUGAUGCCAAACUCAAGUGUCAACAUGUAAUGAGAUGUGAUGACACUUUUGCAGUGACAUGUACAUAAUGUAUAUAGCCGGAUUUCACGGUUAUGAAAGAUGUAUGAAUUGUUAUUUAUGACAAUAAUAAGAAGUUUAAGAAGCAAACCAAAUAUGGUUUAACAGGAGAAAGUUCUAUGUGGAACGAAUACCCUGUUAAACAGAGAAACUAAACUGUGUGCCUCAACGCUACGUUGAAGUCUAAGAUUGCCUCAGCAGGUAGAGCUUCUCCCUGCUGACGUUUACUCAACUUGAGACAAAAACACGAGCGCGAGAUCCCGAGCGCUGUUUGCGUCCACCCUCGACGUAAGCAGCGCGACCGGACCUCACGUCGCGAUAGAUUAUGUCGUACUGCCAUUUCAAUGACACGCUCACAGUGCGAGCGGCCUGCACUGCCUGAGCACGUGUUUGUUUUGAUGUAGGCGCUCUGCCUUUGACCGCGAGCGUCCGCCGGGGCUUUCUCCCUCCUUCCAUCAACCUGGCCAAUCACUCGUGGAGAGUCCUCACUGCGCUCGUAGCCAAAGGCAGAGCCUCCCCCUGGAGGUAUGCAGCGUGUUUGUGUGUUAGUGUGUAGACCUUGAGCUGACGAGCACCGCCCGACGUCAUCGGCGGCGCCAGCGAGGGUCUCCUCGCUCCGAGCUCGUCUUUGCUUUGAUUGACUUCCUGAGUUGAGCUGCCUCCUUGAAUUUAAUCCCCAUUACUGAUUGAAUAAAGUUUGAUUA